UUGGAGCAUUCCCAGCCUUGCCUCAGGUGUAGGGAUUGCAAGGAAAAAGCAAAACUACACGCUACACUGUGUAGUUUUGUUUUUAGGGGAUAUUUCGAGGCUCAACCGUUCUCACCUUGGAUAUUUUGGAAACAUUCUGGAUAAGGAGAUAGUUGCAUUAGUCACCUGGGCACAGUCCCAUCUGUUCAAGGCACCCUUGUGGAUACAAGGUGUCUAUCAAAAUGUCGACACAGGCGCCAACAUUUACACAGCCGUUACAAAGCGUUGUGGCACUUGAGGGUAGUGCUGCAACGUUUGAGGCUCAAGUUAGUGGUUCUCCAGUUCCUGAGGUGAGCUGGUUCCGUGAUGGCCAGGUUCUUACUGCUGCGGCUCUGCCCGGCGUUCAGAUCUCGUUCAGCGAUGGCCGCGCUGUUCUGACGAUCCCUGCUGUGACAGCCGCACACAGUGGAAGAUUUUCUGUGAGAGCUACCAAUGGAGCUGGACAAGCCACUAGCACCGCUGAACUCCUUGUUACAGCGGAGACUGCGCCACCCAAUUUUAUUCAGAGACUUCAGAGUAUGACCGUGAGACAAGGAAGCCAAGUGAGAUUGGAUGUUCGUGUGGCAGGAAUCCCUACACCUGUGAUUAAGUUCUACAGAGAAGGAGCUGAGAUACAAAGCUCCGCUGACUUUCAGAUUGUUCAAGAAGGAGACCUUUACAGUUUGUUGAUUGCUGAAGCUUUCCCAGAGGAUUCUGGAACUUACUCCGUAAAUGCUUCAAACAGCAGUGGACGGGCUACCUCCGCCUGUGAACUACUAGUUCAGGGUGAAGAGGUAGCAGUGCCUGCUAAGAAGACCAAAACAGUUGUGUCUACUUCUCAGAUCUCUCAGACUCGCCAGACUAGAGUUGAGAAGAGAAUGGAGUCUCAUUUUGCAUCCUCCUCCAUGAUGUCGAUGCAGGUCGAGGGGGGUGUUAUGACCCAGCAGUUGGCACACAAGACCCCCCCUCGUGUGCCACCAAAGCCAAUUUCAAAGUCACCAACUCCACCAUCUCUGGUGUCCAAGGUUGCAGGUGCUCGUCACCAGUCUCCAUCACCUGUGAGACAUGUGAAGGCACCCACUCCAACCCCUGUCAGGUCUGCCUCCCCCACGCCCAGACUGUCUGUCUCCCCCAUCAGACCUGUGAAGUCACCAUUGACCACACGUAAGCAGAUGGCCAUGGGAGCAGAUGUCCCGCCCCCCUGGAAGCAGGGAGGCUUCGUGGGAGAGUCCAGCUACACCAUGACUGCUGGAGCCACCCGCAUCCAGACCUCAUCCUCCUCUGUUCACAUGGAGCAGCACUGGGAGGGCUCAUAUGGAGUUCAGCAGCAGCAGCAGCAGCAGGUGACUGCCGUAUCUGUCAAAGAGGGUGAGGGGGGGAAAAAGGCUGAGGCGGUGGCUACAGUACUGGCUGCUGUCGACCAAGCACGUGUUCGGAAGCCUGUGCAUGCAGAGGGUGGUCAUGCUGAAGAGGAAACUAUAGAAACAGAUUUGAAACAGCAGCAAAUGCUGGCCACAGAGCAACAUGUAACAACCCGGACAGUGACAACCCAAAUGCCAACUGCUAUCCACACCUAUACCCCUGAGCAAAGCCUGCAGGUCUCCCAGAUGCAAAGAAGUACAGAAACUACCACCCAUGUGGAUACUGCCCUUGCCCCACCCCCAAUUCCACAUUUUACAGUUUCAAAAGUCACUGUUCCUAAACCUGACUAUAGUUAUGAGGUUUCAAGAACAGGCUCUGCUAUUGCCACACUGCAGAAAGAGUUAUCCUCUACCUCUGCACAAAAGAUCAUCAAGCCAGUCAAGCCUCCACCUCAUAAGACUGUGGAGACAAGAAUGAUGCCAGAGUCUACCCCUCCUCCAUUUAAAGAUAUUACUGACAGAUAUCAGACAUAUUUCGACACUCAAUUACAGACAGGGACAGCAUAUAUAGGGGGCAUGGAGCAAAUAUAUGAGGAUUGGGAAACACAGGUUGUGGAGGCAGCCGCUGUGCCUUCAACCCUGGAGGAAAGUGUGGUCCCACCUACUCUUUUGGCUGCUUUGAUGGACUUGACUGUGACAGAGGGUGAAUCUGUGACCCUGGAGUGCCAGAUCAGUGGUCACCCAGCCCCUGUCAUCAUGUGGUUUAGAGAGGACUACAGAAUCGAGAGUUCCAUUGACUUCCAGAUAACCUAUGAGGGUGGAUUUGCUCGUCUGGUAAUCCGUGAGGCCUUUGCUGAGGACAGCGGUCGCUUUACCUGCACUGCCACCAGCGAGGCUGGAACAAUCAGCACAUCCUGCUACCUACUUGUUCAAGUGUCAGAAGAAAUUGAAUUGGCUGCUGUCACUGAACAGACAAUUGUUCACGAGAAACAGAUGACAGUUGAAGCAAAGGAGGAGACCAUGUCGGAGGUGAGUGGCGUUGCAGAGUCUGUGGAAACUGCAGCUGCUGUUGCUCCCUUCUUCAUCAAGAAACCUACCGUACAAAAGUUGGAGGAAGGAGGAUGUGUAGUCUUUGAGUGCCAGAUUGGAGGUAGUCCAAAGCCCAACAUUUUCUGGAAGAAGAGUGGGGUACCUCUUACAACUGGAUACAGAUAUAAAGUUGCCUACAAAAAGGAGACUGGAGAGUGCAGGUUGGAGAUCUCCAUGACAUUUGCUGAUGAUGCGGGAGAGUACGCCAUCUUUGUCAAGAACCAGCUUGGAGAAGCCUCAGCCUCAGCCAGUCUGCUUGAGGAAGAGGAAUAUGAAGCCUACAUGAAGAAACAGGAAGUGACAUUCAAGACUGAAGUGACUACAAUGGUGCAGGAGCCCAAAGUGGGAGAUGUGCCCCCCGUUGUUGUGAGCGAAUAUGGGAUGGAGCAGAGGGGCAUGCAGACCCAGAUGAUGCAAACCUUUGUCUCCGAGCAGGAAUUCCAAAUAUCAACCAUUGAAGAGAGGAUUAUCUAUGAGAUUCAGUUGACUCUCAUGAGGAUCACCUACCAUGAACUAGUUAUGGAGGAUGGAGAGGAGAUGGUGACUGCUGCAGAAGAAGAGGCUGUACAGCCAGCCUUUGAUACUCCAGUCAAACACUACAGGAUCAUGGAGGGAAUGGGGGUCACUUACCAUUGCAAAAUGACAGGAAAUCCACUUCCUAAGAUUGCAUGGUACAAAGAUGGAAAGCGUAUCCAUCAUGGCGGCCGUUACCAGAUGGAGGUUCUCCAGGAUGGUCGAGCCAGUCUACGUCUCCCUGUGGUGUUGCCUGAAGAUGAGGGUGUUUACACUGCAUUUGCCAGCAACAUGAGGGGCAAUUCUGUGAGCUCUGGGAAGCUUUUCGUUGUGUCUUCUGCAGUAGGGGGACCUCAGAGAUAUACACCCCAGCCAGCAAUGCAGAGAAUUAGAUCUUCAUCCCCACGAUCUGCAAGCCGCUCUCCUAGUCGCUCUCCUGGUCGCUCUCCUGCUCGCAGGCUUGAUGAAACAGAUGAGAGUCAGUUGGAAAGGCUGUACAAGCCUGUCUUUGUCCUGAAGCCUUCCUCUUUCAAGUGUGCUGAGGGGCAAACUGCAAGAUUUGACCUGAAAGUUGUUGGUAGACCAAUGCCUGACACUUAUUGGUUCCACAACGGACAACGAGUGGUCAAUGACUACACCCACAAGAUAGUUGUUAAGGAGGAUGGAACUCAGUCGUUGAUUGUGGUUCCAGCAAUGCCCCAUGACUCAGGAGAGUGGAAUGUUGUUGCACAGAACAGAGCUGGAAGAACCUCUGUUACCAUGACUUUAACCGUUGAUGCUAAAGAAAACUUAGUCCGACCCCAGUUUACUGACAAGCUGAAGAACAUCAGUGUAAAACAAGGCACUCUGGUUGAGUUGGCUGUCAAAGCCAUCGGAAACCCCCUGCCUGACAUUGUUUGGCUGAAAAACAGUGACAUCAUCUCCCCACAUAAACACCCAAAUAUCAAGAUUGAAGGCACCAAAGGAGAGGCCAAAUUCCAGAUCCCUGCUCCAGUCAGUGCUGAUAGUGCCUGGUACACAGCCACAGCCAUCAACAAAGCUGGAAGAGAUACCACUCGCUGCAGAGUCAAUAUUGAGUUGGACUUUGUUGAACCUGAGCCUGAAAGGAAGCUUAUUAUUCCCAAAGGAACCUACAAGGCCAAGGAUAUUGCUCCUCCAGAGUUGGAACCCUUGCAUCUCCGUUAUGGUCAAGAUCAGUGGGAGGAGGGUGACCUUUACGACAAAGAGAAACAACAGAAGCCACAGUUUAAGAAGAAGCUGACUUCUGUCAGACUGAAGCGUUUUGGUCCCGUCCAUUUUGAAUGCAGACUAACCCCUAUUGGAGACCCCACCAUGAUGGUUGAAUGGUUGCAUGAUGGCAAACCCCUGGCAGCUGCAAACAGGUUGCGCAUGGUCAAUGAAUUUGGCUACUGCAGUCUUGACUUUGAAGCUGCUUAUGCCAGAGACAGUGGUGUCAUCACUUGCAGAGCAACUAACAAGUUUGGAGUUGACCAGACCUCAGCUACCCUGAUUGUCAAGGAUGAGAAGAGCCUGGUGGAGGAAACUCAACUACCUGAGGGUAGGAAGGGAAUACAAAGAAUUGAUGAGAUGGAGCGGAUGGCUCAUGAAGGAGGUCCUUCUGGAGUUGGUGCAGAUGAAGGAUCAGAGAAGACAAAGCCAGAGAUUGUUCUUGUUCCUGAGCCUGCCAGAGUACUGGAAGGUGAAGCUGCAAAAUUCCGUUGCAGAGUAACUGGUUAUCCUACACCAAAGGUUAACUGGUACCUUAACGGUCAGCUCAUUCGCAAGAGCAAGAGAAUGAGACUUCACUAUGAUGGUAUUUACUACCUAGAGAUUGUAGAUAUCAAGUCUUACGAUUCAGGGGAAGUGAGAGUGUUGGCAGAGAACCCCAUUGGUACAGCUGAGCAUACAGUUAAGCUGGAAAUUACACAGAAAGAGGACUUCAGAUCUGUCCUUCGUCGUGUCCCUGAGGCUAAGGCUGGAGAAGUUGGCAUUGGACCAGAAGCUGGGAAAGUUUCCUUUGAAGUUGUGAAGGUUGAAAAACCCGACGAGGACACUCGGCCCAAAGAGGUUGUGAAGCUGAAGAAGACAGAGAGAGUGAUCCAUGAAAAAUCCACAGAGGAGACCGAUGAGUUAAAAAAUAAAUUCAAGCGCAGAACAGAGGAGGGUUACUAUGAGGCCAUCACUGCUGUGGAGCUGAAGUCUCGCAGGAAGGAUGAGUCUUACGAGGGCAUGCUUAGGAAAAGGAAGGAGGAACUUCUUCAUCAUAUGAAAAAGAAGUCUGAGGCUGAAAAGAAGAAGGAGGAAGAACGCAAGGUCACCGCUCCCUCAAUCAAACCAGAAAAAUUCAAGCUCUCUCCCAGCAUGGAAGCUCCAAAGAUCAUUGAGCGUAUUGUGAGCCAGACAGUUUCCCUGAUGGAUGAGGUUCGUUUUAGAGUCAGGGUGAUUGGUAAACCGGAGCCUGAGUGCCAAUGGUUUAAGAAUGGUGUUUUGCUUGAGAAAACGGAUCGCGUCAAUUGGUACUGGCCUGAAGAACAUGUAUGUGAAUUAGUGAUACGCAAUGUCACAGCUGAAGAUUCUGCCAGUGUCAUGGUUAAAGCCGUCAACAUUGCAGGGGAAACUUCAGGCCAUGCCUUCCUGUUGGUGCAAGGAAAGCCAGUCAUUAGCUUCACUCAAGAGCUGGAGGAUACCGAUGCUAAGGAGAAGGACACCAUGGCUACCUUUGAAUGUGAAACCAAUGAGCCUUUUGUCAAAGUCAAAUGGCUGAAAAACAAUGUGGAGAUUUUCUCUGGAGACAAAUACAGGAUGCACUCAGACAGAAAGGUCCACUUCCUGUCUGUGCUAAUCAUCGGCAUGAAGGAUGAUUCAGAAUACAGUUGUGUCGUUGUUGAGGACCCCAACAUCAGAACCACGGCCAGACUCCAUGUUGAAGGUUCUGCACUGGAAUUAGUGAAGACCUUGGACAACACUGAGGUCCCUGAGACCUACUCUGGAGAGUUUGAGUGUAUUGUGUCUCGUGAGGAUGCUGAAGGUGCCUGGUACUUUGAGAAAAAGGAGAUCACUCCCAGCAGCAAAUAUGUUAUCUCCUCCCGUCGUGGAAGACAUUCUCUAUCUGUGAAAGACGUCAAGAAAGAAGAUCAGGGCAAAUACACAUUUGUUGUUGGUGAAUUUAAGACAAGUGCUUCCCUGAAGAUGAAAUUGCGUCCUGUGACUCUGAUGCAACCCCUGUCUGAUGUGACGGUUUGUGAGGGUGACAUUGCUCAGCUGGAAGUCAAAUUCUCUCAAGAAAAUGUUGAGGGGUCUUGGAUGAAGAAUGGUAAUCUUAUCGCUGCCUCAGAUCGUAUUCACAUUGUAAUUGACAAACUCACCCACAAACUACUGAUUGAGGAUACCAAGAAGGAUGACAACGGAAUGUACUCCUUUGUGGUGCCUGCCCAAGAAAUCUCCACUAAUGGAAAACUGACAAUUCAAGUUAUUGGCAUUUUGGCACCACUCAAGGACAUCACAUCAGUUGAGGGAACCAAAGCUGUUAUGGAGGCUAAGAUCUCUGCUGCAGAUGUCAGCUCCGUGAAGUGGUACCAAAAUGACAAGCUCAUUAUGCCCAGCGAGAGGAUCCAGAUGGUUGCAAAGGGAACCAAACAGCGCCUGGUGUUUAACAGGUCCUUUGCCUCAGAUGAAGGAAACUACAAGCUGGUUGUUGGCAGAGCUGACACAAGCUGCAAAUUAACUGUCCAAAAAAUUCAAAUCGUGAAGCACAUGGAGGAUAGAGUGUGCACCGAGACUCAGAAUGUCAACUUUGAGGUUGAAGUUUCUCAUCCUGGCAUUGAUGCUGUCUGGACUUUCAAGAAGCAGCCCCUUAAAGCUGGUCCGAAAUACAAGAUGGAGGCAAAGGGCAAGCGGUAUGCCUUGACUGUCAUUAAUGCCAUGAAGGAUGAGGAGGGAGAAUACGGUUUUGCAGCUGGUGAAAAGACAUCCAGUGCAAAGCUUACUGUAUCAGGUGGCGCCAUCAACAGACCCCUGCGUGAUUUGAUUGUGGCUGACUCUCAGACUGCUGAGCUGGAGUGUGAGGUCGCCAACCCAAGCGCUGAAGGAAAGUGGCUGAAGGAUGGACAGCCUGUGGACUUCAGUGAAAAUGUCCGGAGUGAAAAACUUGGUGCUGUCAGGCGUCUUGUUAUUGUUAUAACCAAAGCCACUGACAUUGGGGAAUAUACCUACCAGGUUGCAAAUUCAAAGACAACUGCCAACCUGAGAGUAGAGGCUGUGAAAAUCAAGAAGACCCUGAAGAACCAGACUGUCUCUGAGACACAAGAGGCAGUGUUUAGUCUGGAGCUGACCCAUGAGAAUGUGAAGGGCUCACAGUGGAUCAAGAAUGGCGUUGACAUCCGUCCCAGUGAUAAAUGUGAAAUCUCUGUUGAUGGCAUGGUCCACACCUUGAAGAUUAAGAACUGCACCACUCAAGAUGAGUCUGUUUAUGGAUUCAAACUUGGAAAGCUGUCUGCUAAUGCCAGGUUAAACAUUGAGACAAUUAAGAUUUUGAAGAAGCCAAAAGAUGUGACUUCCUUGUUGGAUGCCACUGCCACUUUUGAGCUGGGUCUGUCCCACGAUAACAUCCCUGUAAAAUGGAUGUUCAAUAAUGUGGAGCUGAAACCAAGUGAGCAGGUCAACAUGCUGUGUGAUAGAAAAACUCACAAGUUGAUCAUCAAACAUGUAGACACUCACAAAGCUGGAGAGUACACCGCUAUGGUUGGACAUGUGCAGUGUGGCGCAUCUCUCUAUGUUGAAUCCUUGCGUGUCACCAAACCUUUGAAGAGCAUUGAUGUCCCAGAGACACAUGAUGCCACUUUUGAGUGUGAAGUUUCACAUUUCAAUGUCCCUGCCACCUGGCUGAAAAAUGGAGUGCAGAUUGAAAUGAGUGAAAAGUUCAGGAUUGUGGUCCAGGGAAAACUUCACCAGCUCAAGAUCAUGAAUACCAGCAGACAAGACUCUGCAGAGUAUACCUUUGUCUGUGGAAAUGACAAGGUCUCUGCAACACUGACCGUUAAUCCAAUCUUAAUCACCUCCAUGAUGCAAGACAUAAACGCACAGGAGAAAGACACCAUCACAUUUGAAGUGAAUGUCAAUUAUGAGAGUAUCACCUACAAGUGGCUCAAGAAUGGUAUUGAGAUUCGGUCCACAGACAGAUGCCAGAGUCGCUCAAAGCAGCUGACGCACUCCCUCACAAUCCGGAAUACUCACUUUGGUGAUAGUGGAGAUUAUAAAUUUGUGGCUGGCUCAGCAUCUUCAUCUGCAAACCUUUACAUUGAUGCUCGCGUGAUUGAAUUCACCAAGCACAUCAAAGAUAUCAAGAUAACAGAGAAGAAGAAGGCAAUAUUUGAAUGUGAAAUUUCUGAGCCCAACAUCCAAGUGAUGUGGAUGAAAGAUGGACAGGAGCUUGAAACGUCUGAAAGAUACAAAGUCUCCACUGAGAAGUUUCUGCACCGCUUGAUGAUCCAGACUGUCCGCAUGACUGAUGCUGGGGAGUAUUCUGUGGUCGCUGGUGCAAGUGUGUCAAAAGGUCACCUGACUGUAGAGGGACGGGAUGUCAGGAUCUCAGAGCCAGCAGAUAAAGAAAUCACAGUGGUUGAAAAACAAAGAACGAUGUUUGAAUUUGAAGUCAAUGAGGAUGAAAUUGAAGGCCGUUGGCUCCGAAACGGUGUAGAGAUCAUCUUUUCAGUUGAGGACCGGUUUAACUAUGUUAUCAUCCGGAAGAUUCACCGUUUGACUAUCUCAGAAACCUAUAGAAGUGAUGCAGGGGAGUACACGUUCAUUGCUGGAAAAAACAGGACAGUUGUGACUCUACAUGUCAAUGUCCCUGAUCCACCAAAGAUCAUUCGCCACAUGCAGCCACUGUCUGUGGAGGCUGGCAAACCUGCUCGCUUUUCUGUAGAAGUGUUUGGCAUCCCACAGCCUCAAGUGACUUGGUACAAGAACUCCCAGGCUCUCUCCGCUGGGUUCAAGUGCAAGUUCCUGCGUGAAGGAAACGAGCACACACUGCUACUGAUUGAGGUGUUCCCAGAAGAUGCAGCUGUCUACAACUGUGAGGCGAAGAAUUACUUUGGCAUGGCCACAAGCUCAGGUGUCCUUAAUGUGGAAGUUUCCGAAUUAGUCUCCCCCGAUUCUGGAUCUCCUCGGUCUGCACCUAUGAUCAUCUCUCCCCUUAAAGAUCUCUUACUCAGAGAGGGAGAGUCAGCCAAGUUCCAGUGUUGUGUCUCUGGUGAAGAUCUGAGAAUCACUUGGUACUGCAAGGAUAAGGAGCUCAAACAGUCUGACAUCUUUAAGAUGUCUCAGUUUGAUGACAACUGCCAGCUGGAGAUAGCCAGAGUUGUCCCUGACAAAGAAGGGGAAUACACUUGUGUUGCUAGAAACUCAUCAGGAAUGGUGUCUUGCUCUGCAACUUUAACACUUGAUGAUGAAAAUAUGAAAACCAUAGAUAGGCAAACUGUGUCGAGAAUUGGGGAGAUAAGUCAGAAAAAGGAGGUACACUCAGAGGGCUACCAAUCAGUGGAUAUGAGCACACACAGUGUACAGACCUUUCAGUCCGUCUCUGAGACAUCCACCGUGAGGAUGACAUCCUCAUCUGUGAGGAAGGUGGAAGUCACGACUAAUGAAGAAUCUGACAUGAGCAUUCCCUCAAGCCCCACUUUGCUCUUAAGAAUGACCGACGUGAGGGUUAAAAGUGGUGAGAUGGCCCAGUUCAACUGCUCUUUUGAUGGCCAGCCGUUUACAGGAAUAAUGUGGGACCAUAACGGACGGAGGCUGGCAGACACAGAGAGGGUGAUAAGCUCCCAUAGCAGAGGGCUUCAGUCCCUAAUCAUACAGGGGGUAGAGCUGGGUGACCAGGGGACUUACCGCUGUACCACUCUCAAUAAACAUGGCGAGAACAGCACCUCUGCUCAGCUCACUGUGGAAGCAAAAGAAGCAAAUGUCAAAGCAGAAACUCCCAUCCCUACCGAUUCUGUCUAUAAAGCCUCGCAGCCAGACAGAGAGACCUCUAGAAAGACCUCUGACCAAGAAGACAACCAAGAGUCCAUGGAGACACUGGGAUCUCCACCACCCACCUCCAAGAGGGCUUACAGCCUCAUCAACCAUCUUUGUUUCCCUGAUGUUGUGCCUUAUGAAGAGCGUGGGAGAGGUGGCGUCACCAUCCCAGAGUUCCUCAUCAAACUGCCCCCUCAACUGCUUGUCAAACACAGAGACACAAUCUCUUUGUUUUGCAUAAUGAAGGGAAUCCCGACUCCAUUUGUCAUUUGGCUACACAAUCAGUUGAUUGUUGAAGAGUCUGUCUUUCACUCUCUGAAACAUGAUGGGCCCCUGUGCUGUUUAAAUGUUAAGAAUGUUGGUCCUUGGCAAGGGGGCACUUAUACUUGCAAACUUGUCAACUCAGCUGGAGAUGCUGAGUGCAGCCCAGUGAUGACAGUAACAACCACAGAGGAGGACUAUGGAACUCAGGAUGGAGUUAGAGCUUUUUCUAGCUUGACUGUCUCAACUGAAGAGGAAAAACAGGCAUCUUCUUACUACACUGGCCUACAGUUACCAGACAAAAGCAAAACACUUGAACUCAUGCCAGAAUCUGAACGUUUCUCUAGUACUUUAGAGAAGAAAAAAGAAAAGCCAGUUUUCAUUACCCAACUCUCACCAGCAGCUGUCACUGUUGGGGAGAUGGCCAGGUUUACUGUCACAGUUUCUGGCUUCCCAAGGCCUAAUGUUCAGUGGUUUCACAAUGGCCAUGUCAUUACUAGUUCCUCUAUUUACACAUUUGUCCAAGAGGUAGACGAAUACAGUUUGGUCAUAAACAAGGUGCAGAAAGAGUAUGCUGGAGAAUACACCUGUACUGUAAGCAACAGAUUUGGGCAGUCAAGCUGCACUUCGUUCCUGCAUGUUGAAUUGAGUGAUCCCCAAAAAACAAAGAAGGGGGUUGAAGAAAUGUUCAAAACAGUCGGCAAACCUCCAGAAUUCACAACUACUGUUGUACCUUUCCAAUGUAUAGAGGGCGGCGAAGCUCUUUUCAAGUAUGUUGUCACAGGAGACCCUCUCCCUGAGGUGCAAUGGCUCAGAGGCAGUUUCCAUAUUCAACCCACAAAGAAUUGUAACAAGGUUAAUAAUCCAGAUGGGUCUGGCUUCAUCAACAUGAAGAGUGUUAAACAGGAGGACAGUGGGGUCUAUACAUGCAAGGCUUCCAACCCAUUUGGGGAAGCCUUUUGUAGUGCUGAGUUAGUUGUAUUCAAAGAGCCUGUCUCUGUAACUCGACAGGAACAACACAUGGUAGUUCAGAAACAAAAAGGUUAUAAAGUAUCCAUGACUGAACAAGCUACAGAAUCCCGCUUGUACAUGGUCAACCUUCCAGGAGAUGCCGGGGCAAGUCUUCAGGCAGGGCAUCAGAUGGUGUAUACCAUUGGUACUGAGGACAGACAAGUUGUUUCAAGUGAGCAAGUGGGCACGCUUGGAGAGGUGGACAUCUCUGCUGCUUCUCUUCAUAGAGAGCAGGUCACCCACCAAGCUGCUGUGCUGCAGUCUCAUGAAGUAGAAGAAAGAGUGUCUGUAGCUCCCACACAUCCACUCCAAGUUGCAGCUGUUCCUAUGAAACAACUGCACAUGGCUACAUUUACAUCUUCUGUCCAGGAAAGUCACCAUAUAAUCGAGCAGCACUCUGACCGAAUCCAAAGCCCAGAGGUCAUAGAACUGGAGUUGGCAAAAGAGAAAUCCUCAAAGUUAAGGUCAGCCAUUGCUGAGGAGGUCCUUCCUCUAACCACAGUGAGAACAGAGGCCUUAGGGGAUAGAAUUCCAGAAAGGAUCAAGCCUUCUACAGAACCUAGACAAGUUGUCACCAGUCAUCAGGUAGAAACUAGUUUACCAAUACUCAAAGAAAAAACAGGCUUGACAACAAGGCCUGAGGGGGAGAGAGGCUUCAGAGUUACUGAAGGUGUAAAGAUUUUAUACUCUGCUCAAUUGUCAGGGCAACUUCCUAUAACAGAGAGCCACUCUGAACCACUAUCUGCUAGGGAUCCAACUGUUCAGUCCUUGAUUGAAAUAGAACAUUCUCAGCCAACGUUUGCACCAGUGAGUGAGACUAAAACAGAGUUGUCUAAAGAGCAGAGAUUUGAAAUGCAUAGGCCUGCACCAGAGAGAGCUUUGGCACAUAAGGAUUCUAUCAUUCUAUUAGCAAUGCAUGCUGAGGAAAGACACCAACUCCAAGCAGAACACUUGAGCAUGGUACCUGGUUUGGAGAGUGCCAUGUCUUUGAACUCUCAAAAAGAAGGGGAUAGGCUCAUGCAUCUACAGAUGAUUGCGGAUCAAGGCACAUUUCAAUCUGAAGGGCGAUUCACUUGUGAAAGGCCUUUGCCAGAGAAUGUAAUUGCAAGGAAAAGCCCGACUCUUUUACACACAGUGUCUCAGGACGAACAGAAAACUGUCAUUUGUGAAGAUACAACUGAGUUUUUAUCAAAACGUGACACAUUCUCCAUCCAACCUACAAAAGAAGUUCCUGCUGCAUUGCAUCUUCAAUCUGUUUGGCCAAUCACUGCAUUACCCAAAGAGGGUGUACUCGUCAUAGAAAAGCCAGACCAGCAGAUGGCAGCACAGAAACAGGAAAAGGCCAGAAAACAUGCAGCGACAUCUGAAGAUAGAAGAGCACUUACUGCUGAUUAUCACAAAGAUCUUGACAUUUCAGUGACAGGCCUUCAGUCAGAGCUUAAAGCAGAGCCCAAACCUCAGAACAUUCUUCAGGUCUCUUACAAGCCCAUACAACUACCAAAAGAAACACCAUUUACCAGUGAUAUGAAACAGCAGCGUGCACUAGUCCAGAAAGAGGAACGCUGGGAUGUUAUGCAUGCAGUAACUGUGCGGGACAAUCAAAGUUUAGAAGAGGGACACACCAACACGCUGAAAGCCAAUGACAAAUUCAAACCUGAACUGAAAAUAGAACCCAAGAUUCCUAAAAAACCUGUGUUUAUUGAGGAGCAGGCAAUUUCAACUGAAAGCUGUACUGUUUUAGAUUCAGCAGCGCAAGACUUUGCAGUCCUAAUUCAUGAAGGGCAAUCAGUAAGGAAAUCAAUAGUAUUGGAGGAGAAACAAGUCAUCUUUGGUGAACAUUCAAGUGAAAUAGAGAGGUCUGAGGAAUCUGUUGUGAGUGUGAGGACUCAACCUAAAGGGGUAAUGUUUGUUCACGAAUCCCAGGAGAGCCGGGAGCUCCCAAAGGAGAUGACCUUUGUGAUUCCAAUGCCAAAACCACUCAGUCUGAACAUCAGACAUCAGUUAAAAGAUGCACUUCAGUCUGCCGUGGCUCGUGACCAGCCACUGUUACUUGCAGACAUUGUGGAAAGUUUAGAUGCUGUUGGGAUACAGGAGGUGAAUGUCCAGAAAGAACCCAAAUUUACAAAAUUCACAUACCUUAUUACGACAACAGGCACUCCUAUUGAAAUCACUCUGGCUUUUGAAGGUGAAUACCCUCAGACUGCUGAUCUGAGGACUGAACUCAAGGCAGCUUUCCAUGCUAUAGUUUAUCGAGAGCAGCAAAGCCUGUCUUCUGAACAGCCUGGAAUUCAACAUAUGGACAAGCCUCAAAGAGUUCAGGUCAGCAGUACACGCUCUAAAGAAAUGUUGUCUUCUGUGGUGAAGACGGUGAGAAUUGCAGAGAGUACUGUGGAUUUUGCACCUCCAAAGUCUCAAACAGCUGCUGUCAAAACGGAAGUAAAAGGAUCUUUUGAAAGUAUAACAGUCCAGGAACACUUUGAGGUUCAUGAAUCCAGGCAAAGUAGUAAGCUGGGAGCUAGAGCUGUAACAUUAAAAAGCAAGGAUAGAGAUGUGGGUUCUGCCGAUAUAACUAAAAGAGUACCCCUGGGCCCUGUACCUGUGGAACAAUGCAUAGAUAUGUCCAUAGAAAAAGAAACUAGGGAGGAAUAUAUAUCAGAGUCAAUCAUAAUUAGUGAGUCUUCAGACACUUUGACCAAUGAUUACCCUAUCAUUUUGAAUUCCAUGGAGGACACUGUUAUAGAGGAGAACAGUAAGGUUACUUUCAGUGUGACCAUAAAGUGUGUCCAACAUGUGAACUGGCUUUUCAAUGGACAAUUGGUGAAAUCUGGCAAAGAGUUCAAGUGUUCCAAAGACCAUGACACAUACACGUUAGAAAUCAACAAAGUUAUCAAGGAGAAACAUCAAGGAGAAUAUGUCUGUGAGGCUGAGAAUGAAGCCGGCAAGACCACCACAUCUGGACGACUCACAGUAGUCUCAAGAGUGCGACCUGUCUUUAGGUACAGAAUCCUGCCCGUGGAGAUCAAUAUUGGCAGCAAAGCCAAAUUUGAAUGUGAGACUGAGGACGCACCCAAUGUGACCUUCAAGUGGUUCAAAGCUGAUGCUGAGAUUAAACAGAACGAGAUGUACAGGAUCAUCAGUCUCCAACAGAAAUCUUCUCUGGAGCUUGAGAACCCAACAAAACCAGACAGUGGUGAAUACACCUGCAAGGCCUCCAACCAGCAUGGCAGUGACAGCUGCUCCGCUUCUCUGACAGUAACAGAACGUGCCCAUCCGCCCACCUUUAUAACUAAGCCUGAUCCAAUGACCUUGUAUUCUGGAAAGAAAGCUACGAUUCAGUGUGUGAUAACAGGCUCCUCUCCUCUAAGUGUUCUUUGGCACAAAGACAACAAAGUUGUUUCUUCAGGAGCAAGCUACAGAACCUCUUCCGACAAGAAUAAGUACAUUCUUGAGGUAGUAAAACUUGAACCGUCUGACCAGGGCAUCUAUCUCUGUAAAGCUUCCAACAGUGUUGGGACAGCAAUGUGCAGUACAGAGAUAAAGGUCAUCAAAAAGCCCAGCUUUGUCAAACCCUUUGAGGCAGUUGCCACAGCUGUGGGAACCCCACUGCAUCUUGAGUGCCAAGUGGACGAGGACACUGGAGUGACCAUCACCUGGACAAGGGAUGGCAAAAGAAUUCACCAGUCAACGGAUUGUAAACUCUCGUUUGAGGAUAAAAUAGUCUCUCUUGAUAUUUCAAAGACAAAGUUGAAAGAUUCAGGAAAAUAUGACUGCACAGCUGCAAAUGAUGCUGGAAGCACAACUUGCUCUUCUUCUGUAAUUGUGCAAGAGCCACCAAUCUUUGUUAAGAGGCUGGAACCAACCACGGUCUGGAAGAAAGGCUCUUCUGCCCGGCUGCAGUGCACAGUCAAGGGAUCACCGGAACUUCACGUUACCUGGUUCUUAAAUGACAAAGAGCUGUCUACAAAUAAGAAAUAUAGAAUCACUUUUAAGGAAGGUCUUGCAUCUCUGGAGAUAAGUGAUGUGGCUUUACUAGACAGUGGAAACUACACAUGUGAAGUGUUGAAUGAAGCAGGCUGUGAGAGCUGCAGCACUAAGUUAACUGUAAAAGAAUCACCCUCUUUCAAAACAGAACUGCAAACUGUUGAGGCUGUGAGGGGAAGUGUUGGCACAUUUAAAUGUGAGAUAGCCGGCACUAGUCCUUUUGAAGUGGAAUGGUUUAAGAAUAAGAAACGACUCGCCACAGAUAAGAAAUACAAAAUAGUCUCUCAGGAAUCCAUGGCCUGUUUAGAGAUCUGCUCAUUUGAAAGCGCAGACAUUGGGGAAUAUCAGUGUGUUGUAUCAAAUGCUGUUGGAUCAGUAUCGUCAAAGUCAGUUGCCAAACAGAAAGAACCACCUGUAUUCUCAAAGAAAAUUGAGAGUGCUACAGCAGUGCUGGGCAAUGCUGUGAAACUGUGGGGUACCAUUAAAGGCUCGGCACCCAUCACAGUUAAAUGGAUGAAGGAUGCAGAAUUGCUGAGAGAGGAUGACUGUAAUGUCAAAAUUACAUUUCAGAAUAAUAUUGCUGCUGUUUUAAUCUCAGCUGUUGACAUUUGUCAUGGUGGCAAGUACAUUUGCCAAGCAGAGAAUGAGGCUGGGCAACAGAAAUGUGAAGCGUCAUUAGCAAUUCAAGAACCUGCCAGAAUCUUAGAGAAAGCCGUAUCUAUCAAUGUGACAGCUGGGGAUUCUGCACUCUUGGAAUGCACUGUUGCAGGAAGUCCAGACCUCAAAGUGAAAUGGUUUAAAGACGAAAAGGAGAUUACAGGAGGUCGAAAAUAUAAGAUGACUUUUAAGGAUCAUAUUGCUGUUUUAAAGAUUAUUUCAGCAGAAAAGGGAGACACUUCUGAAUACAAGAUGGAAGUGUCCAAUCGGGUUGGAAAAGACCAGUGCUCUUGUUCUAUUACUGUUAUAGAUCGUACUACUCAACCAUCCUUCACAAAACAUCUUAAAAAGGUUGAUGGAAAUGUAGGAAACAAAAUCACAUUUGAAUGCAAAGUAUCUGGAUCACAGCCCAUUGUAAUGACCUGGUACAAAGAUGAUAAACAAAUAAUGUUUGGAGAUAGAAAUGAGAUUCAAAUCAAGGACAGUGCUUCAACAUUGAGCAUUACCACUUUGGAAAAGAGUGAUGGUGGAGUGUACAUGUGCAGGGCAACAAAUGCUGCUGGAUUUGAAGAGAGCAGUGGAAUUUUGUGCGUCAGAGAACCGCCAAGCUUCACAAUUAAACCUGAUUCUCAAGAUGUCAUACCAGGAUCUGCUGUCAUCUUGAAGGCAGUUUUCUCUGGAACAGCUCCUUUUACUGUAAAAUGGUUCAAAGAAGACAAAGCGGUAUCAUCUGGAGGCUCAUGUUUCAUCAAGAAAGAUGCCUCUUCAAGCUUCUUGGAGCUUCACUCUGUGAAAGCUUCUGACUCUGCAAUCUACAGUUGUCACGUAACCAACGAUGCUGGGAAAGUAUCAUGCACUGCAGUACUGUUUGUUAAAGAACCACCCACAUUUUCUAUGAAGCUUGAGACUUCAAAGCUUGUGAAAAAUGGGCAGACUCUUCAGUUGUCCAGCAAAGUACAGGGCAGCCCUGUGAUCAGUAUAAAAUGGCUGAAAAAUGAGAAUGAGAUAUAUCCAAAUCAAAAGUACCAAAUCUCCUUCAUUGACUCAGUAGCCACAUUGGAGAUAGUCAACUCCACUGUUGAUGAUAGUGGAGAUUAUGUUUGUGUGGCAUCAAGUGAGGCUGGUAGUAAUCGCUGCAGCAGCACAGUGACAGUCAAAGAACCUCCGAUGUUUGUGAGGGCUUUUGAGACCACAGAAGUUGUAAAAGGAUCUGACCUAGUCUUAGAAGGAACAGUGUCUGGCUCUCUGCCAUUUGAAAUACAUUGCUAUCGUGACACCAAACUAAUCAGAAACGACAAAAGGCAUAAGAUACAUGUGCAUAAUGAGAAAGUCACUCUCCAGAUUCUGAAAUGUGAGCCUGGAGAUGUUGGAAAUUACCAGUGCACGAUAGUUAAUGACGUUGGAGAGUCUUCAUGUUAUUACCAAAUAACAUUAAAAGAACCUCCAUCGUUUGUUCAGAGAAUAGAAAACAUCAGUUCCAUAGUGGGUUCUGAGAUCUUUAUGCAGUGUAUGCUGUCUGGAUCACUGCCCAUGACUGUUUCUUGGAUCAAAGAUGAUCAUGAGCUUACAGAUGAUGAACAUAUUAGGAUGUCCUAUGAAACCACGUCUGCGGUGCUGAGUUUGAAAAACACCCAGAUAACACAUGGAGGAAAAUAUAUCUGUCAGGCACAGAACGAUGCUGGGAGUCAGAAAUGCAUUGCAAUGCUUACAGUCAGAGAACCAGCAAAAAUCAUAGAGCAAGUAAAGUCUGUCAGCGUUACCACAGGAGAUCCAGCUACUCUUGAAUGCAGGUUUUCAGGAAGUAAAGUCCUCAGUACCAAAUGGCUGAAGGAUGGAAGGGAGCUGACUUCAGGCCAAAGAUAUAAAGUGCAAUGCACUGAGACAAUUUCGACACUGAUUAUUCUUGCUACAGCGAAAAACGAUAGCGGUGACUACAUUUUUGAGGUUUCAAAUGACGUUGGACAAAGCUCUUGUGAGGCUACAGUAACUGUUAUCGAUCAGAUAAUUAAACCUUCUUUUACAAGAAGGCUGAAGGAAACCGAGAAUAUCAAAGGAUCCUUUGACCAUUUGGAAUGUCUUGUAUCUGGCUCUCUGCCUAUGACUGUUUUCUGGUACAAAGAUGGAAAUGAGAUCAAGAGUGAUGAGAAGCACAAAUUCACAUUCUUUGAUAACUUGGCAUUUUUGGAAAUCUGUCGUCUUGAUAGUUUGGACACUGGUUGCUAUACCUGCAUUGCUAAAAACAAAGCUGGGACUGACCAGUGCUCUGGUACCUUAACUGUAAAAGAACCACCAUGUGUCAUAGAAAAGCCUGCAUCAAUGGAUGCUUUGCUUGGCUCCAAGGUCCAGUUUAAUGUCCUUGUGUCUGGCACUCCACCGUUGACCAUAAAAUGGUUUAAGGACAAAAAAGAGAUAUUGUCAGGGUCUACCUCUUCUGUGAGUAAGGAUAAUUCCUCAUGCUCACUGGAACUCUUCUCUGCACAGCGCUCAGACUCUGGAGACUAUGUCUGUGAAAUUAAGAACACUGUAGGAUCAGCUGUGUGUCAAGCAACACUCUUUGUCAAAGAACCCCCCACUUUCCUUGAAAAACCUGAGAGAGUUUCAGUGGUUAAACAUGGGGACAAAAAACUAUUUGAAUGCAAGGUGAUUGGCACACCAGCUAUAUCCAUACACUGGUUCAGAGAUGGGAUUGAGAUAAAUCAAAGUAGAAAACAUGGAAUGACAUUUUCCAACUCCAUGGCAAGCUUGGAGAUUUGUGACACUGGCUUCCAAGACAGUGGGGUAUACUAUUGUGAAGCCUGCAAUGAAGCAGGCAGUGAAAGUUGCAGUAUGGAACUAGCAGUGAAAGAGCCACCAUCCUUUGUAGAGGAUCUAAAACCUCAAGAGGUUGUAAAAGGCUCUGUGGCAGAAUUGGACUGCCAAGUGGCAGGAACUACACCAUUUGAGGUGACCUGGCACAAGGAUAACAAGCUGAUUAGACCCAGUCAAAAACACAUCAUCAAACAGUGUGAUUUUAAUGUCACUCUUAAAAUCCAAGACUGUGAUGUGUCAGACAUGGGGGAUUAUCAGUUAAUAGUUGCCAAUGAGGUGGGCAGUUGUUCAGGCUUCACGACAGUGUCUAUGAGAGCCCCACCAUCAUUUGUAAGGAAAAUUGAAAAUGUUGCCUCAAUUUUGGGAAAUGUGGCCACAUUUCAGUGUGUGGUGAAAGGAUCACCCCCUCUGUCUGUACAAUGGCAAAACAAUGAUAAAUGGAUCUUGGAUGAUCCAACGAUUGAAAGUACUUUACGGGAUAACGUGGCAACCCUAACAAUUCCGGUCUGUGAAGCCUGUCACAGUGGGCAAUACACCUGCCUUGUCAAUAAUGAAGCUGGACAAGACAAGUGCUUUGCAACCCUCAUGGUGCAAGAGCCUCCCAGGAUAAUAGAGAAACCAGAAGUAGUCACUGUAACUCAAGGUGAUCCAGUCAGUGUGGAAUGUAGAGUAGGUGGAACUCCUCAUAUCAAAGUCAAGUGGAGUAAAGAUGGCAGAGAACUCCUACCUGGCAGGAAAAACAAAUUACACUUUGAGAAAAAUCUCAGCAGUUGUAAAAUUCUGUCUACGCUACAAGAAGAUGGAGGAAACUAUCUGUUUGAGGCAGAAAACUCAGUUGGCAAAUGCAGUUGUUUAAUUAAACUGAAUGUUGUAGAACAAGUCAUUCCUCCGAAGUUCACCAAGAAAUUGAUGGAUGUUCAAGAGAUAUUGUACUCUGUGGUUAAUUUGGAAUGCAAGGUCUUUGGUUCUUUGCCAAUGGAAGUACAGUGGAGUAAAGAUGGACAUGUAAUCUCCAGUGAAGCCAAGUAUAAGUUAGCUCACAUUGACAAUACAGUAUCACUGGAGAUCAAUUAUUUUAAUGAGGACGAUACUGGAGAAUACUCAUGCAACAUAACAAACAAAGUGGGAAGUUGUGAAUGCAGUGGUGCUCUAAAAGCAAAAGUGCCUCCAAGAUUUGUGUGUGAACCCAAGUCUCAGGCUGUUGUUCCAAAGUCCACUAUACACUUCAAGAGUGUAUAUGAGGGAACACCUCCUUUCACUGUGAAAUGGUUCAAGAAUGACUUGGAGCUUAUGACUGGACCAUCAUGUUUGAUUGGAGUGGAGAGCUACACUUCCUUCUUAGAUCUUUACUCAGUUGGACCUUUGCAAAGUGGAGUUUACUUUUGUCAAGUUAGGAAUGAUGCUGGCACAGUGAAGUGUGCAGCCACUUUACUGGUGAAAGAAUCCCCUGAAUUUGUCCUGAAACUACCGCUCCACACUUUUGUGAAGCAGUGUGACCCAGUUCGUCUUGAGUGCAAAGUAACCAGUGGACGCUCUCUGAAAAUGUGCUGGUACAAAAAUGACAAAAAGAUAACAGACGGUGACAACUAUAGAACAUCGUUUGCCGACACAACGGCCGUCCUUCAGAUGCUUACUGCAAGAUUGGAUGACAAGGGCGUCUACACCUGCGAGGCCCAAAAUGAUGCUGGAAGCAUAAGCUGCAGCACCAUUCUCGCUGUCCAAGAUCCACCAUCCUUCCUUAAAGUGCCAAAGCCUGUGGAGGGAAUUAAGGGCAAAGAUGUCAGCUUCUCCUGUGAGCUGUAUGGCACAGCACCUUUUGAGAUUAUCUGGUUCAAGGACAAAAGGGUUGUUAAGGAAAGCAGAAAGUAUAAGAUGGUGAAUGAGAGUAGCUCUGCCAGUCUGCUUGUCCUUGGAUUGGAUGGCUCAGAUGGAGGCCAAUACGAGUGCAGGGCAACAAACAAUGUAGGGAGUGAAACCUGUCAAACUGCCAUUACUCUCAGAGAACCACCAAUGUUUGUGAAGAAACUCACCAACCAGUCAGUUAAAUAUGGUCAGGAAAUGACUCUAACUGCCUCUGUCAAAGGCGCUCAGCCAAUGACUGUGUCCUGGGUUCAGGACAAGGACCACAUUCUCAGAGAUGGAGAUAACCGGAAAAUAACUUUUGAAAACAAUAAAGUUACCUUGAAGGUGUUAAAAGCAGACUCAACCACUCCUGGAAAAUAUACUUGCCAACUCAAAAAUGAUGCUGGAGUUGUGGAGUGUGUUUCCAACGUGACUGUCCUCGAGCCUGCCACAAUUGUGGAGAGCCUUGAGUCUUUAAAUGCCAAGGCAGGGGAUACAGCAACUCUAGAGGUCACUGUGUCAGGGACACCUGAACUGAAAACCAAAUGGUUUAAGGAUGGUGUUGAGCUCUCCUCUGGCAGCAAGUAUAAAAUCACCUUCUCAAAGAUGGUCUCCACCCUGAAGGUUUUGUCAGCAGGGAAAGGUGACACAGGAGAAUACUCAUUUGAGGUCCAAAAUGAAGCUGGCAGUGUGUCCUGCAAAACCAAUCUCACUGUCCUAGAUAAGAUGAUCCCACCCACAUUCAUCAGGAAACUCAGGGACACUCACACUAUUGUGGGUAAACCUGGUGAAAUGGAAUGCAAAGUCUCAGGCUCUCCUCCUUUCACUACCUCUUGGUACCACGACGGCCAAGAGAUCAGGAGUGGGCCAAAUUACGACAUUACAUGCAGUGAUAACUCUUGCAAAAUGAGAGUGCCAUCUCUUAAGUUGUCCGACUCUGGAAGGUACACAUGCAAAGCUGUUAACACAGCAGGAACCGGUGAAACAAGCGCUUCAAUGGUAGUAAAAGAGACUCCAUCUUUUGUGGAAAAACCAGCGCAAAAGGAUGCUCUGUUGAGCUCAAAUGUUACUUUCUCAGCAAUAGUUAAAGGAAGCUCCCCUUUGAAAGUCAAAUGGUAUAGGGGCACAAGAGAAAUUGUGUCUGGAAAGGACUGUACAAUUGCUUUACGGGACAAUAAAGCCACUCUGGAGUUGUUCAAAAUUGAUAAAUCCCACUCUGGAGAGUAUACAUGUCAGAUCAUUAAUGAUGCUGGGAAGGAGAGCUGUCCGGUGCACUUGUUUGUAAAAGAACCCGUCCACUUUGUGAAGAAGCUAAAGGACAUUUCCUCUGAAAAGGGAAAACCUUUGAAACUUGAGUGCACAUUUACUGGAAGCCAAAGAAUAUUUGUGACCUGGAUGAAAGAUGGCAUGCCUAUCUGGGCCUCUUACAAGUAUAAUGUGAUGACCACAGACACCUCCUGUAUCCUGGAGGUACUGAACAGUGAUAGGCUUCAGGCAUCUGGGAGAUACUCUUGUGAAGUUUCUAAUGGAGUUGGAAGUGACACGUGUCAUGCGCAAGUGUCCAUAUUAGAACGACCAUACUUUAUUGAAACUUUGGAAUCAAAAGAGAUAAAUAUGGGUGAUGCGGUUUGCUUAAGAUGCCAUAUUGGAGGAACCCCUGACAUAACAGUGUCGUGGUUCAAGUCUGAUGGAAAACAGCGAGAAACUAGUAAUUGUAAAAUGGAUUACUCCAAUGGCAUAGCCACUUUGAAAAUAAGUAAAGCAACCAAGGUUGAGGAUGGGGAAUACACCUGCAAGGCCGAGAACCGCAUUGGAACUUCCUCCAGUAGAUGCAGACUGGUUGUGAAAGAUAUCAAAACGCCACCCACCUUUCCCAAGAAACUUGUUAGCCUCCUGAAGGCUGUAGGACAGCCAGUUAGAUUUGAGUGUCGAGUUUUAGGAUCCUCUCCUCUUGAGGUUUCCUGGCAUAAAGAUGGCGGAUCUUUGACAAAUGAUGGGAAAUAUAUACUUUCUUAUGAUGAUAACACUGCUGUCCUAAAGAUAACCCGCAGUGAACUCAGACACUCUGGGGAAUACACUUGCAUAACUACAAAUAAUGUUGGAACUGCUUCUUGUUCAGCUACACUGACGGUCCAAGAACCUGUGCACUUUGUGAAGAAGCUGAAGGAUAUGCGAAUUGAACUGGCACAACCUUUGAAACUUGAGUGCACAUUCACUGGAACUCCUAGGAUUUAUAUAAAUUGGCUAAAGGAUGGCAAAAUUAUCUGGGCUUCUUAUCAGUAUAAUGUCAGAACCACUGACACUUCCUGCAUCCUGGAAGUCCUCAACAGUGACAGAUAUGAGGCUGCUGGAAGAUACUCUUGCGAAAUUUCCAAUGGAGCAGGAACUGAUAUAUGCCAUGCUCAGGUGGCAAUAGAGCGUAAAAUUCCUCCCAACUUCACUAAAAAGCCUUUUGACACCAUGGAAAACUCAGAAGGCCAGGUGGUGAAUAUUGAGAGCCUCUUAUGUGGAUCUCAACCCAUGACCAUCACUUGGUGCAAAAACAACAGUGAAAUUCACCACUCCGAUAAGUAUGAUAUUACCUUCAAGAGUAAUGCACCAGUGUUGUGUAUCAAGAACGCUCAGAUUUCAGACAGUGGUAUGUACUCCUGCAAAGCCACCAAUGAAGCUGGCUCUGCUUCCUACCAAGUGGCUCUCACCAUAACAGAGCAAAAGAAGCCUCCAGUUUUCGACAUCCCUCUGAAACCAGUGGGUGUGAAAGAGGGAGAGAAGCUGACCCUUAGAUGCCACGUCUUUGGAUCGCCUCCCAUCAAGAUUCAGUGGAUGAAGGACAGGAGAGAACUGAAAUCCACUGGCAACACUAAGAUCACCUUUGCUGAUGGCACUGCAUGUUUGGAAGUCAGCCAAGUGUCGAAAAGCGAUGCAGGGGACUACCUAUGCAAGGCUACCAAUCAGGCUGGAAGUGAAUUCUGCAAGUCCAAAGUGACAAUGAGAGCAGAUGCAGCCCAAGCGCCCAGUGUACCAGCGCAAACCGCCGCUGCGCCAAGUGCCCCAGCAAAAAGACUGGACAAUCUGUUUUUCAUUGAGGAGCCAAAGACUGCCCAUGUUUGUGAAAAGGGCACUGCAACAUUUAUUGCCAAAGUCGGAGGUGAUCCCAUUCCGAAUGUGAAAUGGAUGAAGGGCAAGUGGAGGCAGAUCACACAUGGAGGUCGCAUCACUAUUGAGCAGAAGGGCCAGGAGGCCAAGCUGGAGAUCAGAGAAGUGACCAAAUCUGAUUCUGGACAGUACAGAUGUGUUGCAUCUAACAAGGAGGGGGAAAUAGAAAGCAGCACUGACUUGAUUGUUGAUGAAAAAAAGGAAUCUGGACAAGAUGGAGACUUCCGAGCCAAACUAAAAAAGACUCCAUCUAAACAGAAAAGUCCCAAGAAGGACCAGGAUAUUGACAUAGUAGAGUUGCUCAGAAAUGUGGAUCCUAAGGAGUAUGAGAAAUAUGCCCAAAUGUAUGGAAUCACUGACUACCGUGGCCUCCUUCAGGCCAUUGAGCAACUGAAGAGGGAGAAAGCUGCAGAAAGUGGAACACAGGAGUCAGAACAUGGGGGAAGAGCUGAUGAUGAUGAUUUGGCCAGAUUUAUGAGUGGUCUGCAAUCAAAAAUGCAGGCAGAGCCUGUCACUCUAGUGAAAGACAUCAAAGACCAGAGUACUCCUGAAAACAAGACAGCGGUGUUUGAGUGUGAGGUCAAGAUCAACUACCCUGAGAUUUCCUUGUCCUGGUACAAGGCAACACAGAAGCUUGAUAACGAUGACAAAUAUGAAAUCAGCAUUGUUGGCGACCGCCACAUCCUGAAGAUCAAGAAGUGUCAGUCCAAGGACCAGGGCAACUACCGUGUGGUUUGUGGCCCACACAUCUCCAGUGCUAAGCUGACAGUGACAGAUGAAGAUGUCUCCCACCCAGCUGACCAAAUUCAAUUCACCAAACGCAUCCGGAACAUUGAGGUGAAUGAGCGCCAGUCUGCCACCUUUGAAUGUGAGGUGUCCUUCGACAAUGCUAUCGUUACGUGGUAUAAAGACACCUGGGAGCUUAAAGAGUGCCCAAAAUAUAACUUCAGAAGUGAAGGGCGACGACACUUUAUGAUAAUCCGAAAUGUAACAUCUGAGGACGAAGGCGUUUACUCGGUGAUUGCGCGGUUGGAACCCAUGGGGGAGGCUAAAAGCACAGCUGAGCUUUACCUUUCAGGCAAAGAAAUUGGGUUAGGAAGGGUACCUUAUGAUGUCCCAGAUUCAUCCAUACAAGUUCCAGAUGUUCCAUCGUUAGUUUCUUACCAAGAUGAGUCGUCUGAAUACUCUUACAAGAAGACAGAAGUGAGAGCAUUUGAAAGUUGGACCAUGCAAGAAGAGAAAGUAUCUCUUCAGUAUUCGACAAUCUCAGCAGAAAGAACACCCGUUGAUGAAAGUGUUCAUAAACAAACUGUGGGAAUGAGUGAAGAAAUACCUAUCAAAGUUCCUGAAGCUUACAAGAAACAAGAAGAGAAACCAGCGACGAAGGUCUCACCAGCUCCUAGCAAAGUGCCUGAAGCAAGGAAGCCAGAAGAACAAAAGAUCACCCCAGUAGCACAGCAAAAAGAUCAUGCCACCCCUAAAGAUGUGCCUAGCCCUGCAACUUAUAUGCCUCCUGAGCCAAAAGUGGCUCCUGGUCCAAAAACAGAGCCAAAAAGGCCAUCUGACUCAAAGAUUGCACCAGGACCAAAAAUGGCACCUUCAACUCAGUUUGAACCAGAACCAAUGACAGCACCCACACCCAAAAAGUCACCUGAGACUCUUCAAGCUAAAGAGUACCCUAAAACAGAACCGGUCAGAAAACCAGCCCAACCUCCAAAAGAUGUCAUUUCACAGAAAGUCCGAGGCUUAAAAGAACCUGUUACUCAACCACAUGAAGCCCAAGUUCAUCAAACAACAGAUACCACACUGAAAAAAGUUAUCAUGGAUGUUAAGUCAGAAGCACCCAUGACAGACGAAACUAGAAAGCCCCAACAAACAGCUGGCCAGUCAGAGGCAAAAAGGCAAACUGUACAGCAGCAAGUAAUGCCAAGGGAUGUGUAUCCUGAGAAAACGGCAAUAGAUAAACCUAAAAUGGAGGAAGACGUUACCCUCAACAAAGUUGCCCCAGUUCCAUUGAGGACAGAGGUAACUGCCACAACCAUGGUAGAGGUGACUCAAGAAACAUCGCUGAAGUUUAUGGAGAGGAUUUUAUUGACAGAAGAAAUCGGUGACCGACAAGAAGAAGCGAGGACAGAUGAAAGAAGAGGGGAUAUUAUUCAGUCAAAGCCAGAAGAUAUGUACACGAAGUACAAGGAUGACUGGAAGACUGAAAAUGGCUCAGAAAGGGGAACAGAUGAGGCAGUUCCUCACAAAAAUGUUAUUUCUCAAAAAAUGGAAGCAGUUACGUCAGUUGUUUUACCUGAGAAAGGAAUUCCAUAUGAGAAACCUGCUUUAACCAAGAAUCAAGGUAGUAAAUCCCCAAAACCUAUGUCUCCUGAAGACAAAAACAUACCGCUCAAGAAAUCUAUGUGUCCAGAAGAUGAAGGCAGAUCAAUUCAGAGACAAAUACACCUGAAGGAAGAAGCUACCUAUGAAAUAACUGUAGUUCAAAAGGAGAGAGUAAUUCCGUCUCAAAAAGUAGUUUCUCCAUCUCAGAAAGAGGCUCAUUCAGAGAAAAAAGGUUCUCUAUCUUCUUCUGAGAUACUCACCUUGCCUCAGGAAGUCUCUUUAUCUAAACAAUCCACACCUGAGAAAAGAGUCAUCCCUAAGGAGGAUCUUACUCUACUGGUGAAGAAAGUUCCCACUGAGGAUGUAGCCAUUCCUGAUCAGAAAGCUGAUUCUGUCAUGAAGGAGGAAGCUAUUCAGUACAGGACUUCUCAAACACCCCAGGAGACACCAAGCAAGAACAUCAGAAAGACAGCAGAGGAAGGCCAUUCACAGAAGGAUCAACAGCAAACAACUCGUAAAGUGCCUACAGUGGAAACAAAGCCUUCCCCAUCAGCUCCAAAGGCUUCGUCUGCUCCUCAUGCAGAGAGAGUACCUCCCUCUGAAGCUAAAGGGUUACCUGUGGAGAAGACUAUCUCCCCGCCAACUUCAACUUCCUUGGCAGCUCCCCUAGCAGAGAAGUUGUCACCACCUGAAGACAAAGGCCCUGUUACAGCGCCUGGACCAAGCAAAGAAAAAUACACUACAACACCCAAAAAGGGUAGAAUUCAUGUUCAGGAGGAUGAGAAACCAGAGGUGCCAACUUUGAAGAAGGUGAAAAUACCUUCAAGAGAUAAGGAGGAAGACAAAGACAUCAUCAAACUUAAAAACGUGCCCCAGAUUCCUUUAGAAGAGAAGGCAAAGGAAGUCACACCUGGGACAUCUGAUGGAAAACUGCUUUUUGAGGCUCAUACCAAAGCUCCACAUUUUGACCAUGAUAGAGAAGAUCACAUGCAGAUGGGCAGUCCAGUUGACAAUAGUAACCAAAAGAAACUUACGGAUUCCGCUCAGGAAUCAGCUGAACAUUUGAAAAAUCUACCUGAAGAUGAGAAGGUAGAAGUGAAGACAAUUUCCAAGAAAACACCCAAGUUCCGUAAAGAAGAACCCCAGGACCAAACAGGUUUAGCUCCUAAAAAAGUAGCAAAGCAGACACCAGAUAAGAAAGAACAAGAAACUGUGAAAUUAAAACCAUUUGAAAGAACUGCUACACCCAAAGACAUACAUAAAUCAGUUGUUAAGAAAGACAGUCCCUCUGGAGUUUCAAAAAGAGAUGAGGGACCCAAUAGAGAAGAACUGGUGAAAGAACCUGAAGCUCAUCAACCUAAAGACGAAAAACCAAAAGAUUCUAACAAACCCCUUUCAAAGGUUAAAAUGACUUCUACUCCCGAAAAAGAGAAGGAAAAUGUUGAAUUGAAGCCAUUUGCAAAGUCUCCUAAAGCUGAUAUAAAAGUUAUAAAGUCCCCUGAGGAAAUACAGAAGAAGGCAGAAAGUAAAGUACAAAGUCGAGAAUCAAGAGAUACUACUGAGAGAAAGUCUCCAGAUAAGGAACUUGAGAGAACCAAAAACAAAGAGCCUGGCGUGGUACAAAAACCAAGCCCUUCAGGGAAAGUGGUCCCUCCCAAGAAGGAAGAAAGUCUCAAGGAAGAUAUGCCAAUUCAGUUAAAGAAGAUAGAUAGCCUGUCAAAAGAAGCAGAGAUUAAAAAGAAAGAAGAAGUUCCAAAGCACAUAGAGGACAUCAAGAGAGGUGUAGAGCUUAAGAAGACUCCUUCACCAAGAGUUGAGAAACUGAAGCCAAAAGCAAUUGAAUCCAUAUCUAUGGAAAGGAAGCCCAGUGCAGAAAGAAGCAAAUAUUUACCUAAAAAAGAUUCCCCUAAAGAUUCAGUUGAAGCCAUUUCCCUAAAAAAAGUGGCAACUAAAACAUCACCACAGCAACAGACCCAAGAAGCACCAGGAAAGAUUCCUUUGAUGAAAGAGCUUUCACCUCAAGCGGUGCAGUUGAGAAAAAUUGCUACUCAACUGGAGGAAGAGGUGUAUGAGGAUGAGCCAGAGGUGGAAGAAGAGGAGGAUGAAGCGUGGGGAUGGGAGCUUGUCCCGCGUGAAAGUUAUGGUUCCACAGAGGACUGGGAAGAUGAAUCCUUGGAAGAUGGGGCAGUUGAGACCCCCGGGAUGCCAGGUGACAGACGAGAUGGGAAACCAAAGGAGGAACCACCAAAAGGCAGAGGCCGAGGUCUUGGGGCGAGGCAAACACCAUCCCCUGGUGAUGGUGGCAAGGGUAGAGGAAUGAGACCUGGUGGAGACAAACCACCAGAGGAACCAUUCGGAGGAUUCAAGCUCAAAGCUGUUCCCCUUAAGUUCAUUAAAAAACUCCAGGACAUAGUGUUGAAGGAAGCUGAAUCUAUUGGCUCUGCUGCUUCGUUCGAGUGUGAGGUUUCACCCUCAACUGCAAUAACAACAUGGAUGAAAGAUGGAAGCAACCUAAGAGAGAGCCCAAAGCACAAAUUCACCUCUGAUGGCAAAGAUCGCAAACUGAACAUCAUUGAUGUCCAACUUUCUGACACUGGCGAAUACACAUGUGUUGCCAAAAAUGCAGGCAAAGAAGUGACAUGCACAGCCAAACUAAUUGUUGAAGAGCUGCCUGUGAAGUUCAUUAAGACUUUGGAAGAAGAGACAUCAGUCAUCAAGGGACAGUCUAUGUACCUGACCUGUGAGCUGAACAAAGAGAGAGAUGUUGUAUGGAAGAAGAACGGUCAGCCCUUGAAGAAAAUUGCAGGGAAGUUGGCCAUCAAUGUAAUUGGAAUGCAACAUGCAAUUACACUCCAGAACUCAGGGGAAGAAGAUGCUGGUGUCUAUACAUGUGAAUGUGAGGACAUUAAGACUGAAACUACUGUCAAAGUAAUAGAAAUCAUCAGAGACUGGUUAGUGAAACCACUGAGAGAUCAGCAUGUGAAACCUAAGGCCACAGCCACAUUCAAGUGUGAACUCUUCAAAGAAACACCCAAUUGGAAGUGGUUCAAGGGAGACAAUGAAAUUCCUAAUGAUCCAACUAGCAAGACUGAGGUGAAGAAGGAAGGAAAAGAAAUAACUCUUACAAUCAAGAACGCACAACCUGAAGAUGUAGGAGAAUAUGCCAUGGAAGUUGAAGGACGCAGAUAUGCAGCUAAACUAACACUUGGAGAGCGGGAAGCCGAGAUCUUGAAGCCCCUUUCCAGUGUGGAGGUGGUUGAGAAGGAAGAGGCCUCAUUUGAGACUGAAAUAUCUGAGGAAGAUGUAGCUGGAGAAUGGAAACUGAAGGGAGAAGUUCUUACAAGAUCACCGACAUGUGACAUCAAAGCUGAGGGCAAGAAACGUUUCCUCACUCUGAAACACAUCCAACUUGACCAGUCUGGUGAAGUGUCUUACCAAGCUCUGAAUGCUAUCACCAGUGCUGUGCUCACAGUUAAAGAAAUGGAAAUGGACUUCACAGUCCCCUUGAAGGAUGUGUCUGUACCUGAAAAGAAACAGGCUAAAUUUGAGUGUACCAUCACAAAAGAUGUGCCCAAAGUCAUGUGGUUAAGGGGCUCUGACAUUGUAACAGCAAGCUCUAAAUAUGACAUUAUUGAUGAUGGAAAGAAACACAUAUUGGUCAUUAACAACUGUGACUUUGAUGAUGAGGCACAAUAUACUAUUGAAGUUUUGGGCAAAAAGUCAACAGCCCAACUUACAGUUGAGGGUAUGAGGCUCAAAUUCAUCUCACAACUAAAGGACCAAAUUGUGAAGGAAGGUAAAAUGGUUCAAUUUGAGUUUGAGCUAACUCAUGAAAAUGUGACAGUGACAUGGUACAGAAACGAAAUAAAACUCCAUCCAAGCAGAACCCUGAUCACCCAUGUUGAAGGAAAGAAACAUUUAUUAGAAAUGAGGGAGUUGACACUAGAUGAUACAUGCCAAAUUAAGGCAGAGGCUAAAGGAGUAUCAUCAACUGCAAACCUGACGGUGAUAGAGGGUGACGCAGUCUUCAUAGUGAAGUUGCAAGACUAUACCGCUGUGGAGAAAGAUGAGGUCACUCUGGACUGUGAACUCAGCAAAGACGUCCCUGUGAGGUGGUUCCACAAAGAGACGGAGAUCAAAGCGUCCAAGAUGGUGACCCUGAAGUCUGAAGGGAAACGCAGAGUCCUGUCCAUUAAGAAAGUGGAGGAAAAAGAUAGAGGGCAAUAUGUAUGUGACUGUGGAACUGACAAGACUAUGGCAAAUAUCAAUAUUGAAGCUCGUGAUAUCAAGGUGGUUCGACCCAUGUAUGGAGUUGAACUCUUUGAUGGCGAAACGGCUCGUUUUGAGGUUGAAAUUUCUGAGGAUGAUGUCCAUGGCCAGUGGAAGUUGAAGGGAGAUGUCCUAAAUCCUUCCCCUGAUGUGGAAAUUGUUGAAGAAGGUGGCAAGCACACAUUGACUUUGUACAACUGCAAAGUCAACCAGUCAGGUGAAGUGGGAUACCAGGCUGCUAAUGCUAAAUGCACAGCUAAUCUGAAAGUGAAAGAACUUCCACUAACCUUCAUCACACCUUUGACUGAUGUGCAAGUCUAUGAGAAGGAUGAGGCAAGGUUCGAGUGUGAAGUGUCAAGAAAGGCCAAGAGCUUCCGUUGGCUUAAGGGAUCUCAGGAGUUGACGUCCGAUGACAAGUUUGAGAUGACACAACUGGGAAAUAUUCACACUUUGGUGGUCAAAUCCGCUGCAUUUGAUGAUGAAGCCAAGUACAUGUUUGAGGCUGAGGACAAGAGAACAACUGGAAAACUAGUUAUCCAGGGUAUUCGCCUUGAGUUUGUCAAGCCCAUUAAGGAUGUCACAGUGAAGGAGCGUGAGACAGCAGAGUUCAGUAUUGAACUUUCACAUGACAAGAUCCAGGUCACUUGGUACAAGAACGAUGUGCGUUUGCAUCCCAGCAAAGUGGUGCAUAUGUCAGAGAAUGGCAAGUUCCACACCCUGGCCUUCAAGGAAGUGUCCAUUGAUGACACAUCUAUGAUCAAAGUUGAGGCAUUGGGAAAGAGCUCCAAGGCCAUGCUGACUGUUCUUGAGGGAGAGCCAUACUUUGUCACCAAGUUGCAAGACUACACUGCAGUUGAGAAGGAUGAAGUAAUGAUGGUCUGUGAACUGAGCAAGGCCUCUGCUCAGGUGAAAUGGUUUAAAGAUGGACAAGAUAUUAUUCCAUCCAAGAAUGUUCUUCUUAAAGCUGAUGGAAAAAGGCGUAUUCUGACAGUCAAGAAGGCAGAAAAAGGCAACAUUGGAGAAUAUACCUGUGACUGUGGUUCUGACAAAACCAUAGCCAGGCUGGAUAUUGAAGAGCGUGACAUAAAGAUAGUCCGUCCCCUGUACAGUGUGGAAGUGACAGAGACUGAGACUGCUCGCUUUGAGACAGAGAUCUCUGAGGAGGAUGUGCAUGGUCACUGGAAGCUCAAAGGAGAAGCUCUUCACCAGUCUCCUGACUGUGAAAUAAAGGAGGAAGGCACAAAGCACAUGCUGAUACUGUACAAUGUUCGCAUGGAUCAAGUUGGAGGAGUUGACUUCCAGGCUGCAAAUGCCAAAUCCAAUGCCCAGCUUAGAGUGAAGGCUCGAUCAAUUGGUCUGCUGCGUUCGCUGAAGGAUGUCACUGUAACAGCUGGAGAGACUGCAACCUUUGACUGUGAGCUGUCAUAUGAGGGCAUUGUUGUAGAAUGGUUCCUUGGAAGCACAAAGAUGGUAGAAAGCGACAGGGUUGUAACCCGUGCUGAGGGUAAAGCUCACACUCUGACUCUUAGAGAUGUCAAACUAACAGAAGCUGGUGAGGUCAAACUCACUGCUAAGGACUUCAACGCUAAGGCCACACUUACUGUUAAUGAGCCACCAGUUGAGUUCACCAAACCUCUGGAGGACCAGACUGUGGAAGAGGAGGCCACUGCUACCCUGGAAUGUGAAGUUUCCAAAGAAAAGGCUGAAGUUAAAUGGUUCAGAGAUGGACAGGAGAUCCGCAAAACUAAGAAACAUGAAAUGGUUGUCGAUGGCCGCAAGAGAAAACUUAUCAUUCAAGAGUGUACACUUGAUGAUUCUAAGACAUAUACCUGUGACGCAAAGGAAUUCAAAACGUCUGCUUUCCUGAAUGUUGAGCCUCCUUAUGUUGAGUUCUCCAAACCACUUCAUGAUGUUGAAGUCAAAGAGAAGGACUCUGCAAGAUUUGAGUGUGAGGUGUCUCGUGAGUCUGCAAAGGUGCGCUGGUUCAAGGAUGGUAAUGAGAUCAGAAAAGGAAAGAAGUAUGAAAUUAUUUCCAAGGGUCUCCAGCGCAUUCUCAUCAUCACAAAGACAGUCUUUGAUGAUGAAGCUGAAUAUGAAUGUGAUGCAAAAACCUCAAAAUCCUCUGGCAUGCUGACUGUCAUUGAGGAGGAGGCUAGGUUCUCAAAGAACCUAUCUAACGUGGAAGGAACAGAGACAGACAGCGUGAAAAUGAUCUGUGAAGUAUCAAAGCCCAGUGCUGAAGUCACCUGGUACAAGGGUGACAAGGAGCUGCCUGAGGGAGGAAGAUACGAACACAUUGCAGAUGGAAAGAAGAGAAUUCUUAUCAUCCAGGAUCUCAAAAUGGACGAUGCUGGAGAGUACAACUGCAGACUCUCUAACGCCAAGACAUCUGCUACUCUGAAGCUGAAUGAACUUGCUGCCGAGUUCAUUGCCAGGCCUCAGAGUCAGGAGGUGGUUGAAGGAGAAAAGGCUGAGUUUGUCUGCUCGGUCUCCAAAGACACCUAUGAUGUCAAAUGGUUUAAGAAUGACAAGGAGAUAACGGCUGGGGACAAAUUUGACAUUGUCUGUGAUGGAAAGAGGAGAGCGCUUAUUGUAAAACAAUGUGAACCAAAGGAUGAAGGAAGUUAUGUUGCUUUCAUUGGCUCAACCAAAGCUUCAGCUGAGUUGUAUGUCAUUGAGAAACUCAGGAUAAUUACACCCAUCAAAGAUACGCAAGUGAAGGAAGGACAAGAGAUUGUCUUUAACUGUGAGGUGAACACUGAGGGAGCCAAAGCAAAGUGGCUGAAGAAGGAAGAGACUAUGUUUGAGAGCAGCAAGUACAUCAUGAUCCAGAAAGACAAUGUCUUUUCUCUGAGGAUUAAGGAUGCCCAAAGGACAGAUGAAUGUACCUACACCAUUACACUAACCAACCAGCGCGGUGAACAUGCAAAGGUCUCAGCCAAUGCUACUGUGAAAGAGGAGAAACUCAAGUUUUUGGAGCCUCUUGAAGACAUUGAUACUCAAGAGAAAAAGACCAUUGUCUUUACAUGCAAGGUGAACCGACCGGAUGUCACGGUUAAAUGGAUGAAGGCCGGCCAGGAGGUUACCCUCAGCAAGCGCAUCCUGUACAGGGUAGACAAAGACAAGCACACGUUGACCAUCAAGGACUGUAUUCUGGCCGAUGAGGGUGAAUACACCGCAGUUGUCGGUGAUGACAAAUGCACCGCUGAGCUUAUCAUCAGUGAGGCACCCACAGACUUUUCCACACAACUCAAAGACCAGACCAUCACUGAGUUUGAGGAGGCAGAGUUCACUUGCAAGCUGUCUAAAGAGAAGGCUGCAGUCAGAUGGUACAGGAACGGACGCGAGAUCAGAGAGGGUCCCAGAUACAAGUUUGAGAAAGAUGGAAAGAUCUGCAAAUUGCGCAUCAAGGAGUGCAGACCAGAUGAUGAGUGCGAAUAUGCCUGUGGAGUUGAUGACAGGCGAUCCCGGGCCAAACUCUUCGUUGAAGAAACCCCUGUGGAGAUCAUCAGACCCCCAGCGGAUGUGUUUGAGCCUCCAGGUUCAGACAUUUUGUUUGAGGUGGAGCUCAACAAAGACAGAGUUGAAGUGAAAUGGAUGAGGAACAACAUGAUUAUUGUCCAGGGCGACAAGUACCAGAUGAUAAGUGAAGGAAAGGUCCACAGACUGCAAGUGUGUGAGAUUAGGCCCCGUGACCAGGGAGAGUACAGAAUCGUUGCAAAGGAAAAGGAUGCCAGAGCCAAGUUGGAGCUGGCAGCUGUGCCAAAGAUCAAGACGACUGACCAGAACCUGGUGACUGAUGCUGGGAAACCCUUCGUCAUGACAAUUCCCUAUGAUGCCUAUCCUCGUGCAGAGGCUGAGUGGUUCUACAAGGAUGUCAGCUUACCAGUGCAGAACAUUGACACCUCUACAGACAAGACAGAAUACAGACUGAAGAGCCCCAAUAAAAAUGAUCAGGGAAGGUAUAAGAUUGUCAUCAAGAACAAACACGGACAGGGAGAGGCGUUCAUCAACCUAGAUGUCAUUGAUGUCCCUGGACCUGUGAAGAACCUGAAGGUGGUUGACACUGCCGAUGGUGAGGUGAGCUUGGCCUGGGAUGAACCAGAGAGUGAUGGUGGCAGCAAGAUCAUUGCCUACGUGGUAGAGAGGCGUGAUAUCAAGCGCAAGACCUGGACAAUGGCCACAGACCGCGCUGACAUUCCAGAAUACUGCGUCAGCGCGCUCCAGAGGGAUUCCAUGUACCUGUUCCGUGUCUGUGCUCGCAACAGAGUGGGCAGUGGCCAGACAGUUAAGACAGACACAGCUGUCCAAGCUAAGAACAAGUUUGAUGUGCCUGAAGCUCCUGAGAACGUUAUGGUUGGAAUUGUGAACAGGUUUGGUGCCACCGUUACCUGGAAGCCUCCACUUUCCGAUGGUGGAUCUGAGGUUACCUCCUACAUCAUUGAACUCCGUGAUAGGACGUCUGUGAAAUGGGAGGCUGCUAUGGUCUGCAAGCCAGAGGACCGCUCUGCCACUCUAAAUGAUGUGGUUGAGAACAAGGAAUACAUCUUCCGAGUCAAAGCUGAAAACAAAGCAGGAAUUGGUAAACCAAGUGCAGCCACAGAUCCAGUGAAGAUCAUGGACCCCAUUGAGAAACCCAGUCCACCCCUCAACUUCAACUUCAGUGAUCCAACAAAGAACUCUGUUCAACUGACCUGGGAGACUCCCAUGAGCAAUGGAGGCAGCAUGAUCACAGGUUACAUCAUCGAGAAGUGUGAGGAUGGAACAGACAAGUGGCUGAGAUGCAACGCUAGGCUCUGCCAGGACCUGUACUAUAAGGUGACUGGUCUGAAGCAGAGUCAAAAGUACCACUACAGAGUUAUGGCUGAGAAUGCAGCUGGAAUGUCUGAUCCAGCUGAUAAGAUUGGACCUGUCUUGGCUGACGAUAUACAUGUUUCACCUUCAAUGGACCUCGGUGCAUUCAAGAAUGGUCUAGAGGUCAUUGUUCCUCAAGCUCUCACAAUUCGUGUCCCUAUUUCUGGAUACCCAACACCCAAAGCUAAAUGGAGAUUUGGAGACAAGGAGUUGACCACUGGUGACCGUGUAUCCAUGGUUACAAAGAGUGGCUUUACAGAGCUUGUCAUCACCCCAAGUGUGCGUCCAGACAAGGGAACAUACACCCUGCAACUGGAAAAUGAUGUGUCCUCUGUCUCAGGAGAGAUUGAAGUUAAUGUCAUUGCAUCUCCAAGUGCACCUAAAGACUUCAAAGUAUCAGAGGUUACCAGACAUCAUGUGCAUUUGAUGUGGGAGGCACCAGAACAUGACGGGGGAAGCCCAGUCUCUGGAUACCAAAUUGAAAAACGUGAGGUAUCUCGCAAGACCUGGGUCAAGGUUGCCACCAAUGUCAUGGAUCUGGAGCACACUGUCUCAGAUGUCAUCGAAGGCAAGGAGUAUCUUUUCAGUGUUACUGCUUGCAACAAAUGUGGCCCAGGAGAGCCUGCCUACAUCGAUGAGCCAGUCAAUGUGUCCUCUCCGGCCACUGUGCCAGACCCGCCUGAGAAUCUGAAAUGGAGGGACAAGUCAGCCAAAGGUAUCUUCCUGUUCUGGGAGCCACCUAAGUAUGAUGGUGGUGCAAACAUCAAAGGCUACGUUGUUGAUAAGUGUCAACGAGGCACAGACAAAUGGGAGCCAUGUGGUGAACCCCUGCCUGAGCUGAAGUUCCAGGUGACUGGUUUGACUGAAGGACAGUGGUAUGCCUAUCGUGUUAGAGCAGUCAACAGACUGGGAGCCAGCAAUCCAUGCAGGGCUACAGAUGAAAUCCUGGCUGUGGAUCCAAAAGAACCUCCAGAGAUUCAGCUGGACGUGAAACUGAUUGCUGGACUGACUGCCAGGGCUGGAACAAAGAUUGAGCUCCCGGCUGAUGUGCUUGGAAAGCCAGAACCCAAAGUGAAAUGGACCAAAGCUGACCUGGUCUUGAAGGGAGAUGAUCAUGUUGCCAUUGACAGCAAGCCUGGUCAUUCUACAUUAUCUAUUGCCAAAACAAUAAGAGAAGACACUGCCACGUACAUCAUUGAAGCUGUCAACAGCAGUGGUCGUGCAACUGCAACUAUUGAUGUCAACAUUCUUGACAAGCCAGGUCCUCCAGCUGCCUUUGACAUCUCUGACAUCACCAAUGAGUCUUGCUUCCUUGCCUGGAACCCUCCCAGAGAUGACGGCGGUUCAGUGGUCACUAACUACAUUGUUGAGAAACGUCCUAUUGACAAAGAAGAGUGGCAGAAAUUGUCUUCUACUGUGAAGCAAACGACUUUCCAUGCCCAGAAGCUCACUCCUCUGAAAGAAUACGUCUUUAGAGUUCAGGCAGAAAACCAGUAUGGCAUUGGAGCCCCUACCGAGCAUGCGCCAAUUAUUGCCAAAUACUCCUUUGAUCCUCCUGGUGCUCCAACAAGAGUACAGCACUCUGACAUUGCCAAGGACUCUUUGACUCUUACUUGGUAUGAGCCUGAUGAGGAUGGCGGUAGUCCCAUCACUGGCUACUGGGUGGAGAAGUUUGACCAAGAACAGGACAAAUGGAUCCGAUGCAACAAGUUGCCUAUUAAGGACACCACCUUCAGGGUGAAGGGACUGCCUACCAAGAAGAAGUACAGAUUCCGUGUAUUGGCAGAGAAUCUCGCAGGACCAGGAAAGCCAAGCACUGAAACUGAUCCAAUCUUGGUUAAAGAUCCAAUUGAUCCUCCAUGGGCCCCUGGUAAACCAUACAUCAAAGACAUUGCCAAGACCUCAGCCUGCCUACAAUGGACUAGGCCCGAGCAUGAUGGUGGGGCCAAGAUUGAGUCCUACAUUAUUGAACUUCAGAAGACAGGAACUGAAGAGUGGGUUCGUGUAGCAGACGAUAUCCCAACGACAGAACACUUCCUGAAGGGGCUUAUGGAGAAGCAGGAGUACUCCUUCAGAGUCAAGGCUGUCAACGUGGCUGGAGAGAGUGAGCCCAGUGAUCCAAGCGAUCCUGUGGUCUGCAAGGAGAGACUCUACCCUCCAUCAGCUCCUCGAUGGCUUGAGGUGACCAACAUUACUAAGAUCAAUGCUGACUUGAAGUGGACUGUUCCAGACAAUGAUGGUGGUUCACCAAUAACCAACUACUUAGUUGAGAAGAGGGAUGUCAGACGCAAAACCUGGCAGGCAAUAGACACCACUGUAAAGGAGGUCAAGUACACUGUGACUCCUCUAAACGAGGGCUCCCUGUAUGUAUUCCGUGUGGCCGCUGAGAAUGCUGUUGGACAAAGUGAUUACUGUGAAUUGGAAGACGCCGUACUGGCUAAAGACACCUUCACCACUCCUGGGCCACCAUAUGCCUUGACUGUGUUGGAGGUCUCCAAGAGACACGUUGAACUGAAAUGGGAAGCUCCAAAAAGCAAUGGUGGAAGACCCAUUACAAAGUAUGUCAUUGAGAAGAAAGAGAAGCUUGCAACCCGCUGGAUUAAGUCCGGCAAGACCCCAGGCGCUGAAUGCAAGUACAAGGUAACUGACGUGGAUGAAGGAACCGAGGUUCAGUUCCAAGUCCGUGCUGAGAAUGAGGCUGGUGUUGGACAUCCCAGUGAACCUACUGAGAUCCUCACAAUUGAAGAUCCAACAAGUCCACCAUCUCCUCCUCUUGAUCUGGUUAUUCCCGACGCAAGCAGGGAGCAUAUUUCCAUCACCUGGAAGGUCCCAGCAAAGAAUGGAGGCAGCCAUAUUACUGGAUACCAUGUUGAAAUUUCUGAAGCUGGCACAGAAAAGUGGAUGAGGGUCAACUCUCGUCCAAUUAAGGAGCUUAAGUACAAGGUAGAGGAGGGCAUUAUUCCAGAGAAACAGUACGUCCUCAGGGUGCGUGCCAUCAACUCCAUCGGUGUCAGUGACCCCUCCGCAAUCUCUGACAAGGUGUUUGCCAAGGACCCUGACUGUAUGCCUACGAUGGAUGUACAGGCCCAAGACGUUGUUGUUGUUGAGGGUGAGAAACUCCACCUCAACAUCCCAUAUAGAGCCAUUCCCAAACCAAAGAUGGUGUGGCAGAAGGACACAGUGGAGUGUAAGGCUGAUGAUAGACUCACCAUGACCUGUGAGCUGAACAGUGUUCAUUUGGAGCUGCUGAAAUGUGUUCGUGGUGAUGCCGGUGCAUACAGCAUCACUUUGGAAAACUCUCUUGGAACAGCAACUGGAAUCAUCAAUGUUAAAGUUAUUGGUCUUCCUGGCCAAUGCAAGGACAUUAGUGCCAGUGACAUAACCAGUACCUCCUGCAAAAUGUCAUGGGAGGCUCCAGAGGAUGAUGGUGGGAGCCCCAUUCUCAGCUAUGUACUGGAGCGCAGAGAGGCUUCUAAGAAGACCUACAUGCCUGUGAUGUCAGGAGAGAAUAUCCUGACACGACAGGUUAAGGAUCUCUUCCUCAACUGCGAGUAUCACUUCAGGGUGAAGGCUGUCAACAAAGUUGGACCGGGAGUGUUCCUAGAUCUUCGCAACCCUGUCAUCACUGAAGAAAUAAAACAGAAGCCAGAUCCACCGAUUGGGGUUGAGGCUCUUAACCCAACCUCAAAAUCCAUCACUGUGACAUGGAAAGCACCAGAUUAUGAUGGCGGAUGUGUCAUCACUGGCUACAUCCUGGAGAAGAUUGAAAAAGAGGGAGAACGAUUCCAGAGGAUCAACCCCUCCUUGGUGCCUGGUUUCUCCUAUGUUGUACCUGACCUAACUGAAGGAAUGGAGUACCAGUUCCGUGUCAGGGCUGAGAAUGCUGCUGGCGUUAGUGAACCAUCUCGCAGCACUCCACUGAUCAAGGCUUGUGAUGCUGUUGAUGCUCCCAAGGUUACCCUCCACGCACGCCUGCAGUCUGGCCUGUGCAUCCGAAAAGGAGAGGAAAUCCGCCUGGAUGCCUUUAUCUCUGGUUCUCCUUAUCCCACGGUGACCUGGCUGAGAGAUAAUGAGGAUGUCACGAAGGAGCCUGUCAAGAAACAGCAACCACUAGUGGUUAAGAAGAAGACCAAGUCAAAGGUGCCUGAACCUGAGGAGGUGUUUGUGACUCCAAUCCUGCAGCGUGUCUCUUUUGACCAGACCAAGAAGGGCCAAACCGCUAUCAUGGUGCGUGAAUCUGUGAGAGUGGAUCACGGAUGCUUUACCAUCAGGGUGGAGAACUCUCAUGGAGUUGCAACUGCCUCUUGUGAGGUUAAUGUUCUUGAUAAACCUGGACCUCCAGUGAACUUCACAUUUGAGGACAUCAGAAACACCUCUGUAAUCUGCAAUUGGGAACCUCCUCUGGAUGAUGGUGGCAGCGAGAUCUUGAACUACAUUCUGGAGAAGAAAGACAACAAGAAUGAUGAAAUUGGCUGGAUAACAGUGACCUCAACCCUAAGGGGUUGUACAUACCCUGUGACCAAACUGAUUGAAGGAAAGGAGUACAUCUUCCGCAUUACCGCUGAAAACAAAUCUGGCUGUGGACCUUCAUGUGUCUCUGAGCCACUUGUUGCCAAGAAUCAAUUUGAUCCACCUGAUGCACCAAACACACCUAGGAUUGGAGAGGUCAACGCUAACAGUAUCCACAUCUCCUGGCAUGAACCCAAAGACAAUGGCAGUCCCAUCCUGGGCUACUGGAUCGAGAGGAAGGAGAUCAACAGCAAGCACUGGACAAGGGUCAAUCGUAGCCUGUUCAACUCUCUGGAGGUCAAGGUUCUGGGUCUUAUGGAGGGCUUGACUUACAUUUUCAGAGUUUGUGCUGAAAAUAUGGCUGGUCCUGGGCCCUUCAGUGUCCCAACAGACCCUCAGAUUGCCAUGGAUCCUAUCUUGCCGCCUGGUCCACCCACUCCUUGGGUUGUUGACACUGGUGCAACUUCCAUUGAUGUGGCUUGGAAACCUCCAUUGUACAAUGGAGGAGGAGACAUCCUUGGGUACCAUGUUGAGAAAGUUCUGGCUGGAGAGAAGGAAUGGACACGUAGCACAGAGUUUAGAUGCAAGGAGCUCAAGUAUACUGUGACCGGUCUCACUGAGGGUGCUGACUAUAUAGUCCGUAUCAUUGCUGUUAACGAUUGCGGACCUGGAGUGCCAGGAGUAACUGAGCCUGUAACAGUAAAAGAACCUCAAGAACCUCCCAUUGUGGACUUUGAUGACUCGGUAAAGAAUGGAGUCAUAAUUCGCGCCGGAGUCAACCUGCGUCUUCCAGCCAUCGUGAUUGGCAGACCUCAACCAGAGGUGAAAUGGGCCAAGGACGAAUCAGAAACUGACAAGGAAAGAGUUGUCAUUGAGACACAGGGAAAGAACAGCGUUCUCUUUAUCAAGCAUGCCUUGAGAACUGACCAUGGAAUGUACCAAGUCACUGGAACCAACAGCAGUGGAACCAAGGCAGCUGUCACUAAAGUUGAUGUCAUGGACGUUCCUGGGCCUGUGGUUGACCUGAAGACUACAGUGGUUACUAAGAAGAACAUUGGCAUAAGCUGGGCUGACCCUGCAGACAAUGGUGGCAGUGAUGUCAUUGGCUAUGUGGUUGAGAAGAAGGAUGCUAAGAUGCAACUCUUCAGACAACCUAUUGAAGUUGCGCAAUGCAAGUGUGACAUUCAGGGUCUGCUUGAUGGAGAGGAGUACAUGCUCCGUGUUAUUGCAAGAAACAAGUAUGGUCUUGGAGCCCCAUGUGACAUUGGACCUAUCCUUGCUGUGGAUCCCAAAGGCACACCGUCUGCCCCAGAGAAGCUGCAUUACACAGAGAGGACCAAGACCACCAUCACUCUCUCUUGGGAACCCCCACGUACUGACGGAGGGAGUCCCAUUAGGGGUUACUACAUUGAGAAGAUGAGACAUGAUGGAACUGAAUUUGACGUGGCCAACCGGCAGAUCAUCACAGACACAACUGCAACCAUUGAAAACCUCACUGAGAACAACAUGUAUCAGUUCCGUGUGAAGGCUAUGAAUGAGGUUGGAGAAGGGGACCCUUCAAAGCCAAUCAGCGCUAACAUGCAGGACGAUGAAGUCGCCCCAACAAUUACAAUCCUGAAAUUCAUCAAGAGAGAUGCCAUCAUUGUCAAGAAGGGAGUGGCCAUUGAUAUCCCUGCUGAGGUUAGUGGCCUUCCCAUGCCAGUGUUUCAGUGGUCCAAGGAUGGGGUGGUCAUUGAGAAGCCCACUGAGACUCUACUGAUGGAGUCAGAGGAGGUGAGCAGAACUAAAGCCACAACCAAGAUCAGCAUCCCUGAGACUAUCAGACAAGACAAAGGAAACUACAAGUUGACUGCCACAAACUGUCAUGGCACCGCUCAUCACACUAUCAAAGUGGAGAUCCUAGAUCGUCCUCUUCCACCACAUACUAUUGUGGUUUCUGAUAUCAAGUCUGAAUCAUGCUAUCUCACUUGGGAUGCCCCUGAAGACAAUGGAGGCAGUGAUAUCACAAACUACAUCAUUGAGAGGAGGGAUGCAAGCAAGAAAAAGUCUGACUUUGAACAGAUCACUUGCAACGUUAUUGACAGAAGAUAUGGGGUCUACAAACUGGACACUUACGGAUCAUACCAGUUCAGAAUCAAAGCCGAGAACAAGUUUGGAAUUAGUGACGGUUGUGAUUCUGAAAAAGUCGUUCUUAAGGAUCCAUUUGGUCUUCCUGGUCCACCUCGCAACCCCAAAAUUAUCGGACACACCUCCACCUCCAUGCUGGUGACGUGGGAACCCCCCCUAGACAACGGUGGAUCCACCAUCACAGGCUACUGGCUAGAAAAGAGAGAGAGAGGAGCUGUGUACUGGGGUCGUGUCAACAGAGCUCCUGUCACCAAGCCUGCAGUAAAGGGUCUGGAGUAUAAUGUGCUCCGUCUGAAUGAAGGGGCUGAAUACCAGUUUAGGGUGAUGGCCUGCAAUGCUGCAGGACUUGGACCACCUAGUGAAUCAUCUGGGUGUGCCUAUGCAGUUGAUCCACGCAACCCCCCGAGCCCACCGUCUUGCCCAGAGGUAAAGGACAAAACCAAGACCAGUGUCAAACUUACUUGGAACCCACCAGAGAGGAAUGGAGGAAGUCCUAUCAAGGGCUACAUAAUCGAGGUCCACGAGGAAGGUGCUCCUGAUUGGAGAAGAGUUAAUGCCGCCGACAAGCUGCAUCCUAGCACUGAGUUCACUGUUCCAGACCUCAAAGAAAACAAGAAGUGCAAGUUCAGAAUCAUUGCUGUCAAUGCAGCUGGAGAGUCUGAUCCCAGUUCACGUACCAAUGAUAUCAUCGUUGAAGAUAUCCUAUUGGAGCCAACCAUCUCUCUUGAGGUCAGCGCCCAUGACCUGCUGUCCUGUAGGGCUGGCUCUAUGAUUAAGAUACCCACAGUCAUCACAGGACGUCCUACUCCUAAAGUGACGUGGACGUUUGAUGGAACAGCAGAGACAGAGAAGAAGAAUGAACUCCACACCCUUCCUAUAGAUUCAGAUAUCCAGUCUACUGAUACAACCUCAGUCAUAACCAUUCCUGAGAGCAAACUCAACCAUGCUGGACGCUAUAUCAUCAAAGCAGAAAGCGUAGCUGGAAAUAAGACCAUGAAAGUCAGGGUCAAUGUCCUUGACUUGCCAGGUCAACCUAAAGACCUGAAGAUCACUGACGUCACAAGAGGCACAUGUAGACUAACAUGGAAAGCUCCAGAUAAUGAUGGUGGUGAGAGGAUAAAGAGCUACUUCAUUGAGAAGAAGACUGUGUCAGGAAAGGCAUGGACAAAAGUUAACCCUGCAUGUGGCAGCCAAUCCUUUGUGGUGCCAGACCUUAUUGAGGGACAAGAGUACUUGUUCCGUGUCAGGGCAGAAAACCGCUUUGGAAUGGGACCUUACAUUGACACCAUCCAAAGAACCAAAGCCACAGACCCUAUCCAUCCCCCAGAACCUCCAACUCGUGUUAAGAUUAACGAUGUUGCCAAGGGCACAGCUACCCUUACAUGGAAGGCACCCAAGAAUGAUGGUGGUGCUCCCGUCACUCACUACACUGUUGAACGUCUUUGCUGGGAUGCCAGUGGAGCCCAAAAGGAAUCCUGGAGACAAUGCAACAGGCGUGACAUUGACUCCACCACUUUCAAGAUGGAUGACCUGAAUGAAGGCGAUGAGUAUGAGUUCCGUGUCAAGGCUGUAAACGAAGCCGGUUCUAGCAGACCUUCCUCUACUGCUGGGCCAGUCCUAAUCCAAGACCAAACACGUGCACCUUCUAUUGAACUGAGUGAGUUCAUGGAAGUUGAACAGGGAGCGGACAUUGCCAUUGUGGCUAAGAUCCGCGGUGGUCCCUUCCCCACUCUCACCUGGUUCAAGGCUCCUCCCCACAAGGCUGAUGACAAAGUGGAGGUGCAGUAUGAUGAGCACAUCAACAAGAUUGUGUGUGACGACAGCUGCACUCUGCUGAUCCAGCAGGGCAAACGCUCAGACACUGGUCUGUACACCAUCACUGCCAGCAACAGUCUAGGAAAGGCUUCCAAGGAGAUGAGGCUCAAUGUCCUAGGACGACCUGGACCUCCCUCUGCUCCCAUCAAGUUCGAGGAGAUUGGUGCUGAAAAGAUUACCCUGUCAUGGCUUCCACCUAAGGAUGACGGUGGCUCCAAGGUGACAAAUUAUGUCAUUGAACGACGCGUGGCCAACAGAAAGACCUGGAUAUCAGUUACCAAUGAGCCCAAAGAACGUGUCUUUACGGUGGAAGGUCUAAUGGAGGGACAUGAGUAUGUGUUCCGCAUCAUGGCUCAGAACAAAUACGGAGUUGGAGAUCCUCUGGACAGUGAACCAGAGAUAGCCAGGAAUCUAUACACUGUUCCAGGCCAAUGUGAGAAGCCUACCCUCUCCAGUGUUACUAUGGACUCUAUGACACUCAACUGGGAAGAGCCUGAAGUGGACGGUGGUAGUCCCAUUACUGGAUAUUGGCUGGAGCGUAAGGAGACAACCUCUAAGCGCUGGAACAGAGUGACACGUGACCCCAUCCGCCCCAUGCCGCUUGGCAUCUCCCACUGUGUGACCGGCCUCAUUGAGGGCUCCCAAUACCUAUUCCGUGUGUCAGCCAUCAAUGCAGCCGGAUGUGGGCUUGCCAGUCCACCAACGGAUCCCAUAUUUGCUAGAGACCCCAUCUCUCCCCCUGGACCUCCAACACCCAAGGUGACAGACUGGACCAAGUCUACCGUGGAUCUGGUUUGGAUUCCACCUCUGAAGGACGGUGGAUCCAAAAUCAUGGGAUACUACGUUGAGUACAAAGAGGAGGGAACAGAAGCAUGGGUUAAAGCCAAAGAGAAGGAAGUCAGAGGCACCAAGUUUGUUGUUUCUGGACUAAAGACAAAUGGACAAUACAAGUUCAGAGUGGUAGCUUUCAAUGCUGCAGGUCUGAGUGAACCCGGUGAAGUUCCAGAAGUUAUUGAGGUCAAGGACAGGACAAUUGCUCCUGAGGUUGACCUGGAUGCCUCAGUAAAGGAGAGGAUGGUUGUUCAUGCUGGCGGGGUGAUUCGCAUCAUAGCCUAUGUAUCAGGACAGCCUGCACCCACAAUCACAUGGAACAGAGAUGAUGGUGCUCUGCCACCAGAUGCUGUAAUUGAGACCACUGCCAUCAGCUCCUCUCUGGUCAUCAAGCCAUGUACAAGGAGACACCAGGGAGUUUACACUCUGACGGCUAAGAAUGACGGAGGUGAAAAGAAGAAAGCCAUCAUUGUUGAUGUCCUUGACGUUCCUGGACCCGUGGGUGUUCCGUUCACUGCUGAGCAUCUUACCAGUGACUCUUGCAAGUUGAACUGGUUCUUCCCUGAGGAUGAUGGUGGCUCCGCCAUCACCAAUUACAUCAUAGAGAAACGCGAGGCUGAACGCAAGGCGUGGACAGCUCUCUCCUACACAGUCACUAGGCACACUGCUGCAGCCCACAAUCUCAUGGUCGGAAAGACAUAUUUCUUCAGGGUUGCAGCUGAAAAUGCAAUUGGACUUGGUCCAUUUGUUGAGACUACGUGCGAAAUCGUAAUUAAGGAUCCUAUCACUGUCCCGGAACGCCCAGAGGAAAUAGAGGUCACAUCUGUCCACAGGGACUACAUCAGUGUCACCUGGAAACCUCCCAAGUUUGAUGGCGGCGCUGAGGUGACCAUGUACAUCCUUGAGGCACGCAUGAUCGGCAAGGACAAGUACACCAGGCUGACCAAGGAGAAGCUGAUGGAGAGAAGAUACACGUAUGAUGGACUGAGGGAGGGUGACACUUAUGAGUUUAGGGUCCUGGCUGUGAAUGAGAUCGGUCCCAGCAAGCCAUCCUUCUGCACCAAACCCAUCACCUGCAGGGAUGAAUUAGAGCCCCCAACCAUUGAGCUGGACUUCCGUGAUAAGAUCGUUGUUCGCGUUGGUGAGAGUUUUGCCCUCCAGGGACGCUACACAGGAAAGCCAUCUCCAUCUAUCAUCUGGUUCAGAGAUGACGAAGAGCUCAAGGCAGACAAUCACAUCAUGUUCAAGAACACCUUGAACACCAUGUGUUUGGGCCUCAUGAAGGCUAAGAGAGAGCACAGUGGCAGAUACUGUGUACUUGUUGAGAACAGCACAGGCUCAAGAAAAGGCGUUUGCAAUGUCACUGUUGUCGAUCGCCCAACACCUCCAGUGGGUCCAGUGAUCUUUGACGAAGUUCACAGAGAAUACAUGGUGAUCUCCUGGAAACCUCCUCUGGAUAGUGGCGGAACUGAAGUCUCCAACUACAUCAUAGAAAAGAGAGACGUAAACAGAGACAUGUGGAUGACUGUAACAUCCGCCUCCAGCAAGACCACUUGCAAAGUGCCAAAGCUAGUGGAGGGCAAAGAGUACAUCAUGAGAAUUUGUGCUGAGAACAUGUACGGCAUCAGCGAUCCACUGGAUUCAGCGGAGAUGAGAGCCAAAGAUCUCUUCAGAGUACCUGAGGCUCCGGAGCAGCCCAAUGUAAGAGAAGUCUACAAGGAUAAUGCUUUAGUGCUGUGGAGCAGGCCUCGUGAUGGUGGCAAGCCCAUCACCAACUACAUCCUGGAGAAGAAGGAACCCUCUGCUAAGAGGUGGUCCCGUGCCACCAGAGAUCCUCUCUAUCCAGCCACUCAGUUCAGGGUGCUGGAUCUGAUUGAAGGCUGUGAAUAUGAGUUUAGAGUUAUGGCAGAGAAUGAGAUUGGCACUGGUGACCCAAGUGUACCAUCAAAGCCCAUCCUUGCCAAAGAUCCAAUUGUUCCUCCUAGCCCACCUGUUCUGCCAGAGGCAAUAGACAAGACCAAGGACACUGUCAGUCUGAAAUGGCAGUUGCCUCGUCAUGACGGCAAAGGCAAAAUCUUUGGUUAUCUUGUGGAGUACCAGAAGGUUGGUGAAAAAGAAUGGGCCAAGGCCAACGAGACUCCCGAGACCUGCCCGGACAUCAACUAUGUCGUGACAGGCCUGACUGACGGUCAAGAUUACAAUUUCAGAAUCUUCACCGUCAAUGCUGCAGGAAACUCAGAGCCUGCCUUUGUUCGUCAACCAGUGAAAGUGCACGACAGAUUGGAGGCUCCAGAGCUGCUUCUUGACGCCAACAUGUCCCGUGACCACCUUGCCAUGCUGGGAACAGACAUCACUCUCAGUGCUGUUAUCAAGGGCAUGCCUCCCCCUACGGUAUCAUGGAAGAAGAACGAUGGAGAGGCACCAGCACAUGCCACUAUUGCAGUCACUGCCUCAGGCAGUAAGAUGUUUAUACCCAAGAGUGUGCGUCCUGACUCUGGAAACUACACCAUAACUGUUGAAAAUGCAGCUGGAUCCAAGACAGCAACUUGUGUCGUGCUCGUUUUAGAUAAACCUGGCCCUCCCAGGGAUCUGACUAUCUCUGAUAUAACCAGCGAGUCAGCCUACCUAACCUGGAAGGCUCCUGAGGAUGACGGAGGUGCUGUCAUCUCCCACUACCUGGUGGAGAAGAGGGAUGUUGCAGCUGAGAAAUGGGUGCCGGUCUGUGCCUCAUCAAAGAAGUUGAGCCUGAUGGCUCUCUAUCUAAUGGAGGGUGUUCAGUACAUGUUCCGUGUUGCAGCAGAGAACCAGUUUGGCAGAAGUGCUUACAUUGAGACCAAACUUCCUAUCAAGGCCGUCGAUCCUUUAUAUCCACCUGGCCCACCAAAGAAUCUGCAUCACACUGAUGCUGAAAAAACUGAAGUGUGGCUUGCAUGGGAGUGGCCAGACCGCACGGGAGGAAGUGAGGUAACUGGGUUCAUUGUUGAGCACCAAGAGGAAGGAACAACUGACUGGGUUAACUUCAAGACUGUCAGCAACAUUCUCUGUCAUGUAACUGGACUGGUGGAGGGCAAGACAUACAGAUUCCGUGUGAAGUCCCAGAAUGCCAUUGGCGUGAGCCGUCCAGACACUACUGUCCCUGUCACCUGUCAGGAGAAACUAUUGGCACCAACAAUUGAAGUUGAUGUGAAGCUUAUUGAGGGCCUCAUUGUCAAGUCUGGAAGCAAAGUUGUUCUGCCAGCAGUAAUGAAAGGAAUUCCAACUCCCACUGCUAAGUGGCUGAGUGAUGGAAAUGAAAUUGUAUCAGAGGGCAGGUUUAAGAUUGACACAGUGGAUACCUCAACAAGCCUCAGUAUUCCUGUGUGCAUAAGAGGUGACACUGGAGAAUAUAUUCUCACUGUGACCAACCCAGCAGGAAGCAAGUCUGUUGCUCUUCAUGUCACUGUGCUGGACGUCCCAGGUGCCCCUGUUGGUCCUGUAAACAUCACAGAGGUUACUCCAGAACAUAUGGCCAUUAACUGGAGGCCACCUAAAGAUGACGGUGGCACACCACUAUCAAACUACAUUGUUGAGAAGAAGGAUAUCAAGAAGCCAUGGGAGCCAUGGUCAGUUGUAAGCUCUGGAAGUACAAGCACCAAAUCCAAGAUUCCCAGAUUGGAAAAGGGGCGUGAAUAUGUUGUGCGUGUCCGUGCAGAAAACAAAAUUGGUAUUGGUGCAGAACUUGAGAGUCCCCCCACUAUUGCCAAACAUAUGUUUGACCCUCCUGGUCCUCCAGGCCAGCCAACAUGCUCAGACAUCACAGAAAACGCUGUGACAGUGGAAUGGACUCUGCCUGAAGUUGAUGGUGGCAGCCCUGUCAGUGGCUAUGUCAUUGAGCGUAGGGAAAUGACAGGGAAGUGGAUUCGUGUAAACAAAACGCCCGUGCUAGAUCUCAGAUACAGAGCAUCUGGUUUGUUUGAAGGCAACAGCUACGAGUUCAGAAUCUUUGCGGAGAACGUUGCUGGGGUCAGUGUGGCCUCUCCUGUGUCAGACCCAGUGAAGCUCACUCGUCCAAUCACAAAGCCAGGACCACCAGUCAACCCCAAGGUGAAGGACUGGAGUAAGUCCUAUGUUGACUUGGUGUGGACAAAGCCUACCAGAGAUGGAGGAAGUCCCAUCCUGGGUUACAUUGUUGAGUGUCAGAAAUCAACUAGUGCUCAGUGGGAUAGAAUGAACAAGGAUUUCCUUAUACUGGGCGGUGCCUACAGAGCCCCUGGUCUGAUUGAAGGUAUGGAAUACAAGUUCCGUAUCAGAGCCUCCAACAUAAUAGGAGACAGUGAGCCUAGAGAUCUGCAGGAGUCUGUCAUUGCAAAGGACAUUUUGGUGCCUCCAGUGGUCGUUGUUGAUGUAGCUUGCCGUGACCUACUGACAGUAAGAGCAGGCCAGAGUAUUAAUUUGACUACCAGAGUUAAGGGUAGACCCGACCCUGAAAUCACAUGGAGCAAGGAUGCCAGGGCUCUUGGCAGGGACAAGCGCACAGAGAUGAACAACAACUUCCCUCUGGUUGAGCUUGUAAUCUCAGAAGCAGUCAGAGAGGACUACGGAAAGUAUGCUAUCCUGGCUAAGAACAGCAGCGGCCAAGCCCAGGCCACAAUCAUUGUGAAUGUGCUUGACACACCAGGACCUUGCCAAAAUAUUAAGGUCUCUUAUGUGACUAAAGACUCUGGCAUGGUGUCAUGGGAGAACCCAGAGGAUAAUGGAGGCACUGAGAUUACACAGUACACCAUCGAGUCUCGUCAGGCUAGCCAAAGAGGUUGGACUUUGGUCUCAAAUGACUGCACCAAGCGUCUCAUGAAAGCACCUCUUACGGAGGGAUGUGAAUACUUCUUCCGUGUGAGUGCAGAGAACAAGAUUGGUACUGGACCUCCCAUAGAGACAAAGACAGCCGUAGUGGCUGUAGAUCCCAUUGAGAAACCAGGUGAUCCAGAGAACUUGCACAUCAGUGAAAUUGGCAAGACAUUUGUCUUCCUCAAAUGGAAGAAGCCAGACUAUGAUGGUGGUAGCCGCAACAUUGGUUACCAUGUUGAGAAGAAGCCAAAGGAGGCAGAUGAUUGGGAGAGACUUCAUAAGGGUGCCAUUAAGGAGACUUACUUCAUGGCAGAUAGAUGCAUUGAAAACGAAGUUUACCAGUUCAGAGUGCAAACCAAGAAUGAGGGAGGUGAAAGCAACUGGGUGACAACAGCUGAAAUUCUAGUUAAAGAACAGCUAGUUGAGCCAGAGAUCAAAAUUAAACUGAUUGGCACCCUAGUUGUUAAGGCUGGUGACUCCAUCCCUAUAGAAGCUACAGUUAAAGGAAAACCACAGCCUGAUGUCAAGUGGACUAGAGAUGGAGACAUUGGAGAUAUCAGCAAAAGCACAAGGCUUCAGAUUGAAUCUGGUGUGGAAUUCUCCAAAUUCCUGCUAACCAACUCUAAGCGUCCUGAUAGUGGAAAAUAUGUUAUCACUGCUACCAACGCUGCUGGUACUUGCAGUGCUCAUGCCACAGUCAAUGUGCUAGACAGACCUGGUCCUAUUAAAGACUUGAAAGUGUCUGGGGUCAGUAUAGAUAGAUGCCACCUGGCCUGGGAUGUCCCAGAAGAUGAUGGUGGCUGUGAGAUCUAUAACUACAUCUUAGAAAAGUGUGAAACAAAGAGAAUGGUUUGGUCUGUUCAUUCUAAUGCUAUAAUCACUAAUUCAGCUAAAGUCACUCGUCUUAUUGAAGGAAAUGAGUACAUAUUCAGAGUCAGAGCAGAAAAUAAGAUGGGGGCAGGUCCUGCCGUGGAAAGUGAAUCGAUUGUGGCCAAAACCCAGUUCAGUAGGCCUGGGAUUCCUGAAGCACCGGAAGUCACCAAGAUAUCCAGGGACCAGAUGACCGUUGAGUGGGCUGCACCUGAAAAUGAUGGAGGAAAGCCAAUCAUUGGCUACCUUCUGGAAAAGAAGGAGGAGCACGCCAUUCGAUGGACCCCUGUCAGCAAAGACCUUAUACCUGGAACAAGGAUGACAGUCACCAAUCUGUUGUUCAACCACGAGUAUCAGUAUAGAGUUAAGGCUGAAAAUGAGAUCGGUGUUGGAGACCCAAGCAAACCCUCUAGAGCCAUUACUGCCAAGGAUGCUGUUGAACCUCCAAGCCCUCCAAGCAAUCUGAAGGUUGUUGACAGCACCAGCUCCUCCAUCAGUCUGAGCUGGACUAAGCCUGUGUCUGAUGGUGGAGUUCCACUUAUCGGAUAUGUGGUUGAGAUAAGAGUCAAGGGAGCCAAAGGAGAUGAAGGCUGGAAGAGGUGCAACGUUGCAGCCCAGCUGAUUGUGACCGAAUUUACUGUCACCAGUCUUGAUGAAAAACUGGAGUAUGAGUUCCGUGUCUCUGCACAAAACCAGGUUGGCCUAAGCCUUCCUGCAGAUCUAGAGGGAGCUGUGGUACCUAGGGAUAUUCUCGAGGCCCCUGAUAUCGACAUGGAUGCCAGUCUGAAGGAUGGACUGACUGUCAGGGCUGGAUGCCCCAUUAGGCUGUGCGCCACCAUCAGAGGCAGACCUCCACCCAAAGUCACUUGGAGGAGGAUGGGCAUUGACAAUGUUGUCAGGAAGGGACAUGUGGAUAUCAUUGAUACCAUGACCUUCCUAGUGAUCCCAGACAGUACCCGUGAUGACUCAGGCAAAUACUCUCUGACACUACGGAGCACUGCAGGAGAGAAGGCAGUGUUUGUAAAUGUGAAAGUGCUAGACACCCCAGGACCUGUAAUAGGUAUUGAAGCCACAGACAUCACCAUGGUGUCCUGCAAACUUUCCUGGUCUCCACCUGAAGUAAACGGUGGCAGUGAGGUCACUCACUACAUUGUUGAAAAGCGUGAAAUGGACCGCAAGACAUGGGCAACAGUCAAUAGCAAUGUGGAAGCGACAACCUUGAAGAUCAGCAAUUUGGUCUCUGGCACAGAGUAUUACUUCAGGGUCACAGCAGUAAAUGAAUAUGGACCUGGAGUAGCCAGAGUCUCACCAACUUCAUAUCUGGCCUCAGAUCCAGUCAGUAAACCUGACCCCCCUCAGAAGAUUGAUGUUCUUGAAAUUACUAAGAACAGCGCUGUUGUGGGAUGGGUGACACCGAUGAGGGAUGGAGGUGCCAAGAUAGAUGGUUAUGUGAUUGACUAUCUGGAGGUGAUUCCCCCCAAGGAGCCACCACAGCCAGUAGAGGGAGAGGGAGAGGGAGGAGAGCAGCCUGCUCCUCCUGCUCCGGCAUCUCGUUAUGAAGAAGAGGAGGAGGAGGAGCCAGAAGACGUAUGGACACCAUACACUGUUGUUAAAGGCCUUAGCAUUUCAAUUAGUGGACUAAAAGAGGGCAAAAAAUAUAGAUUCAGAGUGGCAGCGAGAAAUGCCAUGGGAUGCAGUUUACCUACCGAAACCCGCGACGCAUUUGAGGUCAAGGAGCAGAUUCUUGAACCCAAGAUUAUCAUGCCUGAUGUUGUAAGUGCAAGAGCAGGCGCUAAACUCAGAGUGGAAGCUCUAGUAUCUGGCAAACCUGCACCAGUCUGCAAAUGGAUGAAGGGAGGCAAUCCUGUUGUUUCAUCUAGUCGUCUCGCCGUGCAUAAAUCUAAGAAUCUCUGUGUGCUCAUCAUCAAAGAUGUGUCAAGAACUGACAGUGGUGAAUACAGCCUUGUUGCUGAGAACACCUCAGCUAAAGUUGACCAGGUCCUGAAAAUCAUCAUCAGAGAUAUCCCUGGCCCACCUGAGCCACCAUUUGAGAUCAGCGACAUUGAUUCUGAUGCCUGCUCACUUUCUUGGAACAAACCUCUGGAGGAUGGCGGCAGCAACAUCACCAACUAUGUAGUUGAGAAGUGUGAUUUGAGUCGCGGUGACUGGGUCAAUGCUGUUUCCUCUUGUGGAAAAACCGGCUGCAGGCUGGGCAAGCUCAUUCCUGGAAAGGAGUACUUAUUCCGUGCCCGUGCCGAGAACCGCUUUGGAAUCUCUGACCCCAUCACAUCGGACAGAAUGGUUGCCAAAUUCCCCUUCGAGGUUCCAGGAGAGCCCCUAAAUUGCCGCAUCAACAAAACAAACAAGGAUUGCAUGUUUGUUGCCUGGGACAGACCAGAGUCAGAUGGAGGCAGUCCCAUCACCGGCUUCUACAUUGAGCGGAAGGAGAGGAACAGUCUCCUGUGGGUCAAAGCUAAUGACGCAGUUGUUAGAACAACUGAGUAUCCCUGUGCUGGCCUUAUUGAGGGCUUGGAGUACACUUUCCGAGUAUCCGCUAUAAAUCGUGCCGGACAAGGCAAGCCUAGCAAGAAGACUGACUUUGUCACAGCAAGAACACCAGUUGAUACACCAGGCAAACCAGACAUUCUUGAUGUCACCAAAAACACUGUGACUUUGGUCUGGACCAGACCGAAGAACGAUGGCGGAAGCAAGAUCCUUGGAUAUUAUGUUGAGGCCUUGAAGCUACCUAGUGACAAGUGGGUUCGCUGUAACACCAGCAGUCAGAAUGUCCCCAGAGAAGAGUACACUGUAACUGGACUGGAGGAGGAUAUGCAGUAUCAGUUCAGAGUUACUGCAAAGACAGCUGUCAACAUGAGCAAAGCAUCAGACCCCACAGACCCUGUCCUGGUCUCUGCAGAGAACGUGCCACCAAGGAUAGAACUUGCAGUGAACAUGCAAAAACCACUGACUGUAAAGGCUGGCGCUAAUGUUACACUUGCGGCUGAGGUGUUUGGAAAGCCCAUGCCCAAAGUGACCUGGAAGAAGAAUGAUGAUUCCUUGAAAUCUUCUGAAAAAAGGAAGAUAACCCAGAAGAGACAUCUCUUCCUGAUGGAACUCACUGAAGUCACUAAAGAACAAACUGGAAUAUAUACUAUUCUAGCUGAAAAUGCUAGUGGAUCUAAGACUGGAGAUAUAGAGAUCAAAGUUUUGGAUGUUCCUGGUCCACCAGCAUCGGCCACAUUCAGUGAUGUGUUUGCAACUGGUCUCAAAGUUACAUGGGUGGCCCCUCUGAAUGAUGGUGGUUCUCCCAUAACAAACUACAUUGUUGACAAGCGUGAGACAAGCAGAGCCAACUGGGCUCAGGUUUCCUCCAAGGUCAUGGGUGAAGUUCUGGAAAUUGCUGUAGAGAGACUCAUUGAAGCCCAUGAGUAUCAGUUCCGCAUUCGUGCAGAGAACACAUUCGGAGUUGGCGAGCCUAUCUUGACCAAACCAGUGACUACUAAGAAUCCAUUCACUGUGCCCGGUCCAUGUGAAGCUCCAGUCAUAACCAAUGUCACUAAAGAUCACAUGACUGUAAGCUGGAAGGAACCUGAUAACGAUGGACAGUCCACCAUCUUGGGAUACAUGGUGGAGAAGAAAGAAAUUAAAGAUGUCAAUUGGACAAAAAUUAACAGGAAGGCUAUGCUAGAGAGAUCCCUGGAGGUUGGUGGUCUCAUAGAGGGAGUAGAGUAUGAGUUCCGUGUCACUGCCCUCAACAUAGCUGGCCUUGGGAAACCCAGUGACCCAUCCAGUGGUACUUCAGCCCAUGACCCUAUCCAUCCUCCUGGCCCACCAGUUUCCCCCGUGGUCAAAGACACCACUCAAAGCACUAUCAGUCUGACCUGGACAAAGCCAGCCAAUGAUGGCGGCAGUCCCAUCCUGGGCUACCUGGUGGAGUGCAAGAGGACCGAUGCCACAGACUGGAUAAGAUGCAACGUGCCAAAGAAUCUGCAAGACACACACUAUGUGGUUCAGUCCCUCAUUGAAAAAUCAGAAUAUCAAUUGCGUGUGUCUGCCGUGAACAAAGCUGGCUUCAGUGAGACAUGCGAAGUUCCAGACAAGCACAUUGCUAAGGAUAUUUUCGUUGCACCUGAAGCAGAGCUUAGUGCAGAGCUGAAGGAGGUGUUGGAGCUACGUGCCGGAGACUGCAUGAAACUCAGAGCCACUAUAAAGGGCCGACCAGUCCCAAGGGUGGUCUGGGCCAAGAUGAACACCAACAUUAAGGACAGACAAGGCAUCAUCAUCAAGUCCACAGAGCACGACACCCUUGUCUCUGUUGAGAGCGUUACUAGAUAUGAUGCAGGCAAAUACAUUCUGAGUUUAGAAAGCAGCAGUGGGAUGAAGAUGUACACAAUUACUGUCAAAGUUAUUGAUACCCCUGGACCACCAGUCAACCUGAUGAUUAAAGAGACCACCAAGGACAGUGCAUCCAUCCUUUGGGAUGCUCCCCUGAUUAAUGGAGGAAGUGAAGUAACUAGUUACAUUGUGGAGAAACGUGAUGCAGAAAGAAAAGCAUGGUCCAUAGUUUCCUCAAACUGCACCAAGACGUCCUUCAAAAUUGCUGAUUUGGAACCUGGAAGAUCUUAUUGCUUCAGGGUAUCAGGAGUAAAUGAACUUGGUACUGGAGAGGCAUGUGAAACAGCAGAUUCAGUUAGAGCUUCUGAACAACCAGGGCCAGUUAUGGACUUUAAGACCUUGUUGGUCACAAAGGACUCUUGCACAAUUGGCUGGAAGAAACCUUUAACUGAUGGCGGCAGCCGUAUCAUCAGCUAUGUGCUGGAAGUGUUGAAUGGAGAUGACAAUUGGAAGGAGCUGAUGAGCUCUAAAAACAUGCAAUACAGUGCCAAGGACCUUGUAGAAGGGAAAGAGUACAAAUACAGAGUAAAAGCAGUAAAUGAAUCUGGAGAUGGUUCAGAGAAAGAGCUUGAUGUGCUUGCUAAAGACGUCAUCAUUCUACCUGCAUGUGACUUGAAUGCCCUGCCAAAUCUAUGCUACAUUGCCAAGGAAGGAAGUACAGUCCGUCUGAAGAUUCCCAUUAUUGGCAAACCAGCUCCUAAAGUAUCCUGGAAGAAGGGUGAAGACGUAGAUCUGACCGACACUGGCAGAGUGUGUGCCGAGUCCUCAGCAGUAAACACAAUGCUGUUGAUCCGUGACUGCCAGAGGAGUGAUGCCUCUAAAUACACUAUUACUCUGAGAAAUAGUGCUGGAUCAAGAGAAUCUACCAUCUUUGUUAGGGUGGUUGGCAAGCCAGGAAUACCUAUACAACCAAUCAAAUUUAAAGAUGUCACUGCUGAUGGGGCUACCUUGAAAUGGGGUGCACCUAAGGAUGAUGGUGGAUCAGAGAUCACCAACUACGUUCUAGAAAAGAGGGACUCUGUCACCAACAUGUGGGUCACCGUAUCUUCUUCAGUGGAGACCAACACCAUGAGGGUGACUGGACUCCACGAAGGCACAGAGUACAUCUUCAGAGUGUGUGCAGAAAACAAAUAUGGGUUUGGUGAAGGACUCAAAUCUGACCCCAUUGUUGCCAAGCAUCCUUUCAAUGUGCCUGAUGCACCUCCACCACCUAAGAUGAUGAGCAUGCGACAUGACUCUGCAACACUGAUGUGGUCUGACCCAAGGAAGACUGGAGGAUCUCCAAUUACUGGAUACCAUGUUGAGUUCAAGGAGAGAAACAGUAUGCUGUGGAAGAGAGCCAGCCAGAGUGCUAUGAUGAUGAGGGAUUAUAAGGUCACAGGCUUGACUGAAGGUCUGGAGUAUGAAUUCAGAGUCAUGGCAAUCAAUCUGGCUGGAAUUGGGAGACCAAGCCCAGCGACUGAGCCUCACGUUGCCCUGGAUCCAAUUGAUGCUCCAGGUAAACCUGAUGUUGUCAGCAUCACAAGAAGCACAGUAACGCUUCAAUGGACUGAGCCCGAGUAUGACGGUGGACACAGACUGACUGGCUAUAUUGUUGAGAAACGCGAUUUGCCAUCAAAGAUCUGGAUGAAGGCUAAUAACGUCAACAUUGUGGACUGUGCAUUCACGGUGAAAGAGCUACAAGAAGGCUGCAAGUUUGAGUUCAGAAUCAGGGCAAAGAAUGCAGCUGGAGCCUUGAGCCCUCCAUCUGAACAAACAGACACUCUUGUGUGCAAAGAUGAAUACGAGGCACCAAUUAUUACUAUCGAUUCGCAUGUGAAGGAGGGCCUGACCGUCAGGGCAGGUGAAACCAUUGUCAUCACUGCAACCAGCAUUGUAGGCAAACCCCAACCAACAUCAGCGUGGUCCAAGGGUGGCAAGUUCUUCAAGCCCUCAGACAUCUGCCAGAUUGAGACCACAGCAUCAUCAUCUACUCUCUCCGUCAAAUAUGCCAGCAGGAAUGAUUCUGGAGAAUACACAAUUUCAGCCAGUAAUCCAUUUGGUAUUAAGGAGGAGAAUGUUAAAGUAAAGGUGCUGGAUGUUCCAGGUUGUCCUGGUCCUAUUGAAUCGACUGGAAUUUCAUCUGAAAAGGUCACUCUAUCAUGGACACCACCUAAUGAAGAUGGUGGAUCUCCCAUUAAAUAUUACACUAUUGAGAAGAGGGAGACCAGCCGUCUCCUUUGGACUAUUCUUCAAGAGAAGGUGAUUGACUGCCACCAUGUGGCAAACAAGCUGAUCCAGGGAAAUGAAUAUAUUUUCCGUGUUUCUGCGGUGAACCACUACGGUGCAGGUGAAGCAUCCCACUCUGUGGCUGUCAAAAUGGUGGAUGGAUUUGGUCCCCCGGGCCCUCCAUCCAAGCCAGAGGUUGAGAAUGUUGGUGGACACUCUGUCACCGUCACAUGGAAACGUCCAGUGGAGGAUGGAGGAAGUGACAUCACAGGCUACUGUGUUGAGAGGAAAGAGAAGAAGGCCAUGAGAUGGUUCAGGGCAUCUAAGAAAUCAAUUGCUGAGCUUCAUUAUGAAGUGAAGGGUCUCACAGAAGGUGUGGAGUAUGAAUUCCGGGUGACAGCAGAGAACAAAGCUGGCUUUGGAGAACCAAGUGAACCAUCGCAAUCAGUUACAACCAAAGUGGUUGCCUAUGUGCCUGAACCCCCAGUCAACCCAAGAGUAACAGAUACAACAAAGACUACUGCUACACUGAACUGGGGAAAACCCCUUGAAGAUGGUGGACUUCCAGUGACAGGAUACAUGAUUGAACAUAAGAAGGAUGGGGAAGAAGAGUGGGCCAAGGAUAAUUCUGGAGCCCCUUUGACAAUCACAGAGUUUGUUGUUCCCAACCUGGAAGCUGGAGGAAAAUAUCACUUUAGAAUCAGUGCAAUGAAUGCAGUGGGAGUAGGUGAACCUGCCCAGACUGAGGAACUCAUUGAGCUUGUGGACCAUGAGGAGAUUCCAGACUUUGAACUUGACAUUGAGCUAAGAAGAACCCUUGUUGUCAGGGCAGGUGGAUCUAUACGUCUCUUUGUGCCUAUUAAGGGACGCCCAACUCCUCAGGUAACAUGGAGCAAGGAAGAAGCACCGAUCACCCGUGCUAUCAUUGAUACAACCGAGUCAUACACUCUCCUUGUGAUUCCUGACUGCUCAAGAAUAGAUGCAGGAAAGUAUGACUUGACCCUAGAGAAUGCUGCAGGCCAGAAAACUGCUCACGUGAAUGUGAGAGUGUUAGACACUCCUGGACCUCCAAUCAACCUGAAGCCCAAAGCAAUUGACAAAGAGAGCAUCACCCUCCAGUGGGAGAUGCCACUUCUUGAUGGUGGCUCCAAGGUUACAAACUAUGUCAUUGAGAAGAGAGAGGCAACACGUAAAGCAUACGCAGCCAUAAUAAGAAAUUGUACAACUUGCUCGGUUAAAGUGCCGGACCUGGGAGAGGGGUGUGAAUACUAUUUCAGAGUAUCUGCAGAGAAUGAGUAUGGUAUUGGAGAUUCUGUUGAGACUCCAGAUCCAAUCCGUGCAUCCCAGGCACCAACUCCCCCAGAAAGCAUCUAUGCUACAGAUAUCACUAAGAACUCUGUCAGUCUCGCAUGGACGAAGCCAACACAUGAUGGUGGUAGCAGAGUAACUGGAUAUGUUCUUGAAGCUCAAAAGAAGGGAGGAGAUCAGUGGUCCCAUGUAACAACAGUCAAGACAAUGGACUUCAUUUCUAAGAAUCUUAAUGAAAAUGAGGAAUAUAUCUUCCGUGUAAUGGCAGUCAACCAUUCUGGCCGAAGUCUUCCUCGUGAAGGCAAACCUGUUGUUAUCAAGGAGCAAACUUCACUGCCAGAGUUUGAUCUGCGUGGUGUAUGCCAGAAAAUUGUUAUUGCCAAGGCAGGAUCUGACAUAAAGGUUGAGAUUCCUGUAAUGGGACGUCCAGCACCUACUGUCUCAUGGAAGAAAGAUGACGCUACCUUCAAGCUGACCCAAAGAAUCAGCGUAGAAAACACUCCAGCAACCACUCUUCUGUCUAUAAUGGAAUGCACAAGGGCUGACAGUGGACGUUAUUCCAUGACAGGGAAAAACAUACUUGGCUCAGUCACAGAUAGUAUCAUUGUAAAAGUGCAUGAUAUUCCUGGACCUCCAAAGGGACCAAUCAAAAUUGAUGAGAUCUCUCGAACCUAUGCAGUAAUUUCAUGGGAUACCCCUGAGAAUGACGGUGGAGUUCCAAUCAACAAUUAUGUUGUUGAGUUGAGGGAUACUACUGGGCAAUCAUGGGUAGAGUUGUCUUCAACAGUGAUUCGUACCAUGUUCAAAGCUACUCGUCUUAAAACAGGAGCAGAAUACCAAUUCAGGGUCAAAGCUAAGAACAGAUACGGCACUGGGCCACCUAUCACCUCUGAGGCAGUGGUGGCUGCAUAUCCAUUCAAGGCCCCUGGGCCCCCUGGCACUCCUAAAGUUGUGGCGUUUACAAAAGACACAAUGACAAUUGGCUGGAAUGAGCCAGUAUCCGAUGGUGGAAACGAGGUUAUUGGUUACCACGUUGAGAGGAAAGAGAGAAGUAGCAUCGUCUGGCAGAAGAUCAGUAAAGCCAUGGUCAAAGGAAACAUUUUCAAGUCAGCUGGUCUUGAAGAUGGAAUUGCUUAUGAAUUUCGUGUAGCUGCUGAGAACAUGGCUGGAAUUGGUAAGCCAAGUAAGGCCUCAGAAGCAAUGUUAGCACUGGAUCCAGUAGAUCCACCAGGUCAGCCAGAGCCUAUUUAUGUCAGCAAAAAUGUUGUAACAAUUCAGUGGGCAAAGCCUGAAUACGAUGGUGGGUUUAAGAUCACUGGCUACACGGUGGAGAAGAGAGACUUGCCAGCUGGUCGCUGGACAAGGGCUAACUUCACCAACAUUAUUGAGACCUCAUUUACUCUCAGUGGGUUAACUCAAGAUGAAUCAUAUGAAUUCCGGGUACUUGCCCGAAAUUCUGCUGGUGCUGUUAGUAAUCCAUCUGAGCCCUCAGACCCCAUUACCUGCAAAGAUGACAUUGUAGAACCACGAAUUAUGGUUGAUGCCAAGUUCAAAGACGUGGUUCUACUGAAAGCAGGUGAAAAUUUCAAGCUUGAUGCAGAUAUUGCAGGCCAGCCAAUUCCAUCCAUGGUGUGGACCAAGAACGGAAAGGAAGUUGAAAACACAUUGAAACUGAAUGUCAAGAUGACUGAUUUAACUACCACUCUGGUUAGCAAAGACUCUAUAAGAGCAGAUGGAGGUGAAUUUAUUUUGACUGCCACCAAUGUUGGUGGAUUUGCCAAGCAUGUCUUUAAUGUCAAGGUUCUUGACAGACCAGGCCCACCAGGGGGACCCCUUGGAGUGUCUGAUGUGACAGCUGACAACUGCAUCCUGUCUUGGACCCCACCAGCAGAUGAUGGUGGUGCCCAGAUUGAGCAUUUUGUGAUUGAAAAGCGUGAAUCAAGCAGACUGGUUUGGACAAAUGUGGUAUCAGGCCUAGUGGGCAACCAAUAUAAGGUCACCAAAUUACUCAAAGGAAAUGAAUACAUAUUCAGAGUUAUGGCAGUCAACAAAUACGGCAUUGGAGAGCCACUGGAGUCCGAUCCAACAAUUGCAGACAACCCAUAUGUGCCAGCAGAUCCUCCAGAGACUCCUGAGGUGAGGGUCAUCACUAAAGAUUCAAUGAUUGUUUGCUGGGGGGCACCCAAGAACAAUGGUGGUAGUGAAGUCACCAACUAUAAUGUGGAGAGGAAAGACAAGAUUGGCCUCCGCUGGGUGAAAUGCAACAAGAAGAAAGUGACAGAUUUACAAUGCAAAGUAACAGGCCUUGUACGUGGGCAUGAAUAUGAAUACCGAAUUAUUGCUGAAAAUGCAGCAGGAUUCAGUGCACCAAGUGCUUCCAGUCCAUUCUAUAAGGCUACUGACACCCUCUACCAGCCUGGACCUCCAGGUAAUCCAAGGAUCUUGGAUACAACAAAGUCCUCCAUCACACUCGCAUGGAACAAGCCAGUAUAUGACGGUGGUUCUGACAUCACUGGAUACAUUGUGGAGACCUGCCUCCCUGGUGAGGAGGAAUGGACAAUUGUCACCCCCGCAGAAGGAAUCCUUGCCACAUCAUUUACCAUUAUUAACUUGAAAGAGAACCAGGAAUACUUAAUCAAUGUCUCUGCUACGAACAGUGAAGGAAUUGGCGAGGAAGCAUCUGUCCCAGGCUCACCCAAAGCUGAAGACAGGCUGCUUCCUCCAGAAGUUGAUCUGGAUGCAGACCUCCGCAAGGUUGUCAAUAUCAGAGCCUGCAACACACUCAGACUCUUUGUGCCAAUAAGAGGAAGACCAGCACCAGAGGUGAAAUGGACAAAAGAAAAUGGUGACCCGAUUGAGAGGGCAACAAUUGAGAGUACAACAUCUUACACAUCACUAGUAAUUGAAAAUGUCAACCGAUUUGACAGUGGCAAGUACCUACUCACAGUUGAAAAUAGCUCUGGAGACCAUACAGCCACAGUGACUGUCAGUGUCUUAGAUACACCUGGAGCACCACAGAAUCUCAAGAUUAACGCAGUCACCAAGGAGUCUGUCACCCUCAUCUGGGAUCCUCCAGCUAAUGAUGGUGGAACUAAGAUUAAGAACUACAUUGUAGAAAAACGUGAAUCAACAAGAAAAGCAUAUGCCACAGUAAAUGCUAACUGUCAUAAGACUGUCUGGACAAUAGAACCCCUGCAGGAGGGAUGUAACUAUUACUUCCGAGUUUUAGCUGAGAAUGAAUAUGGAAUUGGUCUACCAAUUGAGACAGGAGAAUCUGUUAAAGUGUCUGAAAAGCCACAGCCACCAGGCAAAAUCACUCUGAAGGAUGUAACAAAGACCAGCGCUACACUAUCCUGGGAGAGGCCAGAACAUGAUGGAGGCAGCAGAGUGGGUUGUUAUGUUGUAGAGAUGCAGAGCAAGGGGGAUGAGAAAUGGACCCAGGCUUUGAUUGUGAAAGAAACAGAGGCAGUUGUGCCUGGACUGACACUAGGUGAAGAAUACAUGUUCCGCGUAGCUGCAAGAAAUGAGAAAGGAACAAGUGAUCCACGCCAGAUUGGUGUGCCAGUGAUUGCUAAAGAUCUUGUCAUUGCUCCAGUAGCAAAACUAAUGUUCUCCACAUUUAGUGUGCUCUCAGGAGAAGAUUUGACAGUUGAAAUUCCAUAUGUCGCUCGUCCCAAAGCGGCGGUUUCAUGGGUUAAGGAUAGUCUGCCUCUUAAGAGAACCACUAGAGUUAACUUUGAAGCCACAGACAAACUGCUCAGUCUCACUAUCAAAGAGGCCAGCAGAGAGGAUGUUGGUAAGUACCACAUUACUCUGUUAAACACCACCGGAGAAACAACAGCAAGCAUUGGAAUAGUUGUUCUUGACAAACCAGGCCCACCAAGCGGCCCUGUCAAAGUGGAAAAUGUCACUUCUGACAGUGUAACCAUCUCCUGGAAACCACCAGAGUAUAAUGGAGGCUGCACUAUCAACAAUUACAUUGUAGAAAAGAGAGAAACAUCUUCACAGAACUGGUUGAUUGUAUCUCCAAAUUUGGCCAGAACAACAAUCAAAGCUGGAAGACUGAAGACAGGCUCAGAAUAUCAAUUCAGAAUCACAGCAGAGAACAGAUAUGGAAAGAGUCCAGUUCUGGUCUCAGAGUCUGUUAUUGCUCAGUAUCCAUUCAAACUACCUGGUCCUCCUGGAACACCAAAUGUACAAUCUGCCUCUAAAGACAGCAUGGUCGUGGUGUGGAAUGAGCCUGUGAUGGAUGGUGGAAGCGCCAUCCUGGGCUAUCAUCUUGAACGGAAAGAGAGAAACAGCAUUCUUUGGGUGAAGCUGAAUAAGUCUCUGAUUGUUGAUCAAAGUUAUAAGACCACUGGCCUGGAGCCUGGACUUGAAUAUGAAUACAGAGUUUAUGCUGAAAACAUUGUGGGAAUAGGAAGAGUCAGCAAGAUCUCCGAGGGUAAUGUUGCUAGAGAUCCCUGCGACCCCCCCGGUACCCCUGAAGCCACUAAGAUAACAAAGGACUCUGUGACCAUUGUAUGGACAAAACCAGAGUAUGACGGUGGAGCCAAAGUCACUGGCUAUGUAGUGGAGAAGAAGGACCUGCCAGAGGGCCGCUGGAUGAAGGCCAAUUUCACAAAUGUUAUUGAGACAGAGUAUGCUGCAACUGGCCUCGUCGAAGACCAGAAAUAUGAGUUCCGUGUCAUUGCUAGGAAUGCUGCAGGUGUAUUCAGUCUUCCCUCAUACAGCACUGGACCCAUCACUGCUAAAGAUGAAAUUGACCCCCCACGUAUUAGUAUUGACCCAGAGUACACUCAAACUUUGGUCGUUAAUGCUGGGGACAACUUCAAGAUUGAUGCUGAUGUUCAUGGCAAGCCCCUACCCUCAAUCCAGUGGAUGAGGGGAGACCAGGAACUUGGAAACACCAUACACAGAGAGAUUAAGAAUACAAACACCACAGCUUGUAUUUCUGUCAAAGAAGCUAAACUCAUUGAUGGAGGCGAGUACACUCUGCUGCUGAGGAAUCCUGGAGGCGAGAAGUCAGUGAAUGUCAAUGUGGUUGUUCUGGAUAAACCUGGGGCACCACAAGGUCCCAUGUCUAUCACUAGCAUCACUAACGAACAGUGCACAAUCUCUUGGAAACCACCACUACAAGAUGGAGGCAGUCAAAUCUCUCAUUACAUUGUAGAGAGAAGGGAAACAAGUCGAUUGGUUUGGACGGUUGUUGAUUCUAAAGUUCAAACAACUAUUCUGAAAAUUACAAAACUUCUUGAGGGAAAUGAGUACAUUUUCAAAGUUGUGCCUGUCAACAAAUUUGGAGUGGGUGCACCACUUGAGUCUAGUCCCGUGACAAUCAAAACUCCAUUUGUGCCACCUGAUUCGCCAAAGGGAGUGGAAAUUUCUAAUGUCAAGAAGGAAUCGAUGGUAAUUAGCUGGGAGGCACCCGCCAGUGAUGGUGGCAGUCCAGUUAUUGGAUACAUUAUUGAGAAACAUGACAAAGAGGGAGUGAGAUGGACUAGAUGUAACAGAAAGACAGUGACUGACUUAACCUUCAAGGUUACUGGACUUCUUGAAAACCACAACUAUGAAUUUAGAGUAGUAGCUGAGAAUGUUGCUGGAGUGGGAGUGCCAAGCUCCCCAUCUGUCUUCUACAAAGCUUUGGAUCCUAUCUUUAAACCUGGUCCACCACACAACCCUAAAGUAACUGACACAACCAAAACAACUGUGUCCCUGUCAUGGGGUAAACCAAUCUAUGAUGGAGGCUGUGAAAUUCAAGGAUAUAUUGUUGAGUCCUGUCUAACUAAAGCAGCAGCACCCAUAGUGGCUCCCGCAGAGCCAGCAGCCGAGCCAGCAGCAGAACCAGCAUCUGAACCAGCAGCAGAACCAGCAGCAGAACCAGCAGUCGCAGCAGAACCAGCAGCAGAACCAGCAGCCGCAGCUGAGCCAGCACCAGUAGCUGAGCCAGCAGCCGAGCCAGCAGCCACAACAACUGCUGAAGCACCAGCUGAGGAAUGGACUAUGUGUACUCCACCGACAGGUGUAAAACAAACACGCUUUGAGGUUGUAAAUCUGAAGGAAAAUAAUGCAUACAAGUUCAGAAUAUGUGCCAUUAACAAGCUUGGUGUUGGAGAGCAUGCGGAUGUCUUGGGAGAGAUUGUUGUUGAGGAGAGGGCAGAGGAACCGGAUCUUGACAUUGACCCUGAACUCAGGAAGAUUGUGAGCAUCAAAGCCGGAGGUUCCCUCAGACUGUUUAUUCCUAUUAAAGGACGACCCACUCCUGCCAUCAAGUGGGACAAAGAUGAAGCUGCAGUCAAGGAAAGUGCUCAGGUGGAAGUGACAAGUAGCUAUACAUCUCUCGUAAUUGACAAAGUUAGCCGAUUUGAUACUGGAAAAUACACAGUGACUCUUGAGAACGCAAGUGGAUCAAUAUCUGCUGUGAUUGCUGUCAGAGUACUGGACUCACCUAGUGCCCCAGCCAACUUCAAGGUGAAAGAAAUCACAAAAGAGUCAGUGACACUUGCAUGGGAAGCCCCAUUGUUAGAUGGAGGAGCCAAGAUCAAAAACUACAUAGUUGAGAAGAGAGAGAGCACACGUAAAACUUUCUCAGCUGUGGUGACAAAUUGCCAUAAACUGUCAUUUAAGGUUGAUAAUCUUCAGGAGGGUUGCAAUUAUUAUUUCCGUGUUCUUGCUGAAAAUGAACAUGGUGUUGGCCUCCCAGCAGCAACAGUUGAUCCUCUCAAGGUCUCAGAGGUGCCUCAAACUCCAAGAAAGUUCACUGUUGUUGACCAAACCAAGACCAGUGUCUCUUUGGCAUGGGAGAAGCCUGAGCAUGAUGGUGGAAGCAAAGUUAUUCAUUACCUGUUAGAAAUGCAAGUCAAGGGCCAAGACAAAUGGUCUGGAAUCAACACUUUCAAAACUAUGGAUGCUAGUGUCAGUAAUCUGAACCCGGGUGAGGAAUAUAUAUUCAGAGUGACAGCUAUCAAUGAAAAGGGAAAGAGCGACCCCAAUACCCUUGCAUAUGCUGUACAAGCCAAGGACCUUGUAAUUGAACCAGAUGUAAGACCUGUAUUCAGCAACUACAGUGUUCGUGUUGGCAAAGACCUCAAAGUUGAAGUACCCAUAUCAGGACGUCCCAAGCCAAAAAUCACAUGGACAAAGGAUGGGGAAACUCUAAAACUAACCUCAAGAGUGAAUAUCGCCAACACACUCACUCACACAACUCUGAACAUUAAAGAGGCAGCAGGUGAUGAUGGUGGGAUGUAUGGUAUUAAUGUCGCUAAUGAUGUUGGACAUAAGGAUGCAACCGUUGAAAUAAUUGCUCUUGAUAAGCCCGGCCCACCUACUGGACCUGUUAAGUUUGAUGAAGUUACAGUACAAAGUGUGACUAUUUCUUGGGCUCCACCAAAGCAUACUGGUGGCUGCCAGAUUUCAAAUUACAUUGUACAAAAGAGAGAUACAACCUCCACAACAUGGGAGAAUGUGUCCCUCUCGGUUGCAAGAACUUCGAUGAAGGUGCCAAGGCUUAAGACUGGAGCUGAAUAUCAAUUUAGAAUAAUUGCUCAGAAUCGCUACGGAAAAAGUUAUGCUCUGGACUCAUCCCCUGUAGUUGCACAAUACCCAUACAAAGAACCUGGCCCACCAGGUACACCCUUUAUCUCAUCUCUCUCCAAGGAUCACAUGAUUGUGGAAUGGAACGAACCCAUUAUAGAUGGAGGCAGUCCUGUUCUCGGCUAUCACCUUGAAAGAAAAGAAAGAAACAGCAUCCUCUGGGUUAAGAUCAAUAAAACACUCAUCCAAGAUACAAGUUUCAAGACCAGUCCUUUGGAAGAGGGUAUUGAGUAUGAAUUCAGAAUUUCUGCUGAGAAUAUUGUUGGUACUGGCAGAUACAGUAAGAUCUCAGAGGGAUGUUUUGCCCGUGACCCAUGUGAUCCUCCUGGUACCCCUGAAGCCAUCCACGUAAGUAAAGACACCAUUGUCAUUGAAUGGACUAAGCCAGAGUAUGAUGGAGGCAGCAAGGUGACUGGAUAUAUUGUGGAAAAACGGGACCUGCCAGAAGGGCGCUGGAUGAAGGCUAAUUUCACCAAUGUAAUUGAAACACAGUUCACUGUCACUGGACUCACUGAGAUGGCUCAGUAUGACUUCCGAAUCAUUGCUAAGAAUGCUGUUGGCACUAUAAGCAAGCCAUCUUAUAACAGUGGACCAAUCAUAGCAAGUGAUGAAGUAGAAGCACCAAAGUUCUCUAUCGAUCCAGAGUUCACAAAAACGAUUGUUAUCAAUGCUGGGGACACAUUCAAACUUGAUGCUGAUGUACAUGGAAAGCCAAUUCCCACCAUCCAGUGGUUCAAGGAUGAUAAGGAAAUUGAAAAUACAUUGAGGUGUGAGAUAAAAAAUACUGAGACAAGAGCAAUUAUCAUUGUAAAGGACUCCAUCAGAGUUGAUGGCGGACUUUACAAUCUUCUGCUAACAAAUGUUGCUGGCACACAGACAGUUCCAUUCCAGGUGAAGGUUCUAGACAAACCAGCACCAUGUGAAGGGCCUCUUCGUGUCACUGGAGUUCAUUGUGAUAGAUGCACGCUGUCAUGGCAGGCCCCAUUACAUGAUGGAGGCAGCAACAUCUCACACUACUUCAUUGAGAGGCGAGAGACUAGCCGUUUGGCUUGGACUGUUGUGUCUAACAAAUGUGACACCACAUUUUUCAAAGUAACAAAACUACUGGAGGGAAAUGAAUACAUAUUCCGUGUCAUGGCUGUCAACAGCUAUGGUGUGAGUGAACCUCUACUGUCCGCCUCUGUGAUAAUGAAAAAUCAAUUUGUUCCUCCUGGGGCACCACAUGUCCAGGAAGUGUCCAAUAUUGCUCAUGACUCCAUGACUCUAACCUGGUCUGCACCAGACACCGACGGUGGAAGUGACAUCAUUAGUUAUGCAAUUGAGAAGAAAGACCGGGCUGGAGUUAAAUGGACCAAAUGCAACAGGCAGAAGGUCACUGAUCUGUCCUUCAGAGUAACAGGCUUGACAGCCGAUCAUGAGUACGAGUUCCGAGUUGCUGCUGAGAAUGCAGCUGGAGUGGGUGAGCCAAGCUUACAAACGUCAUAUUACAAGGCUUGUGAUCCCAAGUAUAAACCUGGACCACCCACACAUGCUCAUGUGAUUGAAACAACCAAGACAUCAAUCACACUGUCAUGGGGAAAGCCACUUAGCGAUGGUGGCACUGCAAUUCAGGGCUACAUUGUGGAGGUAUGUAAGGCUGAGGAAGAAGAAUGGACCAUGGUAACCCCUCCUACUGGCCUGCGGGUACACAAAUAUGAAGUAACCAAACUCACUGAGGGACAAGAAUAUAAAAUCCAGGUUUGUGCUCUAAAUAAACUUGGAGUUGGUGAACCAGCUGCUAUACCAGGAACAGCCAAACCUGAGGAGAAAGUGGAAACUCCAGAAAUUCAACUGGACUCAGAGCUUAGGAAGGGAAUAGUUAUAAGAGCUGGAGGAUCUGUGAGUAUCAAUGUGCCAUUCAAGGGAAGACCUACUCCAGAAAUUACAUGGACAAAAGAUGAGGCUGAGCUGUCAGAGAAAGCAGUAAUUGAGAAAGCGGUCAACUACACACAGCUGUCUAUUGAUCCCUGUGACAGAAAUGAUUCUGGAAAAUACACUCUUACUCUGGAAAACAGCAGUGGUUCGGUUUCCGAAUUUGUCACAGUUAAAGUGCUGGACACUCCAGGAGCACCUCUGAACCUUGCUGUUACAGAAAUCAAGAAAGACUCUGUUAUUCUUGUCUGGGAUGCGCCACUAAUUGAUGGAGGUUCCAAAAUCAAGAAUUAUGUCAUUGAUAAACGGGAAUCAACAAGGAAAGCUUAUGCAAAUGUAUCAACCAAAUGCUCUAAAACAUCAUUCAAAGUUGAAAACCUUGCUGAGGGAGCCAUGUAUUACUUCAGAGUUAUGGCUGAGAAUGAAUAUGGAGUUGGACAGUCCAUUGAAACAAAAACAGCAUUCAAAGCCUCUGAGGUGCCUCUUCCUGUUGGAAAGGUUUUCCUGACAGAUGUCACCAAAGACAGUGCAACUCUAGCAUGGGAGAAACCAGAGCAUGAUGGAGGAAGCAGGAUUGCUGGGUAUUUAAUUGAGAUGCUGCCCAAGGGAACAGAUAAGUGGGGUGUUGUCGCAAACACAAAGACGUGUGAUGGAACUGUCAAAGGUCUGACCUCAGGGCAGGAGUACCUUUUCCGUAUCAUUGCACACAACGAAAAGGGAAAGAGUGAGCCCAAGCCACUUGCUGCACCAGUAAUCGCUAGUGACCUGACUAUUGAACCAAGCUUGAAGCCCAUGUUUAACACAUACAGCGUUAAGGCUGGUAAAGAUCUGAAGGUUGAGAUCCCCGUAUUUGGUAGGCCAAAACCAAAGGUCUCUUGGGCCAAAGAUGGCCAGUCUUUGAAAGUGACAAGUAGAGUGAAUGUGUUGAACACACUCACAACCACUACCAUUCAAUUUACAGAAGCAUGUAAGGACGACUUUGGAAAAUAUACAGUCACAGCAACUAACAGUGCUGGAUCAACAACUGAAGAAGUAGGCAUCAUUAUCCUUGACAAACCUGGUCCACCCACAGGACCAUUUAAAAUUUGUGAAGUGAGCAACACUUUUGUGUCUCUCGCAUGGGACCCCCCAGAGUAUACAGGUGGAUGUCAAGUUAAAAACUACAUUGUGGAAAAACGUGAUACAACUGGCAACAUCUGGCAAGUUGUUACUGCACAGCUCGCUAGAACUGCACUCAGAAUCACUAAGCUGAAGACUGGUGCUGAGUACCAAUUCAGAGUAUCUGCUGAGAACAGAUAUGGCAAGGGCUCAUCUUUGGACUCAAAGUCAAUUGUUGUGCAGUAUCCAUACAAACCUCCUGGCCCACCUGGAACACCAUUUGCCAAGUCUGCAACUAAGGAACAAAUGAUCAUUGAAUGGAAUGAGCCAGUCAAUGACGGUGGUAGUUCAGUCAUUGGUUAUCAUCUGGAAAGCAAAGAAAGAAGCAGCAUCCUAUGGACUAAAUUGAACAAGAUUCUAAUUACUGAUACUUUAUUCAAAAUAUGUAAUCUUGAGGAGGGCAUUGGUUAUGAAUUCCGGGUCUCAGCUGAAAAUAUUGUUGGCAUUGGUAGAUGCAGCAAAAUAUCCGACUCAAUUGUUGCACGCGAUCCAUGUGAUCCACCUGGUACUCCUGAGGCAAGAGUUAUCUCCAAGAACCAUAUCCUAAUACAUUGGACAAAGCCCCAAUAUGAUGGAGGCAGUAAAGUGACUGGAUAUGUUGUGGAGAGGAGAGAUCUGGCCUCAGUUGAGGGACGCUGGUUGAGAGCCAACUUCACAAAUGUCAUCGAGACCGAAUUCACUAUCACUGGCCUGACAGAAAAUGAACAAUAUGAAUUCAGAGUUAUUGCCAGAAAUGCUGCAGGCAUGUUCAGUGAACCGUCUGAUAGUACUGGACCAAUCACAGCUACAGAUGAAGUUGAACCACCAAGUGUAUCCAUGGAUCCUAAAUACAAAGAAGCCAUUAUUGUCAAUGCAGGAGAGAACUUACUUCUUGAUGCUGACAUUCAUGGCAAACCUCUUCCUGAUGUCUUGUGGUUGAAGGAAGGUAAAGAAAUGGACAAGGCUCUCCGCAUUGAAGUGAAAUCCACAAUUAAAACUGCAUCAAUGACAAUUAAAGAUGUCACAAGGUUAGACAGUGGUCACUAUGACCUCACUCUCACCAAUAUUGGUGGCACAAAGACAAUACCCAUCACUGUAAAGGUUUUGGAUAAACCAGGCCCACCCACUGGACCUAUCAAAGUGACUGGAGUCACUGCUGAGAGAUGUUUCCUAUCCUGGACAGAACCUCAAUUGGAUGGUGGUGCUGAUAUCUCUCAUUACAUUUUAGAAAAGAGAGAGACCAGCAAACUCUCCUGGACCGUUAUUGCACCUACCAUUCAAGCUCUGAAUUACAAAGUGACUAACCUGCUCUCUGGAAAUGAAUACCUCUUCAGGAUCAGAGCUGUCAACAAAUAUGGCAUAGGAGAGGCUCUGGAGACUGAGCCAAUUACUGCUCGUAAUCCAUAUAAACCACCAAGUGCGCCCACAGCACCUGAAGCUAUUGAAAUAACAAAAGACUAUAUGAUUUUGUCAUGGGCAGCACCUGAGCAAAAUGGUGGGGCAGAAAUUGACUGCUAUCAUCUUGAAAAGCGUGACAAAGACAGUGUGAGAUGGACCAAAUGCAACAGACAGAAGUUGACUGACUUGUUUUUCAAAGUCACAGGACUUAUGGAAGGUCACUUUUAUGAAUACCGUGUUACUGCAGAAAAUGAGGCUGGAGUCGGAGACUUGAGUGACCUUUCACUCUUCUACAGAGCAUGUGAUGUAAUAACACCACCUGGACCACCACACCAUCCUAAGGUGACAGACCACACAGAAUCAGCGGUAUCCCUGGCCUGGGGUAAGCCUGCCACUGAUGGUGGGGCAUAUAUUAAGGGAUACAUUGUUGAAAUGAAAGAGGCCACAGCUGAGGAAUGGACCACAUGUACUCCUCCCGCUGGCCUUCAGGUGACACAUCUCACCGUGGGAGAUCUGAAGGCAGGUGCAGAAUACAACUUCCGUGUCUGUGCUAUCAACUCAGAGGGAGUAGGAGAACAUGCAGAUAUCCAUGGCACUGUGGUUGCAGCACAGAAAGUGGAGGCACCAGAAAUUGAGCUGGAUGCGGACCUCAGGAAGGUCGUCUCUGUACGUGCAAGUGGAACACUGCGUCUUUUUGUCACAAUCAGAGGAAAACCUGAACCUGCAGUUAAGUGGGAGAAGGUUGAGGGUGUUCUGACAGAAAGGGCCCAGAUUGAAGCCACCAGUUCAUACACAAUGCUUGUCAUAGACAAUGUCAACCGCUUUGACAGUGGCAAGUACUCAUUGACCAUAGAGAACAGCAGUGGAACAAAAUCUGCCCUUAUAAAUGUCAGAGUGUUAGACUCACCAAGUGCCCCACAGAACUUUGAAGUCAAAGAAAUCAAGAAGGAUUCAGUCACACUCUUCUGGGAUCCACCACUUACAGAUGGGGGAUCAAAGAUAACCAAUUACAUUGUAGAAAAAAGAGAAUCUACCAGGAAGGCUUACACCACUGUGACAAGCAACUGCCUACAGAACUCCUUUAAAAUUGAUGAGCUGCCAGAAGGAUGCAUAUUCUACUUCCGUGUGAGUGCUGUCAAUGAGUACGGCAUUGGGUUGAUGUCUGAGACGAAAAAUCCAAUAAAGGUGUCUGAGGUACCUCUACCCCCAGGCAAAGUCAUGCUCACUGAUAUGACCAAAACCAGUGUGUCACUUUCGUGGGAGAAGCCUGCUCAUGAUGGCGGAAGCAAAAUCAUGUGUUAUAAUGUGGAGAUGAAAGCUAAAGGUGGUGAGAAGUGGGGUACAGCUUGCACAGUCAAAGUACUGGAAGCUACAAUCCCAAACCUAACAUCUGGAGAAACAUAUUCCUUUAGGGUUGUUGCAAUUAAUGAGAAGGGAAAGAGUGAGCCAAAGGAACUGGGAUUACCUGUAGUUGCAAAGGACCAGGAUAUAGAGCCCUCGGUCAGUAUGCUGUUCAACACCUACAGUGUAAAAGCUGGAGAUGAUCUCACGGUUGAAAUUCCAUUGAGAGGCCGUCCCAAGCCUGUCAUUUCAUGGAAGAAAGAUGGUCUUCCUCUGAAGCAAACAACCUCAGUGACCAUUCUAAAUUCAAAGGUCUCAACCAAACUUGUUAUUAAAGAGGCCGCUAAAGAACAUGUUGGAAAAUAUGAAAUCACUCUUGCCAACACAGGUGGUACGAUAACUGUGGAUCUCGGAAUCAUUGUACUUGACAAGUCUGGUCCACCCACUGCUAUUAAGGUGGACGCUGUGACUGCUGAUAGCAUAACUAUUUCAUGGUCGCCACCAGAGUAUGAUGGUGGCUGUUCAAUCAACAACUACAUUGUUGAGAAGAGGGAUACAAACUCAACAGUUUGGCAGUUGGUCUCAUCACAAAUUGCUAGAACCGCAAUCAAGGCCAGUCGACUGACACAUGGUGCAGAGUAUCAGUUCCGUGUAUACGCUGUUAAUCGUUAUGGAAAGAGUACAUAUUUGGACUCCCCUGGAAUCACAGCUCAGUAUAACUUCAAGCAACCAGGACCUCCUUCUACCCCUCUGGUGAAACAUGCAACCAAAUCCUUUAUGUUGGUCACAUGGAAUGAGCCAGUCAAUGAUGGUGGUAGCACAGUUAUUGGUUAUCACCUUGAGCGUAAGGAGAGAAGCAGUAUCCUUUGGAAUAAGAUGAACAGAGGUAUGAUCAAAGACACAGAGUAUAAAGUUAGUAGCAUUGAAGAAGGAAUGAUGUAUGAAUAUCGUGUUUAUGCUGAAAACAUUGCUGGAAUUGGAAAAUGCAGCAAGGCCUGUGAGGCUGUGGCUGCAAGAGACCCAUGUGACCCUCCAGGUCUGCCAACAGUCACCAGUGUUACAAGAACAUCUGUGUCCCUCUCGUGGGAAAAGCCUGAGUAUGAUGGUGGAGCUAAGGUGACUGGCUAUACUAUUGAACGCAGGGAUCUACCCGAGGGUCGAUGGAUGAGGUGCAACUUUACCAAUGUUCCAGAGACCUACUUUGAUGUGACAGGUUUAACGGAGGACAGCCAGUAUGACUUCCGCAUCAUUGCAAAGAAUGCAGCAGGAUUGUUCAGUGAACCAUCUGACUGCACUGGCCCUAUCACUGUCAAAGCAGACGUGGAUCCUCCACGCAUCAUGAUGGAUGUCAAGUUCAGAGCUGCUGUCGUUGUAAGAUCUGGAGAGGUCCUGAAGAUCAAUGCAGAUAUUGCAGGACGCCCAGCCCCAGUUAUCUCCUGGACAAAGGAUGGCAAAGAGAUUGAGCUGAGGGCCAGGAUUCAAAUUGUUUCAACAGAAACCAGCACUUCAGUAAUUGUAAAGGAUACUGUGAGAACUGACUCUGGACAGUACACCCUAACAUUGCAGAACAUUGCUGGAACAGUUAACAUGCCUGUGAACUGUGUGAUUCUUGACAAACCAGGUCCUUCAGCUGGACCUCUAGAGAUCAGCAACCUCACAGCAGAAGAAUGUACUUUGGCUUGGGGUCCACCUCAAGAGGAAGGCGGUGCUGAAAUUACACACUACGUUGUUCAAAAGCGUGAGACAAGCCGCCUUGCUUGGACGCUGGUGCAUGGAGACCUGAAAAAGACAAUAUACAAAGUCACAAAACUUCUUAAAGGGAAUGAAUACAUCUUCAGGGUUCUGGCUGUCAACAAGUUUGGACUUGGCGAGGCCUUGGACAGUGAUGCUGUCAAAAUGGUGGAUCCAUUCACCAUCCCAUUAGCUCCAACCAAUGUUGAGGUUACAGCUGUAACCAGAGACAAGAUGACACUCACCUGGGUAAAGCCUGCUGGUGAUGGAGGCAGUGAGAUCACAGGAUAUGUGAUUGAGCGCCGGGACAAAUCAGGAAUGCGCUGGGUUCGUGUAAACAGAGAGCCUGUUGUUGAGUGUACUACUAAAGCAACUAAACUUCGCAAGGGCUGUGAAUAUGAGUUCCGUGUCUAUGCUGAAAAUGCUGCUGGUUUGAGUCCUCCUAGCGAUACAUCCGCCCCAUUCCUUGCUAUGGAUGCACUGAUUGUGCCUUCACCACCAACAAAACCAAAGAUUGUGUUUUCAACAAAUAACUCCAUCAGCGUUGUAUGGAAACCACCAACAUUUGAUGGUGGGGCUCAUAUUCUUGGAUAUAGUGUUGAGUAUAGAGAGUACGUGGAAAGACCUACAGAGGAAGAGGAAAGUGAUGAGGAAGAAUAUGAAGACGAGGAGGAAGAAGAGGAGGAAAUUGAGGAGGCACCAGUCGUGGAGGAGGAUAACUGGACUGUGGCCAUUCCACUUAUCAAAAACACAGAGUUCACUAUCUCUGGACUUACAACUGAUAACGUUUAUGAGUUUGCUGUUAGGGCAAUUAACAAGAUUGGCCAGAGCAGACUCAGUAAAAUCUCUGAGCCUAAGCUGGCAAAGGAUAAGACAGAGGAGCCAGCUUUUGAUGUUGACUUAGAGAUGCGCAAGACAUUGAUUGUCAAGCAUGGCAACUCAUUCACACUGACUGCACCAUUCCGAGGUACACCUGUCCCCUCUGCAGCUUGGACUAAGGAGGAAGUAGACCUAAAGGCAAGAGCAACCGUCGAAACAAGUGACACCUCUACUUCAUUAACAUUUGAGAACGCCACAAGAAAUGACUCUGGAGAAUACACAGUCACACUGGAGAAUGGCUUGGGGACAGCGACACUACCAAUGGUUGUUAAGGUUCUUGAUUCUCCAGGACCACCGUUUAAUGUUAAAAUCAAGGAGAUUACUAUAGACUCUGUGACAGUUGCAUGGGAGGCUCCAGUAAAUGAUGGUGGUGAUGCUGUGAAAGCAUAUCAUGUUGAGAAACGUGAGGCCAGCAAGAAGGCAUGGGUAUCUGUGACCAGCAAUUGCCACCAACUGACCUACAAAGUUGAAGAUCUUCAAGAGGGAGCAAUGUAUUACUUCAGAGUCAUUGGAGAAAAUGAAUUUGGAGUGGGUGUCCCUGCUGAGACCAGAGAUGGAACAAAGGUUACAGAAAAGCCAAGUGCACCUACUAGACUUGGGGCCACGGAGGUGACCAAGGAUAGCAUCACAAUUGCAUGGUCCAAACCAGAGCAUGAUGGUGGAAGCAGAGUAACAAGCUACCUCAUUGAUGCUCUGGAAAAAGGACAGACAAAGUGGGUGAAGUGUGCCGUGGUGAAGACAAAUACCUACACAAUCAAAAGUCUGCGGGAACAUGGUGAAUACUUCUUCAGAGUUCGCGCUGAGAAUCAUGCUGGACUCAGUGAACCCAAAGAGAUGAUUGUCCCUGUUGUCGUAAAAGAUCAACUGGAGGCCCCAGAAUUUGAUUUGAAGAACUAUCCCAGGAAUACAGUAUAUGUAAGAGCUGGAUCAAACUUGACUUUUGAGCUCCCUCUCACUGGCAAACCUAUGCCCAAAGUUGUUCUAUCAAAGAACAAUGUUGUUAUUAAAGCAAGCAAGAGGCUCAUCGCGGAUGUGACCGCCAACAGCCUCAUCAUCACUCUCAAUGAAAGCACUGCAAGUGAUGCAGGCAAAUAUGACAUCACUGCCUCCAACACAAGUGGCACCACCAAGAUAUUUACUAACAUUGUUGUACUAGACAGACCUGGACCUCCAGUUGGCCCAGUUGAGGUUGGAGAAAUAAGGGAGACGACAGUCUGUCUCAAAUGGGCUCCUCCUGUUUACAGUGGUGGCAGCCCAGUCACCAAUUACAUUGUACUUCGACGUGAAACAAGCACUCCUGCUUGGACCGAAGUGUCAUCUUCAGUAGCAAGAAACCUAAUUAAAGUCACCAAGCUCACUAAAGGAGAAGAGUAUCAGUUCAGAAUUAAGGCUGAGAACCGUUUAGGUAUCAGCAACCAUAUUGACACCCCACCAAUCACAGUCAAGCUUCCAUACACCAUCCCUGGACCUCCUUCUACCCCAUGGUUGACCUCUGUGUCCAGAGAGAGUCUCACCAUCAACUGGAAUGAGCCUGUUAUGGAUGGUGGAAACACUGUCAUUGGUUACCACUUACAGAUGAAAGAGAGAAGCAGCAUGUUGUGGCAGAAGGUCAACAAAACUGCGAUAGCUGGCACACAGUGGAGAGUUACAAAUAUUUGCCCUGGUCUCAUCUAUGAGUUUAAGGUUGCAGCAGAAAAUGCAGCUGGUAUUGGAAAGAUGAGCAAGACAUCUGAGGAAGUGCUUGCAAUUGAUGCUUGUGAGCCCCCUGCAAAUGUUCAAAUCUCUGAAGUCACUAAGAACUCUGUCAGCCUGGUCUGGCAGAGACCUCCCUAUGAUGGCGGCAGCAAGAUUACAGGCUACAGCGUAGAGAGGAGAGAUGCCCCCAAUGGCAGAUGGACAAAGGCCAACUUUACCAACAUCAUUGAAAUGGGCUUCAUUGCAUCAGGACUUACACAAGAUGAAGCCUAUGAGUUCAGAGUGUUUGCAAAGAAUGCAGUUGGAUCCGUCAGUAAUCCAUCUCUUGUUGCUGGCCCAGUAACCUGUAUUGAUUCAAGUGGUGCCCCAGCAAUCGACCUCCCACCAGAAUAUUUGGAUGUUGUGCAAUACAAAGCUGGAGCCUCUGUGAAGAUCAGAGUUGGACUUCUUGCAAAACCUUUGCCUGCAAUUGAAUGGUGCAAGGAUGGAAAGGAACUGGUGUCAAGCUCUGCGCUGUCUAUUGAGAAUACAACAGACACAUCUAGUAUUCUUAUCAAGGAUGCCACUCGCUUUAACACUGGCACAUAUGAAAUCAGGAUCAGGAAUGUUCUAGGCUCAGCAUCGGCCUCCAUCAGGAUACAAAUUCUAGACAAACCAGGACCACCACCAGGAAUCAUUCAGUUUAACACAGUUACGGCAGACAAGAUUAUUUUCAGUUGGGCGCCAGUCACAGAUGAGGGUGGUGCUAAAGUCACCCAUUAUGUUGUGGAAAGACGUGAGACCAGCAGAGUGGUGUGGUCCACUGUCUCCGAUGAGAUGACUGAUUGUUGUGCCACUGUCCAGAAGCUAGUGAGAGGGAGUGAAUAUGUGUUCCGUGUGAUGGGGGUCAACAAGUUUGGAAUUGGAGAGCCUCUCGAGUCUGAGACAGUCUUUGCCAAGAAUGCCUUUGUAACACCAGGACAGCCUGCCACUCCUGAGGUGAAUACUACCACAAAGUCAUCUAUGGUAGUCGUGUGGAACAAACCAGGUGUGGAUGGUGGAAGUCCAGUGACAGGUUACUACCUGGAGAGACGUGACAAGAAAAGUCUUCGCUGGAUUAAGGUCUUCAAAGAUCCAAUCAGCGACAUUACUCAGAAGGUGUUCCACCUGACAGAAGGGAAUGAGUAUCAGUACAGAGUGUGUGCCAUUAACAAGGCUGGAGAGGGCCCCUUCUCCGAUGUGUCUGAUUACUACAAGGCAGCUGAUCCAGUUGAUCCACCAGAUGAGCCUUGCAAGCUCAAAGUGGUUGACUCUACCAAGACGUCCAUCACCCUUGGGUGGUCAAAACCAGAGUGGGACGGAGGCAGUGAAAUCAUCAGCUAUGUAGUUGAGAAACUGGUGGAGGGUGAAGAGGAAUGGACAGUCAUCAGCGCCAAAGGAGAAGUGAGGACUGCAGAGUAUAUAGCCCACGACCUCAAACCUGAUGUGAACUACUUCUUCCGCGUAUCAGCAAUCAACUCUGCAGGCCGUGGAGAACCCCUUGAGAUGACUGAGCCUGUGCAAGCUAAGGAUAUCCUGGAGGAGGCUCAAGUUGAUCCAGAUGUUGCCAUGAGAACUCAUUACAUUGUUAAGGCAGGAAAAGAUGUGGAAAUCAUGGUUCCUCUUAAAGGCAGACCUGCACCUACGGCUUCAUGGUCAAAGGGAGAAGAGUGCCUUGACAGUAAUCCCAAAUAUAUCAUUCACAACACUGAUACAACAUCAGUACUAAUUAUGUCUGAAGUUACCAGGAAUGACACUGGAAAAUAUACAGUAAAGAUUGAGAAUGGCGUAGGAGAGCCCAAAACACUGACCUUGUCUGUGAAGGUUCAAGACUCACCAUCUGCCUGCAGGAACCUAGUGUUGAAGGAAGUUACUCGUGGCAAAGUCAGUCUUUGUUGGGAAGCCCCUCUACUUGAUGGUGGUGCGGAAAUUACCAACUACAUUGUAGAGAAGAGAGACUCAUCAAAAAGAUCUUACUCUAGUGUGACCAACAAAUGCACAGAUACAACAUACACCAUUGAAGAUCUGUCAGAGAAGACAUCUUUCUUCUUCCGUGUGUUAGCCGAGAAUGAAAACGGUGUGGGCGAUUCUUGCGAUACAGCUGAACCAGUGAAAGCGACAGAAUCUCCUGGUCCAAUCAAAGAGCUGUCAAUGAAGGACUCUUCAAAGUCAUCUGUCACACUACAAUGGGUGAAGCCUGACUACGAUGGUGGCAGCAUCAUCAGUGACUAUGUCAUUGAGAAGAAACUCAAAGACGAAGAGGAAUGGGCAGCAGCUGGCACCAGCAAACAAUGUGAAUAUGAGGUCAAAAAACUGAAAGAGUUCGCACAUAUGGACUUCAGAGUGUGUUCCAAAAAUGAGAAAGGUCAGAGUGACUUUGUGGAAAUUAAAUCGAUCCAGGUCAAAGACUUUAUCAUUACACCAGAGGCCUGUCUUGAUGGCUAUCCAGGUAGUCGUGUAAACGUUCGCUUGGGUCACAACGUGCAUAUUGAAUUGCCAUAUAAGGGCAAACCCAAACCAGGUAUUUACUGGCUAAAGGAUAAUCUGCCUCUAAAGGAGAGUGAGCAGGUGCGUUUCAAGAAGACAGAAAAUAAAGCAAUUCUCAUGAUCAAGAAUGUGAAGAAAGAAAAUGAAGGUAAAUACACAUUAACCCUGGAUAACAAGAUUAACAGGAAGUCCUUCCACAUUCAUGUCAUCACUCUUGGACCACCAUCCAAACCUAUUGGACCUAUUAACCUGGAUGAGGUUAGAGCAGAGAGCAUCAGGAUCUCCUGGGAGGAGCCAAAUGAUGAUGGCGGUGGAGAAAUUACAUGCUACAGUGUGGAAAAACUCGACACUGCUCAGACAGUCUGGAAGAUGGCUUGCUCCAGUGUGACUGAAACGUCCUUCAACAUACCCAAUCUGAUCAAAGGAACACAAUAUCAGUUCAGAGUGCGUGCUGAGAACAGGUUUGGAGUCAGUGAGCCACUCAUAUCUCAGACUGUCAUUGCCAAACAUCAGUUCAGACCACCGGGCCCACCGGGAAAACCAGUGGUAUACAACGUGACCAAUGAUGGUAUGACUAUUCAGUGGGAGACCCCCAUCUAUGAUGGUGGCACACCCAUCCAAGGCUACAAUGUUGACAAGAAGGAGAAGAACAGCGUUAUGUGGCAGAAGGUCAACACAGUUCUGAUUACUGAAAGGGACUACAGGAUCCUUGGCCUUAUUGAGGGUCUCGAGUAUCAGUUCAGAGUCUACGCAAAGAAUGAUUCUGGACUCAGUCGUUUUAGUGAUGAAAGCAACUACACCAUGGCUGUCUCUCCUGUUGAUGCCCCUGGCCAGCCUGACUACACUGAUGUUACUAGUAAUUCAGUGUCACUCAAAUGGGAUGCACCCAAGCAUGAUGGCGGAAGCAAAAUCACUUCCUACAAUGUUGAGAAACGUCAAGGAAAGGGACGCUGGCUGAAGAGCAACUUCACGAAUGUUCACGAGUGCAACUUCACAGUGGCUGGUUUGGCAUGUAACGAACGCUAUGAAUUCAGAGUGAUUGCAAGAAAUGCAAUCGGCACUGUGAGUCCACCUUCUCAGUCAUCUGGCUACAUUGUCGUCAGAGAUGAAAGUGUUGCACCACAACUUGAGUUUGGACCUGAGUACUUUGAAGGUCUCACGGUCAAGGCAGGAGAUAACAUCAGGCUUAAGGUUAGCAUUACUGGACGCCCAUCUCCCAAGAUUGUGUGGUACAGAGAUGGUAUUGAGAUUACCAAAAAGAUGAUGGACAUCAUUACAAUCGCUGGAUCAAGCACACUGUUUGUACGUGACGCUGACCGCAGUUACCGUGGUAUGUACACUGUGGAAGCCACCAACAGCUCCGGGGAGAAGAAAGAGGACAUUAAUGUCCAAGUCCUUGAUACACCUGGAGAGCCAGUGGGACCCAUCACAUUUUCCAAUAUCUCUGAAGGAAAAGUAACACUCUCCUGGAACCCACCUGAGAAUGAUGGCUGCUCUGACAUUACUCAUUACAUUGUCGAGAAGCGCGAGACUUCAAAGAUUUCAUGGGCGCUUGUCACAGAUCGUUGUGAGGGCAGCACGUACAAUGCAUCCAAGCUGAUCAAGACUAAUGAGUACCAGUUCAGGGUUUCUGCUGUCAACAACGUUGGAGUAGGCAGACCUAUAGAGUCCAGCCCCAUCAUUGCCCAGAUGCAAUACACUGUUCCAGAUGCCCCUGGCACUCCCGACUCAACUGAAGUCACAGGUGAAAGUAUCACACUGGCAUGGACACCUCCCACCUCAGAUGGAGGAAAUCCAAUCCAAAGCUAUAUUGUGGAGAAACGUGAGAAGAAGACAGUUCGCUGGUCAAAGGUCAAGACCAAAAAGCCUAUCGUUGAGACUGGUCACAAAGUAGUCCAUUUGACUGAAGAUAUGGAGUACGAGUUCCGAGUGAUGGCAGUAAACGACGCUGGUAUUGGAGCUCCUAGCAACAUAUCCAUGGCCAUUAAAGCCAGCGAGCCCAGGGAUAUUCCAUGCGCUCCAUCUAUAGUAAAUGUAAGCGAUUCUACAAAUACAUCCAUCAGUCUGGAAUGGACCAGGCCUGCGGAUGACGGUGGCAUGGAAAUUCUGGGUUACAUCAUUGAAAUGUGCAAAGGAGACGAGGAGGAAUGGCACAGAGUAAAUGAAGAGCUCUGCGUUGAAACUAUGUACGUCACAAGUGGUUUGGAGACUGGCGCAGAAUACAAGUUCCGUGUUGCUGCUGUCAACUAUAUUGGUAGAGGAGAGGAACAAGAAAUCCCUGAACCAGCACAGGCAGUGGACAGACAAACAGCACCUAUUGUUGAUAUUGAUGCCAGCUUCAAACAGACACACAUUGUGAAGAAUGGAGAUACUGUCUGUCUCCAAGUAGCCUUCAGGGGAAAACCAACUCCCACAGCACAAUGGGUUAAGGAGGAUGGAGAGCUUGGAGUCAUGACAGAAAUCAUUACAACAGAGAACACCAGUACUUUGACGAUUGAGAACUGCACUAGAUAUGACUCUGGUAAAUACACCAUUACCCUUGAAAACAGUGGUGGCACUAAGGAUAUUACAUUCACUGUGAAGGUGAUGGACACUCCUGGACCUCCAGUAUCUCUGAUCUUCAAGGAAGUCUCCAGAGGAGCUCUCACACUGGUCUGGGAACCUCCCACUAACGAUGGCGGAGCCCGCAUUCAUCAUUACAUUGUGGAGAGGCGUGAGGCUAGCCGCCGUACUUGGCAACAGUCUGGAGGCAAGUGCACUCAGCUGAUACUCAGAAUAAGUGAUCUGCUAGAGGGCGUCCCAUACUUUUUCAGAGUUGCGGCAGAAAACCAGAAUGGUAUUGGUGAGGCUUAUGAAAAGCCAGAUCCAAUUGUUGCCACUGCAGAACCUGCAUCACCGAAGAGACUAGACAUUCUGGACACCACUGAUACUUCUGCAACCCUGGGUUGGUUGAAGCCUGAGCAUGAUGGUGGUAGUCGUAUCCAGUGCUAUGUUGUUGAGGCCAAAGCCAAGGGCACAGAUAACUGGAUGGUUUGUAACAAAACCAAGAAUCUGAGCAUGGUGAUUGAAAAUUUAGGUAUGGGUGCAGAAUAUGAUUUCCGUGUGAAAGCAAAGAAUGAAGCAGGAUUUAGUGAGCCAAAAGAAACCAUGGCUUCUGUUCUUAUCAAAGAGCCACGAAUUGAGCCUACCGCUGACCUCAGUGAAAUCACUAACCAGCUGAUCACAUGUAAGAACAGUGGCACCUUCACAAUUGAUGUUCCCAUCACUGGCAGACCAGCUCCUAAGGUCAUCUGGAAGCUUGAGGAGAUGAGGCUGAAGAAUUCAGACAGGGUAUCUAUCACUACAACAAAGGACAGGACAACAAUAUCAGUCAAAGAAGCCAUGAGGGGUGAUGGUGGUAAAUACUUCCUUACCCUAGAGAAUGUAGCCGGUACAAAGACUUUCACUGUGAAUGUUAAUGUAAUUGGAAGACCUAGUCCCCCCACCGGGCCCAUUGAGAUCACAAACAUCACCUCUGUGUCCUGUGUGCUGAACUGGGAAGAACCAGAGGAUGACGGUGGAACCGAUAUCACAAACUACAUUGUUGAAAAGCGUGAAUCUGGCUCCACUGCCUGGCAGCUGAUCAAUUCCAGUGUGAAACGCACAUCACUGGUUGUCUCACACUUGACCAAAUACAUGCAGUACACUUUCCGUGUCUGUGCUGAAAACAGAUUUGGUGUAAGCAAGUCUACCGAGUCUGAGACGAUUGUUGCUGAGCAUCCAUUUGUACCUCCUGGUCCACCAACAAGACCUGAGGUGUUUGGCGUGACAUCUAACAGCAUGAGCAUCAAGUGGGAGGAGCCUUUCCAAGAUGGUGGCAGCAAAGUGACAGGCUACUGGAUAGAGAAGAAGGAGAGUAACAUUAUCCUGUGGGUGAGGGAGAACAAGAUCCCAUGCUUCGAGUGCUACUACAAAGUAGAGGGGCUGGUGGAAGGCUUGGAGUACCAGUUCAGAAUCUAUGCAAUGAAUAGUGCUGGCCUGAGCAAAGCCAGUGAGGCAUCGAAGAGAACAGUGGCUCAGAACCCAGUUGACCCUCCUGGUAAACCAGAAGUUACAAAUGUGUCAGGAUCUACUGUGUCCAUCAAAUGGUCUACCCCUCUGAAUGAUGGUGGUUGUCCUAUUGUCGGUUACAUUGUUGAGCGUAAGCCGUACUCCAUCACUGGAGAAGGCCGCUGGCUGAAGUGUAACUACACCAACGUGACAGAUAAUAACUUCACUAUCACAGCCCUGGGAGAGGGAGAGGUCUAUGAAUUCCGUGUCAUCGCUAAGAAUGCUGGUCAAGUUUUCAGCAUUCCAUCUGCGUCCACCGGCCCUGUGACAUGCAAAUCUGAAUAUUCUCCACCAAAGGCAGACUUGGACAGCAAACUUCUGGCAGACACUGUUACUGUCAGAGCUGGGUCAGACCUAGUUUUGGAUGCUGCUGUUGGUGGCAGACCUAAUCCCAAAGCCUCAUGGGCCAAGGGAGAUAAGGAUCUGGAGCUGUGUGAGAAGUACUCUCUGCAGUACACAAGCACCAGAGCAAUGGCCAUCAUCAAGUUCUGUGAUAGAGAUGACACUGGAAAGUACAUUCUCACUGUCAAGAAUGCCAGUGGGGUCAAGACAGCAGAGGUUAAUGUGAAAGUACUUGAUACACCUGGAGUUUGCGAGGGUGCGAUUGCCAUCAGCAAAAUUACACAAGAGUCAUGUACGCUGUCCUGGAAGCCUCCUCUUGAGGAUGGUGGAGAUGCUGUGUCCCACUACAUUGUUGAGAGACGUGACACCAACAGGCUCAAUUGGGUGGUUAUGGAUGCUGAGUGCAAGGCAUUGACCUGUGACAUCACCAGACUGUUUAAAAACACAGAGUACCUCUUCCGUGUGAGAGGAGUCAACAAGUAUGGCAGUGGUGUUCUUCUCCAGUCUGAGCUUGUCAUUGCCAGAAACACAUUCACUGUGCCAUCUCCACCGGGAGUACCCGAGAUUCUAGCUGUUGGGAAGGACUUUGUUACCAUUGAGUGGCUGAAAUCAGAGAACGAUGGUGGUAGUGAGAUUACCCAUUACCUCGUCGAGAAGCAUGAGAAAAAGAGUGCCAGGUGGAUCAAGGUGAACAGAGAUUCAGCGUUUCUGGACACAUGCCUGAAGGUCUCAGGCCUCGUAGAGGGAAACACCUACCAGUUCCGUGUGACAGCCAUAAACAAGGCUGGCGAGAGUGAACCGAGCGAGUUGUCUCUCUAUGUUGUCUGCAGGGUGCCGACAUGUACCCCUGCUCCUCCAUCAAUCCCCCGCAUCACAGACACCACCAAGGACAGCAUCAGCUUAGCCUGGUCCCGACCAGUUGAGGACGGAGGCGCCGAUGUCCUAGGCUAUCUUCUGGAGAAGCAGGAAGAGGGAGCUGAGGAAUGGACCAAGGUCCAUGAAAAGACUCUGCGAGGCACAGAACAUGUUGCUACUGGUCUUACAACUGGAAAGAAAUACUGUUUCAGAGUUGCUGGAGUCAAUGUCAAUGGAACUGGAGACUUCAGUGAACCCUGUGCAGAGACAGAGGCAACUGAGAAAAUUGAAACACCUGACCUGGAGAUGCAUGAUGAUCUCAAAAAGACCAUCUGCCUGAGAGCAGGAGGCAUCCUCAAAUUAGUUGUCAAUGUAACUGGAAGACCCAUUCCUUCCAUCACCUGGAGCAAGCCAGAUGUUGACCUCCAUAACCGUGGUUUCAUUGAAGUCACAAAUUCCUCUACAACUCUCAUUAUUGACAAAGUGCAUCGCUAUGAUGCAGGCAAAUACACCAUUGAUGCAGAGAAUGAGUCUGGCAAGACAUCUGCUACUAUUGUUGUCAAAAUCUAUGACACUCCUGGUCCAACAGGACCAAUUCAGAUCAAGGAGCUCACAAAUGAGUCUGCCCUCAUUGCAUGGGAUCCCCCAACUGUGGAUGGUGGGGCCCCAGUGAACAACUACAUCAUUGAGAGGCGUGAAGCAUCAAUGAGAGCCUACAAAACAGUGACAUCCAAGUGCAGCAAGACAUCCUAUAAGAUCACUGGACUCAUGGAGGGACUGAUGUAUUACUUCAGAGUCUUACCAGAGAAUCUUUAUGGAGUGGGAGAGCCAUGUGAAACACCUGAUGUUGUGUUGGCAUGUGAAGUACCCCUGCCUCCAAGCAAAUUAGAGAUGGUGGAUGUCACCAAGUCCUCAGUAACACUUGGAUGGGAGAAACCAGAGCAUGAUGGUGGCAGCAGACUCACAGCCUAUGUCAUCGAAGCCUGCAAAUUUGGCACUGACAAAUGGAUGAAGGUGGCAACCAUGAAGAUAACUGACUUGGAAUACACUAUCAACUCUCUGAAUGAGAAUGAACAGUAUCUGUUCAGAAUCAGAGCUGUUAACAGCAGGGGAGCUAGUGAGCCGAAGGAGAUUGUAACAGCUGUUACAGUCCAAGAACAACGGGUUCUACCCAAGGUUGAUUUCUCGAGCAUUCCUCAGAAGGUUGUUAAUGUUCCUGCUGGAAAACCACUUGAGCUGGACUUGCCAAUCAUUGGAAGACCCCCACCCAUUUGCUCAUGGUACUUUGCAGACACAAAGUUGAAAGUCACUGACCGUGUUAAGAUUCAAAGCACGGGAAAGUUCUCUAAGUUGACUGUGCUUAAUACAACCAUUGAUGACACUGGCAAAUAUAAUCUGGAAGUAAAGAACAUCACUGGAGUCAUCACAGAAACUAUCAAAGUCAUUAUUCUUGACAAACCUGAUGAACCUAAGGGACCAAUGAGGAUUGAUGAGAUUGAUGCAACCUCAGUGACAUGCAGUUGGGAUCCUCCGGAGAGGGAUGGAGGCGCUCCAAUCAGUGGCUACACUGUUGAGCAGCGUGAUGCUCAUCGUCCUGGAUGGGUGCCAGUCUGUGAUUCUGUUAGCAGGGCCCAGUAUAAGUUCGAAAAACUCACAGAGGGCGAUGAAUAUGUGUUCCGUGCAGCCGCAAUCAAUCGCUUUGGCACUGGAUCAUUCUUGCAAUCCGAGAUUGCUGUAUGCAAGAGUUCAACGAACAUUCCUGGACCUCCUGGCAGGCCAACAGUGUUUGAUGUGUCUCGUGAUGGCAUGACCGUAGCAUGGCUCCCACCAGAAGAAGAUGGUGGAUCAGAAGUGUCCGGAUAUAUCAUUGAACGCAAGGAGGUCAGGUCUGACAGAUGGGUGCGUGCCAACAAGAACCCAGUAACAAUGACCCGAUACAGAUCUACAGAUCUGAUCGAAGGCUUGGAGUAUGAACACAGAGUCACAGCCAUAAAUGCCAGAGGAGUUGGCAAACCCAGCCUUGUCUCAAAACCAGCAGUGGCAACUGACCCCAUUGAUCCACCGGGCUCACCCCAGAACCCCAGAAUCACAGAUACCACAAAGUCCUCUGUGUCUCUGGCCUGGAGUCCACCUGAUGAUGAGGGAGAUGCCAAGGUUUCAGGCUACCUGAUUGAGAUGCAGAAGGUCGGCCAGCUGAACUGGAUUAAAUGCAAUACAACUCCGUCUCUGAUCUGUGAAUAUACACUGACAAAAAUGCCCCAAGGAGAAGAAUUCAAGUUCCGUGUAUUGGCCUGCAAUGCCGGCGGAUCUGGAGAGCCCGCUGAAGUACCAGGAACCAUCAAAAUCACAGAGAUGCUUGAAUCUCCUGAUUAUGACCUGGAGCUUAAAUACAAGGCUGUAUAUGUGGUCAGGCAAGGAGGAGUUGUCAGACUCUCUGUGCCUGUCAAGGGUAAACCAGUCCCUACAUGCAAGUGGACCAAGGAUGGCUCAGAUGUUGCUGAGAAGGCCAUGUUUGUUUCUUCUGAAGACGUCACUGAGCUUGUGAUCAAGGAUGCAGAGAGGAGCGACUCAGGUGUUUACGACCUUAAGUUGGAGAACAGGGUUGGGAAGAAGGUUGCUCACAUCAAGGUGAACGUCAUCGGACGCCCUAGCGCUCCUGAAGGCCCGCUCAAAUUUGAUGACAUUCAAGCCAACUCUGUCAGAGUUAGCUGGACAACCCCCAAAGACAACGGUGGAACAGAACUCUUAGGAUACAUUGUUGAGAGACGUGAGUCUUCCAGAGUGGCAUGGUACACCGUGGAUACCAGGGUUGUCGACACACACCUGUUGGUCAAGGGACUGCAGGAAGGUGUUAAGUAUCACUUCAAGGUGACAGCAGAGAACCAAUAUGGCAUCAGCGAAUCUUUGAAGUCAGACAAAGCAAUCAUACCAAAGACUCCAUUGUGUCCUCCUGAAUCUCCAAGCACUCAACCAGAGAUCAUGGAUGUCACAAAGAGCUCAGUUGCUCUCUCCUGGUCCAGGCCAAAGGAUGAUGGUGGUUCUGGCAUCACUGGGUACAUUGUUGAGUACAAAGAAGUGUCCUCUGAGACCUGGGUUCGUCACGAGACCAAAGUGGUCUCGACCAUGUUCACUGUGCCUCGUCUUACCCCUGACGCUGAGUACCAGUUCCGCGUCAUUGCUGUCAAUCUCAUUGGACAGAGUGAAGCCGGACCUGCAUCUGACUCAGUCACAUGCAAAGAUCCAUUUGACAAACCAAGCCAACCCGGUGAGAUCGACACAGUCAGUGUUGCAAACAACAACAUUGCCAUCCGCUGGAAGGUGCCAGAAUGUGAUGGUGGAAAAGAGAUCCUGGGUUACUGGGUGGAGUACAGGAAGUCUACAGAGAGCACAUGGAAGAAGUGCAACAAACAGCGUCUGAAGGAGAAAGAGUUCACAAUGGCUGGUCUUGCUGAGGCCACUGAGUAUGAGUUCAGAGUGUUUGCUGAAAAUGAAACCGGAAUCAGCCGACCACGCAGAACAGCUACAUGUAUCAAAACUAAACUCAGUGUUGGAACUCAACCAAGCCUUAGGAAAGAAAUGGAUGAAGUAACAACAAAACUUGGACAACCAGGAGUUAUGAAAUGCCAGAUUAUUGGCAGGCCCGUUCCUGAGAUCAAAUGGUACAAGGCCGGUAAGGAGAUCAUAGAGUCUCGUAAAUAUGAGAUGAGCUCUGAUGGUCGCAACCACUCCCUGAGUAUAACGACAGACCAGCAAGAGGAUGAGGGUGAAUACACAUGCAAGGCUGUCAAUGACGCAGGUGAGGCGGAGACCACUGGUACUCUGGUAUUGGAGGCCGCCCCUCAGUUCCACCCUGACUUCCCAUUGAAGAACACAUACCAUGCAGGUCGUGGCACUACUUUGCGCCUGCAUGUUGUCUACAUCGGACGCCCUGAGCCAAAGAUCAUGUGGCUCCAUGGAGCUUCUACUGUAGAACCAUCCGAGAACAUAAGCAUUGAGAACACAGAGCACUACACUCACCUGGUGAUCAAGAACGUUGAACGCAGGGUACAUGGAGGAAAAUACAGAGUCAGACUGCACAACCACUUUGGCAGAACUGACACUGCAAUCAAUGUUGAAAUCCAAGAUAAACCAUCAAUGCCUGAAGGUCCUAUUGUGCUUGAUGCUCUGCUGAAGAACUCAGUAAUCAUCAGCUGGAAGCCACCAAAGGAUGACGGUGGAUCAAUGAUUACCAACUACCUUGUUGAGAAGCGUGAGGACAAGGAAGAGGCACAGUGGGAACUGGUGUCAUCAUCUAUCACUGCCACCAACUGCCGUGUACCUAACCUGGUUGAUAGCGCUGGCUACUUCUUCCGCGUCUAUGCUCAGAAUCGUUAUGGAAAUAGUGAGCCAUUAGAACUAUCUGCUCCUAUCCUCAUCAAGAGCCAGCUGGCUAAACCUAGUCCACCACUCCUGCCGGUUGUCUCCGGAGUGACCAAAGUCUCAUGUGUUGUCGCUUGGAAACCUCCUCUCUCUGAUGGCGGCUCUAAAAUCAAGAGUUACUACAUUGAGAAAAAGGAGAAGAAGGGUGAAUGGACUCCUGUUACCACUGAUGAAAUCCACCAAACCGUCUUCUCCGUCAAACGCCUUGUGGAGGGCUCAGAGUACAUCUUCCGCAUUAAGUGUGAGAAUCUCGGCGGUGAGAGUGACUGGAGUGAAGAGUCUGCACCCAUCAUUCCAAAGACAGCUGUUGACGUCCGUGCUCCCGCCUUCAAAGAGGAGCUGAGAAGCAUGAGUGUCAAAUAUAAGAGCAAUGCUACCUUUGUUUGUAAGAUUAUAGGACAACCUAAGCCUGUGAUCAAAUGGUUCAAACGUGGUAAAGAGAUCCAGUCUGAUGGAAAGAAACUCAAAGUACAAGAAUUCAAGGGAGGCUAUCACCAGCUGGUGAUUGCUGAUACUGAAGAAGAUGACUCCACUAUAUACCAGAUCAGAGCAACAAACCAGGGAGGAUCUAUCUCAUCCACUGUCUCUCUUGAUGUUGAAGUUCCUGCCAAGAUUAACCUGCCCAAAAACCUGAAGGAUAAGGAGGCCAUCCCUGCCCUGCGUGGAGAGUUGGUCAACAUCAAGAUUCCUUUCAGUGGCAAACCAGAUCCUGUCAUCACAUGGCAGAAGGGACAAGACCUCAUUGACAACAAUGGAUACUAUCAAGUUAUUGUCACUAGAUCAUUCACAUCACUGGUGUUCCCGAACGGUGUGGAUAGGAAGGAUGCUGGGUUCUACAUUGUUUGUGCCAAGAACAGAUUUGGCAUUGACCAACAGACAGUUGAACUGGAUGUUGCAGAUGUGCCAGAUCCUCCACGUGGUCUCAAAGCCAGUGAUGUCUCAAGAGACUCAGUGUCUCUGAGUUGGGUUGACCCAGCAAGUGAUGGUGGCAGUAGAGUAACUAGCUACAUCAUAGAGAAGUGCCCUACAACAGCUGACAGAUGGGAACGUGUUGCCCAGGCCCGCGAUACUCGCUACACUGUUGUCAACCUGUUUGGAGGAACUAGUUAUCAGUUCAGAGUCAUUGCCGAGAAUAAGUUUGGCCAGAGUUCCCCAUCAGAGCCAAGCGGUCCGGUUAUGACAAAGGAAGACAAAUCAAGAGUCCUCAGCUAUGACAAGGAAGUUGAUGAUUCUGGAUAUGUUUCAAGUCGCAAAGCUCCUCAUUCCAAUGCUAAGGAUGUGCAUGAAAAAUACAUGAUUGCUGAGGAGCUGGGAAGAGGACAGUUUGGUAUUGUUCACCGCUGUGUUGAGACUAGCUCUCAGAAGACAUACAUGGCCAAAUAUGUUAAGGUGAAGGGAGCAGAUCAAGCAAUUAUCAAAAAAGAAAUUGCAACACUGAAUGUGGCAAAGCACAAGAGUUUCCUGUGCCUCCAUGAAUCAUUUGAUAGCCCUGAAGAAUUAGUCAUGAUCUAUGACUUCAUCUCAGGUGUUGACAUAUUCGAACGCCUUGGAACAGCCGACUUUGAGCUUACAGAACUUGAAAUUGUCAACUACAUCAGACAAAUAUGUGAAGCUCUCGAGUUCUUGCACAGUGCAAGUUAUGGUCACUUUGACAUCAAACCAGAGAACAUAGUGUACACUACAAGAACAAGCACUAACAUUAAGAUCAUUGAAUUGGGACAGGCCAGACGCUUGACACCAGGAGAACAGAUCAAGGUGCAGUACACAACGGCCGAGUAUGCAGCUCCUGAAAUCCACCAGACCGAUAUGGUCAGCACCGUCACUGACAUGUGGUCAGUUGGUGUCCUUGCAUACAUCCUUCUUUGUGGACUCAACCCCUUCACUGCUGAAACUAACCAGCAAAUGAUUGACAGCAUUUCAAAUGCCGAGUACAAUUACGAAGAUGAAGCCUUUAAACAGGUCAGUGUUGAAUCAUUAGAUUUCACCGACCGCCUUCUCACAAAGGAACGUAAACAUCGUAUGACAGCUGCUGAAGCUUUAGGCCAUCCUUGGCUGACAAUGCAGCCGGAACAACUCAGCGGAAGAAUCAUUCCCACCACUAGGCACAAGAGAUAUUACCAGGCCAUGGUGAAGAAAGAAUGGAGCACUGUUAUCUCCGGUGCUCGCAUUGCCUGCGGUGGAGCUAUCAGACCCCAAAGAGGUGUCUCUGUUGCCAAAGUGAAGAUUGCACCAUUUGAACAUGGCCCAGUGGCUGGACAGAUUGGUCAUGUUGUCGUGGAUGAGAAAGAAAAUAUCAAGUUUAUUUGCAACAUUGAGAACUAUGACAGCACUACAGAGGUCACAUGGUACUGUGGUGUUAGACAGCUAGAGGCAGGUACCAAGUACGAAAUUGAAUAUGAAGAUGGGCUGGCAACUAUAACUAUAAAUGGGGUCACCAGAGCUGAUGAUGGCACCUACAGAUGCAAGAUUGUCAAUGAGUAUGGUGAGGACAGUGGCUACGCUGAGCUCUUUGUCAAUGGAGUUAGGUCAUAUCGUGACCACUUCACAACACGUGUGGUGAAGAAGGUGAAACGCAGAGUGGACACAGCUAGACUGCUCCAGAAACCACCUGAGUUCACCCUGCCUCUGUUUAACCGCACAGCUUACAUUGGAGAAGAUAUCCGCUUCGGCGUCACCAUCACUGUGCACCCUGAACCACGUGUAAUGUGGCUGAAAUCUGGCCAGAAGCUCAUUCCUGGUGAUGAUGACAAAAAGUACACUUUCCUCACCGACAAGGGUCUUUAUCAGUUAGUGAUUCACAACCUGGAGUCUGAUGACGAGGCAGAGUAUAGCGUUGUGGCUCGUAACAGGUAUGGCGAUGACAGCUGUAAGGCUCGUCUCACUUUGACUCCCCGUCCUGCACCAGCAGACAAUACGUUGAGGCCCAUGUUCAAACGCCUGCUUGCUAAUGUCGAGUGCAGAGAAGGCCAGAAUUGCCGAUUUGAAAUCAGAGUGUCAGGACUCCCGACACUGAAGUGGGAGAAGGAUGGCAUGCCAUUGGCAUUUGGUCCAUCAAUUGAAAUUGUUCAUGAAGGCCUGGACUACUUUGUCCUUCAUGUGAAAGACACUCUACUUGAAGAUUCAGGCGUAUAUAGAGUUACAGCAACCAACUCUGCUGGAUCUGCCAGUUGCCAAGCCACCCUAAAGGUAGAGCGGUCCACCCAUGUUAAGAAAGAGUAUGUGAGUGACAGGGACAAAAAGAAACAAGCUGAAAAAGAACAAAUGGACAAAAAAGUAAGGCUAUCACAGAUCCUUUCUGGUACCGAGGUCAUGCCUCUUCCCCCACUGGCACAGCAAGCUAUUAGAGAGGCAGCCACGAUGUUUAAACCUGCUGUGACAACAAAGAAGGGUGAGAAGACGGAGGCUGAAGUACAAAAAGAAAAAGAGGAAAGGAAGAAGAGGGCGGAUGAGAAGAGGCUGCGCAUGCCAUACGACGUUCCCCCGGCUCGUGUUGUCGGGCCCACAGCGCUCGAGGAAGAUAUGGAAAUCAAACACUUUGUUCCCUUCUCUGAUAUGAAAUGGUACAAGAAGCUCCGGGACCAGUAUGAGUUCCCCGAGCCUAUGGACAAGAUCAAACAGAAGAGGAUGAAACGUAUCCGUCUGUCCAGGUGGGAACAAUUCUAUGAGGUGCCUCUGCCAAGGAUUAAAACCCAGUACAAACCUAAAUGGCGCCUUCCAGCAGUGACACAGGAUGACCUGGAGACAGUGAGGCCUGCAAGGCACCGCACUCCUUCCCCUGAAUUGGAGGCCUACCACAGAAUAAGGAGGAGGUCUCUUGGGGAUCUCUCAGAUGAGGAGCUCCUCCUGCCGGUUGAUGAGUAUCUCUCCAUGAAGCAAACAGAGGAGCAGAGACUCCGUCUGGAGGAAGAACUGGAGCUUGGCUUCUCUGCCUCCCCACCCAGCCUUAGCCCUGUGCGCUUUGAGCUGUCUUCACUUCGCCAUACAUCUCCAAGGCGCGCGACAUAUACUGAAGAAGAGGAAGGUGAAGAGGUUCAGAGGUACGACUCCUAUCGUGUUCCAUCCAAGUAUGAGGCAGGGCCAAGUUUCCUCGACCUUCGCCAGCGCCAUGACAAGGCCACACACAGACCUCCAAGACAGAAGCAAAAAGUGUAUGAAGAGAGAGAAGACCAGGAGAUGCUGAGACCUGUCAAAACAACACAGCGAAUCACCUCUUAUAAAAGUCAGUUGAAACAGAUGGAGUUUGAGGAAAAAACAAGAGUUACAAGAAAAGAGAAAACAACUGUUCACGUGUCAACUGUGACUGAAGGUUCUUUAAUGGAGACAUCUGAGCAUCUUCCUGUCUCAUUUACUUCUUCAUAUGUUCCCAUCGCACGUCCUGCAGUCAAAAAGACCACAGCUGCAGAGGCUAAACCUGAGAGAAAGAGAUCCCCAACCCCUGAAAAGCCCCGUCAUAAAUCCCCAGGUUCCACUGCCUCACAUGAUGUCACCUUAUCUAAAGUUGAUUUCAUGUCCAGAUAUGAGGCGAGAAAGGCAGUUCUGAGAUCUGAGAGAAAGUCAACAGAGAGUAAAUUCGAGGUUGUCACUCAGCAGCCUUUCAGCCUUGAUCAUGUGCCACGUGUAACAGUAAGAAUGCGUUCUCACCGUGUGCCAUUUGGCCAGAACACCAAAUUCACUCUAAAUGUCCAAUCAAAGCCUGUGGCUGAUAUCAAGUGGUACCAUAAUGGAAUACAGAUCCAUGACAGCAAGAAGUACCGAAUUUCUAAUUUGAGCGGAGUCCUGUCUCUUCAGAUAAUGGACUGCCAGACAGAGGAUAGUGGUACUUACCGUGUUGUGUGCACCAACGCAAAGGGCGAGGCUUCUGACUAUGCAACUCUGGAUGUGGCUGGAGGAGGGUUCUCUACCUAUGCCUCACGUCGACAAGAUGAGGAGCCCCCAUCCGCAUAUGUCCCGGAGAUGACCAAGACAGAAGUCUACCACGUGUCCUCCAAAACAACAUCCUCCACUGAGAAACAUGAGAAAGUGGAAUCUUUACAAAUGAAAACUGAGGAGAAGAAAGUAACUGUGGAGAAGAAAGCAACUGUGGAGAAGAAAAUUGAAAUUAAGAAAUUUUCACCCACAAUCGUUUUGAGACCCCAUUCCCUGACUGUGUCUGAAGGUGAGACUGUUAGAUUUGUGACUGAGGCUAAUGGAGAACCAAUGCCCAGCGUUACCUGGCUGCAUCAAGGAAAGGUUGUGACCUCCACACAGCGCCACCAUGUAACCUCAGCACAACAUGUUAAUCUUGAGUCUACUUUCGAGAUCAGUUCAGUGGAGCUUUCAGAUGAAGGCAACUACUUGGUAGUGUUUGAGAACUCAGAGGGCAGAGAGGUGGCCCACUUCACUCUCACCAUUCGUCGCAGAGAGUCUAAAGAGAAGGUGGUGGCCUCUCCUCCCAGAGUGACCUCACCAGAACCCCGGGUUAAAUCUCCUCAAGGGGUCAAGUCCCCAAGAAGAAUCAAGUCUCCAAUCAGUUCGUCUCCAAUCAGUUCGCCCCCAAGAGUCAAGUCGCCACCCACAGUGAAGUCACCCACCCAGAUGGGGUUGCAGAAAGCCAAGCCUUCCAUUUCAGUGGACCUGCAUGACAUCACAGCAGCUUCUGACUCUAUCAUCAAGCUGACAGUGAAAGUAGCAGGACAUCCAAAACCAACAUUUUCUUGGAUGAAGGAUGGAAAGACUCUCUCAGAGGGUGGGAAAUAUGAAAUCUUUGAGGAGCAAGGCUCAGCAUAUCUUGAGAUAUAUGAAUCUGAGGUCUCUGACAGUGGUGUUUAUAAUUGCACGGUCACCAACAGUGCUGGAUCUGUAUCCACAUCCUGCACCGUCACUGUUCAAGCCUCUGCUAAAACCACAGCACUUGCAGAGAAAUCUCAAGAAAUAUCCAGCUCCACCUAUCACGCAAAAACAGAAAUCUGUGAGGAAAUUAUGGAAAAAGAAAUUGUUUAUGAGGAAAUCCAGUCUUACACAGAAGUAAAGGCUUCCCACACCCAGAUGUCAAUGACAGUGGGCCAGUCUCUCACACUAAGAGCUAAUAUCCCUGCAGCGUCAGACAUCAGAUGGAUCCUGAAUGGAGUUGAACUGGCCAACUCAGACCAGUACAGAUAUGGUGUAUCUGGAAAUGACCACACUUUGGCUAUCAAGGAGGUCAGUCAACAGGAAGAAGGGGUUAUUACAUGUGAGGCUAAGACAGAGCACGGCCUGGUCAAAUGCCAGUUUGACACCACCGUUAGUGUCAACAUCUCAGAUGCCCCCUCAUUUCUGGUGCAACCCAGAUCCCAGAACAUCAAUGAGGGGGAAAGUGUAAAAUUCACAUGUGAGAUUGCCGGAGCACCUGCCCCUGAAGUGGAGUGGCUUAAAGACAACAUCAUAAUAUCUAUGGCAACAAACAUGCAAAUAAGCCGCUCUAAAAAUGUGUACGUACUGGAGAUAUCUGAGACCACAGUUGCAGACAGUGGCAAAUACACAAUAAAAGCCAAGAAUCAAUAUGGACAAUGCUCUGCAACAGCAUCUUUAAACAUCAUCGCUCUUGUAGAAGAACCAGCACAAAUGCUUGUUAUGGAACAAAAUGCUGCUGCUACCAGCUUGCAUACCGCUUUCUCAGCCUCUUCAGUUCACAUGGCAUCCAUGCAGACUGCCUUCUCCAGCAGCUCCAGUUCUGCCGAGGUUACACUUGAGAGCAUGUCCAUUGCAAGCAUGUCCACCAUGGCAGCUGAAUCAAUCGUAAAAAUGAGCUCCAGCAGUGUAAUGGAAAUGUCCAGUCAUUCAAAUAUAGAGGCCUCCUCAGUGAGAGCCAUCUCACAGAGGUCUAAAGGUGCACCACCAAAGAUCGAGGCCCUUCCAGAGGAUAUCAGUGUUGAACCAGGCAAGUUCCUGACUGUGGCCUGUGCCUUCUCUGGCGACCCAACGGCCAUUGAGUGGGUUCAUUCUGGCAAGACCCUUCCCUGCGAGGAAGAGAGCAAUAGGUUCCUCAUCGAGACUUCUGGGGACCUCACCACACUCAUGAUCACUGGCGUGAAAGAGGAUGAUGCUGGAGCGUACACCCUCAAACUGUCCAAUGAGCUUGGAUCUGACACUGCAACUGUUAAUGUUCACAUUCGAUCCAUGUAAAAAAGAAAAAAGAAACAACUAAUAUAAAUUUAUAUCCCUAUUUCCCUCAUCCAGUACCUUUUUAUUUAUUGAAUUAGCAAAAAAUCAUCUUUACUUGAUAAAGACCUGGAUUUCUGUUCUUGUAAAUAUCAACUAUUUUUAUACCAAACUUGACAUUAAUUUAUGCCAAACUAGACUAAAGUCUAAAGUUGUUAUAAAAUGUGCCAUAUUGGAUAAUUAUGACUUAGGAUUUUUGAACCACUUUUCUGUGACAUGUACAUAAUGUAUAUAGCCGAAUUUAACGGUUAUGGAAAAUGUAUGAAUUGUUAUUUAUGACAAUAUUAACUGAAACAAAUGGAACUAAAUGUUUAACAGGAGAAAGAUUCACAUGAAACGAAUACCCUGAAAAACCUGAAACUAAACUCUGUGCCUCAACAAUAAGUUGAAGUCUUAAGAUUGCCUCAACAGGUAGAGAGGCUCCCUGUUGAAGUUUACAAAAUCAGAGAGACAAUGUUAUUAUGCACCGUACAUCUGUGCGUGCAAUAUUACAAUACUCCUAUGAAUUGUAACAUGACCAUAAGACCCUGAGUGCUGUUUGCAUAUUACCCUCAUGGAAGCAGCAUAAACUGGUCUUGUGUUCUGACUGACUAUGUCAUACCACCAUUUUAAUGACAUGCUCAAUGUGCGAGCGGCCUGCACUUUGAGCUCUAUAUAAUUUUAUGUGCACUGUUUCUGGCAACGGAUAGUUGAAUUGGUUUUUUCAAAUUUAACAUCUCCUGGCCAUUAAAAUAAAAGUCAAUUCAAGUUCUUCCUUGCAGAAGCAGUGCCAUCUCUUGGAGGAUUGCUAGGUAAUAUUUUGUGUGUUUGAGUGUGUUUUAGUUUUAGAAUUUCACCUUGUCAGUAGUCAGGGUAACCAUCAAGUGAAUGUACCACAGUGACUCCAUCUCCUGUGAAAAAUAAGCAAUUGCAUUAAUGUUAUACCCUGCACUUUGAUUUAAUUGAUCUAUUAUGUAGAAUUACCAGUGUAUUCAUCCUCCUUGAGUUUUAUGCAUUACUGAUUUAAUAAAGCAUGAUUUCAGCACAA